CGGGAGACGGCGAUGCGCGCACCGGGCGCGCCUUGAGCCGACGGAGACGCCGGGCGCCUGCCGGAGGAGGUAGAGGAGGUCGGUGAGCCGCGAUCGCGAGGAGGAGGAGGAGGAGGGGCUGUUUAUUGUCUCCGCAUCGAGGGCAGUGGGAUCCUGCCGGGCAACCAACCGGGGGCCUGGCGGCAAAGGAGGCGCGAUCCAGGGGCGCAGCUCUCCAGUGCGGCACCUGGCUGGCGAGAAGCGCCGCGCUUGGCGAGCCCAAGGCCCGCUCUCCUUGGAGACCUGUGGCGAGGCCGGCGGCCGCUUUGGGGCCGCUGAGCCCGGGGAGGGAAGGCGAUGCUGGAGGUAGCGCAGCGUACGGGCGCCGCCGUCCAAGCCCUGGGGCGGAGGGCGUGCGCGCUCCGGGAUGGACGGACAGCCGGCCUGGCUCAGCCCCAUCCCCCGCUCGCCUGGCCAGAUGGCCCUUGUUUUAGGCAGAGAAAGGGAAGCGGGCGGCAGCGAGACCCCUCCUCUCGUAGCGAUGUCUCUCCCGCUUCCCGCAGCAGCAUGGAACAGAUCCUGGGCUGUGAUUCGCCGUUUCAAACGAAAAAAGGGAUCUCCCUGGGAAUGGAGGCUUCUGCUGCUGGAAGCCUCCCAUCCCUGGCAUAUAACCGCACCACCUAAUGCGCUGCAGUUGAAAGUCAGUGGUGGGGGCACUUUGCACUUGCUCAGAGAACUAGCUGCUUCGAAUCGCGUGGCAGAUUGAUUAAACCACCCCAAGGCAUGGCGUUCGAAAGAGUGGUUUUGUGUGUGUAUGGAGGGCGCGGAGGCCUGGCUGACGUCGAGGCUCGGUGGGCAAGCGCUUAGUGGCUCCCUGCUCCCAUUGGCAGGAGUGGCGGGGGAUCUCUUCAUCCUUAUGCUCGGCCUGUGCCUACCAUUUCUCGAUUCCAACCUCUGGGCUGAUUCCUGAUCCUACCUGUGUGUUCCCCAUAUGUAGUAAUUUGUUGGUUUUUGUUUUGCCAAGAAAUGCCUUCUUCACAACGUGGUGGGGCUGCUGCUGCGUUUUCAGGAGGAUCAAAGAGAAGAAGCCACUUUGGCCUACAAAGGUGUUUAAAAAAACCUCUUUCCCUCACCCCACCCCAGGGCCACGUGGGCAGGGGAUUAUUGUGGGGUUAGAUAUAAGGUAAAGCUUUGACCUUAGAGGCCAGGUAGUUGUUUGUUUUAGAACGGAGGCAAUUGUUCUGUCAGUUACAGUAGGGAGAGGCUGUAGAAAUACAGUGGUACCUCGGGUUACAUACGCUUCAGUUUACUGUACAUAUGCUUCAGGUUACAGACUCCGCUAACCCAGAAAUAGUGCUUCAGGUUAAGAACUUUGCUUCAGGAUGAGAACAGAAAUUGUGCUUUGGCGGCACAGCAGCAGCAGGAGGCCCCAUUAGCUAAAGUGGUGCUUCAGGUUAAGAACAGUUUCAGGUUAAGAACGGACCUCCAGAACAAAUUAAGUACUUAACCCGAGGUACCACUGUACAGAAUUUGGGUUUGGUGCCUGAGGCAGAAAAUCCAAAUUAUCUCCACCACCCUUGCCAUUGUUCAGGUUUGGUGCCUUCCCGUUAUGAUGCCAUUUGCUGGUACCCCAAAUUUGUUGCUUAAGGUGAUCUGAUCUAGCCCCAACUCAUAAGAAGGCUACACUGCAAUGAUAUCAACAGUGUUCUUACUGUAAGGCUUAUUUCCUUCUCUUUGAAGUUCCACCCCCUCCCCCAAGAUGCCUUACAUUCUUUGGAAGGAUAAAUUCAUGCCACUGCAAAAAAUAAAAACAUUAUUGGAAGGGAGGGUGGGCUUUCCCCUAGUACCAGACAGACUGAUGCCAGCAAUAACAAGAAGUCAGCUUUUGGGUGAUAUAACUUAAAAUGCAACCACUAUUCAAAAUUUGAUGCUGCAAUUUAUGUAAUUCACCCUUCUCUCCCCCCCCAAAAAAAACCCCUUUCUCUUGCUUCUUACAAAACCAAUCUUUAUGUAUGUUUACUUGGAAGUAAGGCUAAUUGUGUUCAUUGAGGUUUAUGUCUUGGUAAAUACGUUUAGGAUUACACCUGGAAACAUGGAAAAAUCAGUGAAAAUUCAUUGAGAGAUGGGGGAAUGCCAAAUAUGUGUUGGGGGGGCUUAAUAUAGCUGAAUCAGAAUUUUAAACCUGGGGCUUUUGUGUUUAUCCCUUCAUGGCAAUCUUUCAUAGUCCUUCUUGGCUUGUUUUUUUUUUUUUUUUUUAAAAAGGAUGAGGAUUUUGGACUAUGUUGUUGCAUACAGGAAAGAAUCAGCUGUUUAUUUAGCACUAUUAGAUAACAAGUGGGACUUUCAGCAAAAUUUAACAGUCCCUAAGAAUCUUGUUCAUGUUGAGAGCUUCAACCAGCCAGAAACAUGAGCCUUGUAGGCCUUUUCUGGCCUUGCAGGCCAGUCAGUGGUGGUGAUUAUUCCCUCCUUCCCUUAAGUGCUAUCUCAGCAUCUUCUUCUACUAUAUAUUUUGAAAUACAUUUUGAGUUGCCUGUCUGCCUGCUUUCUAUGCAUUUGGAUGCCUCUUGAGAUAUUGUUGCCAAACUUGGCAUGAUGUUUCCUGAGGUGGAGCAGCCAUUUUUUGGUCUUAUGUUUGGAUACCAUGGGACGCCAUUUUGAACUGAUAUGUUCCAAACUGUUCCAAUUUGGAAACCUCUGAAUACAUCAUUCUCCCCUUUGACAUGAAGGUUCCUGAGAUGGAGGAGCAGGCUUUGUUUAGAACCCCCAGACACCAUUUUUUGAAUCAAGGAUGGCACACCAGAACCUUCCAAACUACACUGAUUCGGACACCUAGGAAGAUAUCAUCAUCCAGUUGGGUACUGUUAGACGCCAUUUUGAAUCUGAAGCCCAACCAAACUGAUCCAAACUGCACUGCUUCAGACACCUAGGAAGGUAUCACCAAAUUUGGUGUGAUAGUUUCUGAGAUUAAGGAUGCAUAAUCUCUAUGUUUGGAUACUGUUAGAUGCCAUUUUGAAUCAAGAUGGAGGACUGAACCGUUCCAAGCUGAUUUUAACCAAAUUUGGCAGGAAGCUAGUAUGGCAAAGUUGAACCGGAUCAGGCCAAUUUGCGCAGAUCCAGGUUGGGAGCAGUCAAGGGCUCUCAGCAGGUGGGGAACUGGGUGGGAAGAAGGGGAGGCAGUUUCUGCAAAGAGCAGGAUGGGACAUACUUGUCCCCAGCAGGGGAACACACAUGUGCUGUCAAACUGAGCAGGGCUGAGCUCUUUGCUCAGCCACUGGUGCAAUCCUGCUGGUUGCAGGGUUAAGCUUUGCUAGUACGUUAGCCUCAGGGAAUGUGCCGGCAAAGCAGAUCCCAUCGGAACUGAAAAAAAGGAAGGUUGAGACCGCAGAGGUCAAACAGUGGGCAGAGGAGACCUAACCCCAGGACCAGGGGGCUGGGGGAAGAGGAGAACCGUCUACCACCCCUGUGUUGGCUCAGUGCCUGGGGUCUGUUGGUUAUAGCCCCCGUGGUGAUGGCUGGAGCAGAAUAUGAUUUUUUGCAGGGGGCGAUGAUGAGUGAGGUGGGUCUGGCACAGGUGGGUAUUUCCUACAGUGCUGUGGCAGCCAUGAGCUGGGAGGUGGUGGCAGUGCCAGCAAUGGCUGCUGGGGCAUGAGUGGCACAGAGCUGUAGCAUGUACCCAGCAAGGAUGCGGGCCUGCUGCUCCCCUGCAUGCUCCCAGCAGGACUGAACAACCGUCCCUCUCUCAUCAACAUCAUCAAGGCGAUGGUAGGAAGAAACAGCAUCAUUUCCCCCCUUCUGACCACAGGGUUUUAAAAACUCUUCAAGUAAACAUGAGCCUUGCUCCCAGAUUGAUUCGGGGCAGGAUGUGUCUGCUGGGGCAGGUGAAGGUGGCAGUGCACAGCCCUAGAAACUAACACAUUACAUUAUUAUCUAUGAAUAUAAUAUCAGCAUUUUUUUCAUUUCCCAAGCAACACCAGGCACUUUCUACUAGUUCUUUCUUUUUUGGCUUGGAAGCUCCUUGUCAGACUGGUAUUUGAAAGCUUUUUAAAAUUCUUGCAAUUUUUGCAUUUACCAUAUUGGCCUGAAUAUAAGCCACACUCCCACCCCCCCAAAUUCCGACCUUGAAAUGUUAAAGUGCGGCUUAUACUCGUGACCUUACGCCACAGGCAAAGCAAUGUGGCUCCCCCCCCCCCCCGCAGGAAGCAGCCAGGGUAUUGUUUUUCUUUACUCCCCCCAUCAAUUUUAAAGGUGUGGCUUAUUUGCGGGUGCGGCUUAUAUUCAGGCCAGUACAGUAAAUAGUUUGAAAUACUAGGAAGGCCCCCCAAGUAUGCAGAAACCACUGCCCUGUUUUUGAGUGGUCCCAUUUCACUUCCAUACUGAGGUCCUCUACCACUUGAUUUUGCUCUUAGAGGGAAUGAACGUAUAAUUAGUUCCUUCCAUCAGUCUUCUGUUAAUAAUCAUAUUCUCUAUAUAACCUUUCGGUACUGAGCCCUUUAGAAUUUUUAUUUAGGGCACGAUCCGGCCCUAAUGUUAAAGAUUUUAAAGGGUGCUUGCAUGCCUAUGCAUAUGUGCUUAAGAGUAAAUCCCAUUGAACCACGUGGCUUACUUUUAGUCAACUUAAAUAGGAUCGUGCUGGAAUCCUUUAAAAAGCUAUUAGCAUGCAGGCUGCAACGAAACAUUGCAGUGUUGAGUGCUCUAUGCCAGUCACCCAUGCUCCUUUCCAGGAUAUUCCAUUCCCCUUUGAAAACUAUCAAUAUUCUGUGUCUACAGUAUACUGUAAUGAUUUCUUUUGGUACUUAAUGCAAACCUUGGAGUCCCCUCCUUUGGCCUCUUCAUAUUCCCCUCUUGUGUGUGAAUAUUGCUCUUGGUUGCGUAAGCAGCAACAUUUGCUUCUAAACGUCAGAAAUGGGGAGCAACUAUGCUUUCACUCUUUGAAGGGGGUGAUUAGAUUGCCACCUGCUUAGCUGCUGCAUUGGACCUUACUUUCAUAGUGUAUUCACUGGAAUCCAGCGCUGCCCUGCUAAACACACUUUUCUGUCUAUAAGAUGCCCCCACAGAUAAGACAUCCCCUAUUUUGGGGGUCUCAAAUUUCAGAAAAUGGGGGGAGAUGGCACAGAGUUGUUGAGCUUUUAUGGAGGGGUUACCCAGGGUUGCUGAGCUUUUUUUAGGGGGGAUUGCCAAAAAUUGCAAUUGCUGCCGAUCGCCCACCCAAUUGCCGCAGCGUCAGCCAAUCAACACCAGCCAUUGACGCAGCAACCAAUAACACACACAAUAGCUGCAAACAGCCGCAGCAGCAACCAAUCAAACGUCCAGCCUAUUCACUACCCAUGUAUAAAGGUAAAGGUAAAGGGACCCCUGACCAUUAGGUCCAGUCGUGGCCGACUCUGGGGUUGCGGCGCUCAUCUCGCUUUAUUGGCCGAGGGAGCCGGCGUACAGCCUCCGGGUCAUGUGGCCAGCAUGACUAAGCCGCUUCUGGUAAACCAGAGCAGCGCACGGAAAUGCCGUUUACCUUCUCGCCGGAGCGGUACCUAUUUAUCUACUUGCACUUUGACGUGCUUUCAAACUGCUAGGUUGGCAGGAGCAGGGACCGAGCAACGGGAGCUCACCCCGUCACAGGGAUUCGAACCGCCGACCUUCUGAUCGGCAAGUCCUAGGCUCUGUGGUUUAACCCACAGCGCCACCCGCGUCCCUACCCAUGUAUAAGACAACCCAAUUUUUUCGCAUAAUUUUUCAAUAAAAUAAUACAGUCUUAUACACGGAAAAGUACUGUAAAUUGCUAGUAAAUAACAUUUUAUUUGGAACACAAUUAGGAUUGUUGUGUACAUGUUCCCUUGCCUCUGCUUAAAUGUCCCCCUUAGUGGGAUUUUGGUGCUUAAGUUUAGGCUGGAAAUUGAUUGGGGUAAAAUAUGAUAGUUUGUUCAGAGCCGUCCUGAAAGUGUCAGGGAGGGAUGGGGACCUGAGCCAAUUGUAGCCGCUGUCCCACCGAGUUGGAUUGCCUGAGGCCUGCUGGCAUGGCCUUAGCAGAGCCCCCGUUUCCCAUAGGAUGCCACCAGCAUUUGAGGGAACAAUCCUGAGCACAGGUACCUGGUGCAAGUUAUGCCGGCAUAAAUCAAGCUGGCAUAAAUAUGGCACAUGGAGAAGCUGCCCAGGAGGCCGAGGGGGGAGGGAAAUGCUGGCUGCCCAGCAGAAUCGGGAGACAUCCCACCAAAACACAGAGCCGCCUUGGCUGGUGUCUCCAUGGGGACCGGGGCCACCUGUGGACACGCAGGGGAGCGUUCCUGAGCCAACUGGUCGGAUGUGUACAAACCGCGAUGCCACAUGGACCUCGCAGUCACCAGGCCCAGAAUGCCAAUGGGUGACGUAGUGCACACAGUGUCCCUGGCAACGGCCAGACAGCCAGUGCUAGAAAUCCCCCAGGUGUGUUUUGGGUCCAGUUGUAGCCAUAUGGAGAUCUCUGGAUGCCAGGCUGGUGACUGACAUCUCCAUCUGACUGGCACCUCUAGCUUUCUAAAGCAGGUAAGCAGAUGAGCUUAUGCAUUGUGUUUAUAUUCCACAUUUUCCUCCAAGGAGUCCAUGGUUUGCUGCUGCCACUGCCGCCCUCUGUUAAUCCCUACAACAGCUCUGUGAGGUAGGUUAAGAGGCUGUGAGUGGCCCAAGAUCACCCAGUGAGCUUCAUGGCCGAGUGGGGAUUUGAACCCUGGUCUUCCUUUUGUUGCCUCCAGUUGCAAUGCAGCCAUUUGCCUGGUCUUUGCCUCCCUGUCCCUAUGGGUCAAUUACAUCUCCUUCCCCUGGUCUCAGACGUAUUAUAGCAUUGGGGCUCCAUCAGGGUGUGCUUCCUGCUUCCACUCCUAGGGCAAACAACCACCCAUGUUCCUGGGGGAACAAGAAGCAGCAGCCCAGAGAAUGAAGGCAGAGCCCUAAAACUACAUGAGAGCCAGUGUGGUGUAGUGGUUAAGAGCGGUAGACUCGUAAUCUGGUGAACCGGGUUCGCUUCCCCACUCCUCCACAUGCAGCUGCUGGGUGACCUUGGGCCAGUCACACUUCUCUCUCAGCCUCACUCACCUCACAGAGUGUUUGUUGUGGGGGAGGAAGGGAAAGGAGAUUGUUAGCCACUUUGAGACUCCUUCAGGUAGUGAUAAAGCGGGAUAUCAAAUCCAAACUCCUACAUGUCCUGGAUGGCUGCUCCCUUGCCCCUGCUACUGAUUCUCCAAUCUGCUGGGCUUCUGGGAGUUGUGGUCUGGAGGCAGAGUCCAAAGCUGCUUCACAGCAGGUCCCAGUGGUGGUUUUAUGCCUUUAUUGCUGUAAACUGCUUUGAUUUUUUUUUUUAUGAUAUAGCAGCAUACCAAUAUAUUUAUAUACAAAUAAAAUUAAAAGGGAAUGGAGCUCCUGGAUAUUUAAUAGGUUAGUAGUACAAUAGUAAAUUGUAAUCUUAUGUUGUGGACCACCCUGAGAUCUAUGGGUGUAGGACUAUUAAUAAUGAUGAUGAUGAUGUGGAAGAGGACAUUUCAGCAGGGUAUAGCACAGCUAUUAAAACUGGAGCCCACGGUCUUUUCCACCUGGUUGGCCCACUCACCAAACUCUCAUUUCCAGGAUUCUCUGUGUCAGUUAAACUAGUAAAAAUCUGAAGAAAGGAUCUUGUGUCUGUCAGUCUGUUUGCUCCCCUCCCCUCUCUGCACGGCUGUUUUAGCACAUCACAAGCCAUGACUUUCUAGCUUAUUCUGGUUUGCUGUGGAAUGGUAACUUGCUUGUGAGGCAUGCCACCUGAUUGCUGCUGCUUUGCUGGCUCAGACAUGGUAAAUAAACCAGGAAGCCUCCAUUUCCUCUUGCACCUGAUCCAACGAUCGUGGUUUGUUGUUGCUGCCCAACCUGAACUCACGGUUUGUUGGCUUGCUGAUCAUGGCUUGUUAGGGAGCAACCAACCACAACCCCCAGUUUGAAUGUAAGAGGAAACCAAUCCUUCCUGGUUGGUUCUCCUGCUUGCGCCGGGGAAGGAGCAAUUGGGCAGCAAGCAAGAGAAUGCUGUUCACUUAUGGCUAACCACAAUAAGCCAGGAACGUGGAUUACUGAGAUGUACAAAUAUAGUCUGUGUGUAUAUUAUAUAUGCACAUUCAUACAUAAUCUUCUGUGAGUGUGUAAGCAUAUACAUGGUACAUAGAUGCUUUCCCCCCCUCCCCAAUGAAUUGACUCCAACACAGAACAAUUUUCUCAUUUUUUAAUAAAAUGAUUUCCUCAUUUUUGCUUUCUUCUUCUGAAAGUAGUAUUGAUUGGGAACCUCUUUAGAACAUGUUUUUCUCACGCCAGCAUUCUUGCAAUGGAUUUUAAAGCUGAUUCACAGUUGCGCAUAGACUGUUGAGUGUCUCCUCCCUUUGUGACCGAGAACUAGCCUUGUGUGUUGAGGUGAUACAGAAGCUUACUCUGCGGUGUUUGACCUGCGAUGGCUCUUUGAGGCAUGCAGAUGGCACUUGGUGUUACAAUUGCUGUGUGUGAACUUGCUCCGAAGGGGGAAGUGAGAAGGGAAGGCAUUCCAGGAUCUUGUAAAAGGCUGAAGGGUGGCAAAAGCAGCAAGAGAGACGAUGGGGUUCAACAUUUUUAUUCUGGUGGUGGCAGACUCUAAUUGCUAGGAUUGGGCUAUUCCACUGCAAAAUGUGAAUUCUUCAACGUUUGUUUGAGAAAUGGGUGCGUAAACAAGCGAGGAGGGGCUAAUGCCACAGUGGUGGGCGAAUCCUAGGGAGAGCUGCUACUGCUUUCUUCAGGUCUUGCUAAGGGGCUUCUCAUCGAAGCAUCUGGUUGGGCACUGUGAGAACAGGAUGUUGGACUAGGUGGGCCCCCUGUGGCCUAAUUCAGCGGGGCUCGUCUUAUGUUCACCAGUACAUAACUGAGAAAAAGAGAAGAUGCCACAAAAUGCAUUUUGCACAUAUUCCGAAGCACUUUUCUUUCUCAUAUGCCUUGGAGCUCAGCUCUGGUACGUCCUGGCUAAAAAAACUAAACCCACGGCCAAGCCAAAGGAAUGAGUCGGCAUCGGUGACAUCAGCAGCCCAUAGAUCAACCUUUGCCAGCCAAGUUCCUUUUGGCUUACAGCUUCCCAUGAGCCCCAGCCAGCACGGUGACAAUUUGCAGCCGUUUGAUAAAUGUGACCUUUGCAUAUGGGUCCAAUUGCAUGGCAUAUGCUAGCACAGAUUAGGAGAUCCAUUGCAUUAGGUAAACAGACAAAUUGGGGCAGCCACGGGCAUCAAGGUUCCACUAUGAGGUCCAGCUCAUCCGUUCACAAAGUUGCUUGUUCACAUUUAUUUGUGUUAAACCACAGAGCCUACGGCUUGCUGAUCAGAAGAUCGGCGGUUUGAAUCCCUGCGACAGGGUGAGCUCCUGUUGCUCGGUCCCAGCUCCUGCCCACCUGUCAGUUCGAAAGCACGCCAGUGCAAGUAGAUAAAUAGGUACCGCUCCGGCGGGAAGGUAAACAGCGUUUCCGUGUGCUGCUCUGGUUUGCCAGAAGCGGCUUAGUCAUGCUGGCCACAUGACUCGGAAGCUGUACCCGGCUCCCUCGGCCAAUAAAGUGAGAUGAGCGCCGCAACCCCAGAGUCGUCUGCGACUGGACUUAAUGGUCAGGGGUCCCUUUACCUUUACCUGUCCUGCUUGCUGGGUAAAGCUUUGGAGGUUGGAGGGUUUGUGUAUGUGUCGCUGAGUGAGAUUGUUAAUGUAGACGUGCCUUGUCCUGAGCCUUCCAUUGUGGCUGUGGCAGGGAUCUUGGUAGUUGCCGACAGCUUGGCUUGUGUUAUUACAGUGCAUCUCCAAAAGCCCUAUCCAUGACUGGAUGCCCCCCAGCAAUGAAAUUGAGGUGAGGGGGCUGAGAGGAGAGAAAUCCUGUCCUGCUGGCUCCUUUCCUCUUUGUGUGUCUUCGGAGGGCUUUCUGCCAUCCCAGCUUUGUCUCGCUCCAGCUGGCUCUCUGUGGUGAACACCCCUUGGGGGUACCUUGGGACGCUUGCUAUUGUCUUAGUCCCUUGCCCUUUGCAAAACACCCAACUCUUUGCUUGCCUGCUCUGUUUAAAUCAGCCCACUCGGCACCUGCCCCCCUUCCCCACUGCUUGUAGCCAGCUGGCCUGGCCUGGCAGGGGGAGGGGAGAAAGGGUGGCUUGUAAUACAGGCAUAAGGAAGCUUUCUCCUCCACCCCCCCCUUGAAUGUAGGGGAAGGGAAAGGAUUCGUUCCCAUUGGCAAAUGGAUCAGGGUUGCAGUGGCAAAACCACUUAGCCACCUGUAGGAGCUGAUACCUCUGCGAAUAGGGCUUUUAGCUCUUUCUCCUCAUCUCCGAGAGGGUGAGGAUUUUUAUGUGCCUUCUUGGAAGUCUGGAUUUUUACCUGUGGCUCUUUUAGAUCUGUACCUCUACAGUUACUGGUCUCUCUGUGUGUAGAUGUGGAUUGGUGCCCCAUAUGUAAGUCUGAGGACAUGCACUCUUAUAUACCCUCUGUCCAGGAUGCUACGGGUUGUGUUCAGCAGAGCCCUGCCCAUUGAAAUGAGUCCUGUCCAAUAACUUCAGUGGGUCUACUCUGAGGAGGACUGGCGUGGAAUGCCAUCCUCUGUGUGUUUGAGUAUACAAACGCGGGUGGCGCUGUGGUCGAAACCACUGAGCCUUUGGGGCUUGCCGAUCGGAAGGUCAGUGGUUUGACUCCCCACGGCAGAGCGAGCUCCCGUUGCUCUGUCCCAGCCAGGGGUGUAGGAAGAGGGGGGCAGACCGCCCCGGGUGCCCUCACUGAGGGGGGUGACAUUCGGUGCGCCAUCCGCUUGUGACUCCUAAGCCUAUCCCAAACCGUUGGGGUAUGGGGGGAGCUGCGCUGCUUUGCCGGCAGCAUUUUCCCCCUUUCCCCCUUUGUUUUGACAGCUUGGGGGGAGGGUUGGGAAUCGUGGGUGGGCAGCACAUUGAAUGUCCGCCAUGGGCGGCUCGCUCCGCCCCUGUGAGUGGCUCGCUCUGCCCCCGGCUGCAGGGCGCAUUCGUUGCUCCGGGCACCCGAGCAGCUAUCCUGCACCUGGUCCCAGCUCCUGACAACCUAGCAGUUCAAAAGCACGCCAGUGCAAGUACAUAAAUAGGUACCGCUGUGGUGGGAAGGUAAUUGCGUUUCUGUGCACUCUGGUUUCCAUCAUGGUGUUCCAUUGUGCCAGAAGCAGUUUAGUCCUGCUGGCCACAUGACCCAGAAAGUGGAAAAAUGCCGGCUCCCUCGGCUUGAAAGUGAGAUGAGUGCCGCAACCCCAUACUUGCCUUUGACUGGACGUAACUGUCCAGGGGUCCUUUACCUUUCAAAUCUGUGCCUGCCCUAGAUCUUAGGGGUCUCCUGGGGAACAGGAAGAUGCCUUACCUGAGUCCGAUCAUUGGUCCAUCUAGCUUAGGAGAGUCGUGCCUCAGGGGUUGAGCACAUGCAUUGAAUGCAGAAGGUCCCUGGCAGUGCUUUUUUCCAAGAAAAAUAGAGGCCGGAAUCCACCAUUAAAUUCUUACAGUGACUUGCUGGGCAAUUCGGAGCAGCCCCAAACAGAUGCCAGUUUGACAACAGCUGCAUUCACUGCCCGUAGAGGUGCUAAAAUCUACAGCAAGCUGCCUCACUAGCUGUUUGGGGGUGGUGGUCAUCCCUGGUUCUGGUGCAGGUAAAAUAAAUGCGCCCAUGCCUCCCUCAUUCUCUUAGAUUCAGGCGGGCAGCUCAGAAGGGCCCUCGCACAAACACGCACACGUGCAACAGGAAAGGCCUGGCUGCAAAGUUUGAAGCUGGCCACUGCUACACGGGAGACUGAUUGAAGAAAAGGAAAUACAAAUUGGACCUGCCCUGUAGCUUCAGCAGUUGUACCUAGGAGUAGCUAGGAGCUGGGUGGAGCCAUUGAUGAUGAUGAUGAUUUUAUUUAUUUAUUUAUUUAUUUAUUUAUUUAUACCCUGCCCAUCUGGCUGAGUUUCCCCAGCCACUCUGGGCAGCUUCCAAUUGAGUGUUAAAAACAAUACAGCAUUAAAUAUUAAAAACUUCCCUAAACAGGGCUGCCUUCAGAUGUCUUUUAAAGAGAAGAUAGCUGCUUAUUUCCUUCACAUCUGAAGGGAGGGCGUUCCACAGGGCGGGCGCCACUACCGAGAAGGCCCUCUGUCUGCUUCUCUGUAACCUCACUUCUUGCAAUGAGGGAACUGCCAGAAGGCCCUCGGUGCUGGACCUCAGUGUCCGGGCAGAACGAUGGGGGUGGAGACGCUCCUUCAAGUAUACUGGACCGAGGCCGUUUAGGGCUUUAACAGUCAGCACCAACACUUUGAAUUGUGGUCAGAAACAUAUUGGGAGCCAAUGUAGAUCUAAUAAAAAAUACAGAUUUGCACAUGCUGGCCAACUUCUGUUUUGGCUUGAAAUGUUUGUUUUGGGCUUCUCAGAAGUAGGUUAAGGCAAGCAUGUAAAGGAAGUGCUGGCUGGCAAUGGCACCCACCUGAGAGGCGCCGGAACUGCGCUCUGGUGUGCUCUGGCUGGAAAAAAAAAAAGCACUGGUCCCUGGUUCAAUCCUUGGUAUCUGCAAGGAGGACAGGGAAAGCCUUCCUGUCUAAAACUUUGAAGAAGAUUGAAACCAGCUCGUUUAGACAAUAUAGAUGGGUCAACAGUCUGAAUUGGUAUAAAGCAGCUUCCUGUUUUCUUAUAACACCGGCAGCAUCUCUCCAGGGUUUCACGCAGGAUAUGCCGAGGACUGGGUCUGGGACAGUUUGUAUGCAGGGCAAGUGCUCAGCUGCCAAAAGGAAAGUUUCCAGUCCUCAUGAUUCUAAAUAAAGGGCUGAUUUAAACUGGGACAUAGGAAGAUGCUUCCUACCAGGUUAGACAACUUGAUCCUUCUAGUUCAGCAUUGUUCUCAUUGAUUGGCAGUGGUUCUCCAUGGUGUUGUGAGGAGGAGGAGCAGCAGCAGCAGCAAAAGUCAACAGCGAGACCCUUGCUGGGCUGUGGACCUCAGCAGAUGCCAGCGAUGCUGAGCUGAUUGUGAAUCUAGUGAUCUCUUGGUGACUUUGCAUUUCCAGGAUCUCAAGUGUGUGUGUGUGUGUGAGAGAGAGAGAGAGACAAACAGACAGACAGACAGACAGACAGACAGACAGACAGAGUGAUGGAGAAAGAAGCACUUGUUAUGUGCAUGCAGAUCUUAGUAUGUGCAGCUGCACGCGUCACCCUUCCUCAGUGCAUGGACUUGCUCUGUGCAUUGUGGGUCAUGUGAAUGAGAAUUGCUUGAGAGAACCUCUUCCCCACAAAGUGCACCCAACUUCAGAACUUCAUUGCUUGAUUUAAUAUGUGAAUACUCAAGGCAGCAAUAGACCAAUUCCUCCAACCCAAUACAAGUCUACUUGGCUCUUUUAGGUAUAUUGCAUUAGGUUUCUUUCCUGAGUCUGUGCUGCAACCAAGUAUUGUGAAUCUGCUUAGAAUGUGCUGAUGGCAUUAAACUCUCUGGGGAAGUGAGAGGAGGGAGAGAGAAAGGAUGCUGGGAAGGAAGGGGGACAGAUGUUUUUGAGUUCUGAAUGCGGUACGGUUUUAUUCUGUAUAUAUUCUGUGCGUGUGCUGAAACUCAGUAAAAAUUAUAUUUUUUAAAAAAACAGAUCUGCUUGUCUCCCAUUGCGACACUCUUUGCGGCCACCACCCUCAAGCACACCAUCUGAGGUGGCCACCUCAGUUAGCCCCAUGGUUAGGGGGUAUCUCUGUCUGUGGGGCGCUCCAUAUAACAGCCUUCGCUGCUGGUACCCUCCUGAUGUUUUCGACUACAGCUGCCAUCAAUCCCAGCCAGCACAGCUAUUGGCAAAGGCUGCAUUUUGGGCAGAAGAAAAGCACACACACCCCAUCACUGAUGCCCGUUCUGGGCCUAGAAAACACUCUGGCGCUGAGUGGCUUUAGAAAGCCAUCUUCAUCCUCACCCUCUUAUGACCAAGAGUUGAAGUGUUCCAUGGCAUUGUAGGUAGAGAGAGAAAAGGAAACAGAGUAUGUCCCAGAGUCCCUACAAACCUCAGGAACAGGGGGACACCUUUGUGGCAGGGGGUCUAACACAAGCGUCCUGUCUCUCUCCCCCCCCCCACCGCAACUCCUAAAAAAUCCUGGAGUUGGUCCUGGCAUCACCUUUGAAGGAAGAAAAUGGUUGGGAGAUGCACAGCUGUUGAGCUUGAGAAUAAGCAAGACCAUGUCUGUAUCAGCAACCACCCUCUCUACACUGCACUAGCAGUAUUUGAGCAUGGGAACACUUUUUUGUAGUCUUCAUUUUUGCCGUUUUCAUAAUAGUUACAAAAGUACAAAUGAACACAAGGUCACUUCUCCAGUUCCCCCUUUCCCUCCUAGUGAUUCCAUGUUAUACGAGAUCCAUAUAAGUGUGUAUUGGAUCAUGACCAGUUGUAAUCGUUGAAUAUCGUCGUUCUCAUUUUAGCAUCUUGCUCCAGAGAGUACUGUGAGUUGCUGGUGGUUUUGUCGUUGUGUCAACUUUCCUAAUGUAUGAAAUAAACAUAUACCACGUUUCCUCAAAACAACCUUUUGACAUUUGCAUAUUUUUUUUAGAGUGUUAAGCUGCUUUGGCACUUUUUCCACGAGAGCAGUGUUCAUACCUUUUUCCAGCCAAACCUCCAGUGUUAAAUUUGCUGUUUCCUAAAACUGAGCUAGAACUUGCUUAGCUGCUGUCACAAAGAGGAGUAAUAAGUCUUUAAACAUGAGUUCUUUUAAAUAAUCAAGAAACAAGUUUAACAAUGCAGUUUUGGGGUCACAAGAUACUUCCUGGCCUGUAAUGAGACUUGCUCAUAAUUAGCUUCCUAAAAAAUUGAACCUUUCUUGUGACUCCAUUAACUAGGAUUGUAAGACCCCAUUUGUAGACAGCCUCUAAAAGAGGCUUGAUUGAGGACUUGUUCUCACAUUUUAUGAGUCCAUAAUGCUACCUGUGUUAAAAAAUUAAUACUAUUUUCUCCUGUGUUUGCUGACACUGAGUUGAAUAGCCAUUUCCUCUGAUUAUUUUUUUUUGCCAGUCCUACAUUUCUGUGUUGCAAUCCAGGUCUCUUUGCCAUAUUGAUUUUAAGGAGCUAAGGCCACUUGUCAUUGAAUCACAUAGGAGCUUAUGUAUGUUUGAUAGCAGUUCCUGAGAACAGUAUUUAGGAUUUGCUUCGGUUCACCCUGGUGGCUUCAGAUAAAAUUGUAGAAUUGGGCAUAAAAUUGUAGUCUGCGUUUCCUAACUUUCCUUUUAGUUGCAUACUUGUGAGAGAGGUGCCAUAUCUUUAUAUAAAUUCCUGACUGUUCCUAGACCUUUCUGUUUCCAGCCUUUAAACGGCUAUUCCCUAGUUUAAGUUACAAAUAUUUUUUUCUAAAACAAAUGGGACAGUGACAAAAGGGAAUAAGAAUUGGUGAAAUGGCUGGUGCGAGAUUUUUGGUUCAGAUUUGUAAAUUAGCAAGUGUUCAGUAUGUUUGGGGGAACAAUUAGGUGGUGUGUCAGGAAUAGAAGUGCUGCUGCACGUUUUUUAAAUUAAAAGCGUCUCGUUCCAAGGAAAUCCAAGUGGGUUGUAACAAGUGUUAACAUUAUUUAUAGUGGGCCGAAGUUAUUGUGCUGCAUCAUGGCACCAUGUUAAAUUCGAUACUCUCAAGUGUUCCUGAGGUACUCUAUUUAUUUAGGACAAAGUGUGACUUUAGAUUGAUGCUAUAAAAUGUAAUUGUUAUGAGGGGGGAGAGACUGAUGUACAUCAUUUCCCUUAAAAAAUAAUAAUAAUUGAUUUCCAUUCCCAACACUCUGUAAUUUCCUCAACAGCAGUUGGUAAAGAGGUUUUAGGAUUCCAUACCCUUAACGUUUAUCUGAUGAAAAUAGGGACGUCCUAGGGAAAAGCGGGACGUUCCAGGAUCAAAUCAGAAACCAGGACGGCUUCUGUAAAUCUGGGACUGUCCCUGGAAAAUAGGAUUGACCAGGAAUUGACCAGAAAGGCUACAUUGUCUACAAAGAGGUUUGUUUUAUGUGCCGGUGUAGCAGACUUUAUUUCCUGUACUGAGCCAUUUUACCAUUUUUUAAUUAGCUAUUGGUACCAUGGCGCUGUGGUCUAAACCACUGAGCCUCUUGGGCUUCCUAAUCAGAAGGUUGGCGGUUCGAAUCCCCGUGACAGGGUGAGCUCCCGUUGCUCGGUCCCAGCUCCUGCCAACCUAGCAGUUUGAAAGCACGCCAAAAAAGUGCAAGUAGAUAAAUAGGUACCGCUCCGGCGGGAAGGUGAACGGCGUUUCCGUGAGCUGCUCUGGUUUCGCCAGAAGCAGCUUAGUCAUGCUGGCCACAUGACCCAGAAGCUGUAUGCCGGCUCCCUUGGCCAGUAAAGCGAGAUGAGCGCCACAACCCCAGAGUCGGUCAUGACUGGACUUAACUGUCAGGGGUCCUGUACCUUUACCUUUUUACCAUGGCGAGAAAGAAAAGCAGUGGUGAAAAGGGGGCAGCCCUGUUUCAUGCCCCCCCCCCGGAACCAAGGUGUGUCCCAUCCAUUUAACCUAACCUUAGCUUGGCCUAGCCGUGUUUUCAGACCAUUAAUGCAUUUUCCCCAGCAAGGUGUACAAGAAAUCCCAGCUCAACUUGUCAAACACCUUGGUGGAAUCCGAUGAAGCAAUAGAGAUUGGUUCUUCAUUCUUUUGGUGUUAUGAACUAUAUCAGCCAUAUAAUUGGGUCAGCUAUGUAUUUGUGUCUAAUAAGGCAUAUUCGGUCUUUAUCUAUUAUCAAAGGUGUUAAUAAUGCUAAUCUACCUGCUAAAAUAUUGCUAAAGAUUUUAGCAUCUUGGUUUAUGAGAGCUAUGAGCCUGCAUUAGUCUUCUUGGAUAGGAAAUUUCCCAAGGUUUCUUCCAUGCAGUAAGGAUUGGGUCUCCUUGCAGUAUAGAACUGAAUAAUUUUAGUCUAGGGCUCAGUUACUCUUUAAAUGUUUUAUAGAACUGGAUUAUAAAACCUGGAUUUAUAGAACUGGAUUAUAAAGCUUUAAUUUUGUUGAGGCUUUCGUAGUAUCUCCAUUCAAUAUUGGUUCUGUUAAAUACUUUCGUUGAUUCCUUUCUAGAGCAUUUAGUUUCGCUUCAUUUAAAUACUUGUUCGUUUGCAUAAUAUCUGCUGUUCUGAUCUGAAUAUCUGAUUGAACAUCUAAUCUGAAAGGAAUGCUUGUAAUUUUUCUCCCACUGUCUCUGUUCAGUAUUGUUGCUCUCCAUCGUGUCCUUGUGAACUUGUUGAAAAGCUAGAAUUUUUAUCAGUGUCCUCAUAGAAUUUUUGGUUAGUAUAUUGCCUUGCAUAUGCUAUCUUCCUAAUUUCUAAACUUGGCAAUUCUGUUCUUUUGUAAUAAUGUCCUGCAUAUUUUUUAUUGUUGUUGCCUGAUUGUUUGUGGGUGUCUUCAGGUUUCUUUAUUUCUGUUUGGAGACUAAAUUUUGAUGCCUCUCUUGACCUUUUAAGAUGUGCAUAUUUAAUUCUAAUAUGGCCUCUCUUACCACAUUCACUUAGUCCUCCAUUAAGACUUCAUUCAGAAAUUAAAUUCUAAUAUGGCCUCUCUUACUACAUUCACUGAGUCCUCCACUAAGACUUCAUUCAGAAAUUAAAUUCAAAUACUGUAUGGCCUCUUACCGCACUCACUGAGGGGAGGCCCUAAGACUUCAUUCAGAAAGGUCUCCAGUGUCAUUGAUUAAGAAAGAAUAAAAUCUUUAAGUUCUUCCUUCAAUUUAUCGACUAUGUGUUAAGUAGUGGAUUCAGGUUUAGCUUCUGUGUUCUGAUUUUUGGAGGAUAGUCCAUUAUAUGUACGGUAGUGAAAACAGAAGCAUGGUCCAAAGGACCUGGAGAGUUUACUGGUUUAUAACAGUUGCAUCAGCUAGACUUUCUGAGUUUAAACUAUAAACUGUAUGAGUAGCAUGUUAUUAUAAUGUGUGUAUGGGGGGGGGAUAGUAAUCUCGAUUACUAUUUUGUUUUCCCCCCAUGGACUGCUUCAAAAUCACUGAGAGUCUUGUGGGACCCCUAAAUAUAUUUUCCUGCCUUUUGUAGCAAUUGCAGUGCACCGUUGCUAGAUGAGGGUAUGGAUUUUUCCUCAGGGUUUACUCCCGAAGCUUUUCUCACAAGGCAGUGGAGGUUGGAUCAGAGUUUUCCUUCUCCUGGAUGGGCUGCCUUCUUAGGUUGACGAGAACCCCAUGAAAGCAAGUAUGACACAGAUGUACUUUUAACCAAAAUUUAGCAAGGUUCUGCUGCAUGCACACUACUGCAAUGAAGAACAUAAGGGCAAUGGCAGCAGCAACGACAGAACAGAAGUACCCACAAUUCUUAUGUCCCUUGUAAACAUACAAGGACGCUUUACCAUUAUUUCAACAGAAUUUAAUAAUUUUUGCAUUACAUCUUACUGACCAAGAGAAAAUACUUUAACUCUCCAGUUCAGAGGACGACAUAAAAACGCUUCCUUUCAGCUUGGGUUUCAAACAAAAUGGCUUCCUCGGGUUGCCAUUGUUUUUGCCGUUUCUCCGUUUUUCUUUCUUGUUUUUCUUUGGUUUCUUCUGCCAGCUGUAUAGAUGGUUCUGUGCUUUCUCUGGAUCAUUCUGGUCAUUAUUUCCAGUUCUGCCUCUUCAUCCUGGCCCUAGGCUGUAAGCAUUUUCUUAGCUCCCUCAUCAUGAGUAGUAGCAGUUGGCAUGGUUCCUUCUUUGAUUACUGCCGGUUUAAAAAGGAAAAACAAAUGGUAUUGAAUAUCCACGUUUCAUAGUUUUUCAGUACAGUAUAUAUUUUUUGAACUCGAGCCUUUUUUGUAGGGUUUCAUUACUCAAGUCCUGAAAGAGACUUUUUUAUUUUUCAUUUGGUUUUCCCAUGUAAGGUGAAGAACUGUGUUAAAUCUUCUUUUACUUGGAAGUAAUGAAAUGGAAUUAUAAUGGCCUUUGCCUGAGGAAUGCGAUCAAUAUCCUUGCUUUCCAGCUGAAGCUCAGUGAAAGUCUCAUUAGCCCAGGUUAUAAAAAUGGAGGGGGAGGUCCUGGCUUCCUGCAGAUUUGGGCAACCCUCUCGCCCUCGGAUUAUUUCACCCGCUGCGAUUCUCCCAGUUGUCCAUUGUCUGGUUUUGGAUUUCUGGGCUUACUUUUUCCAGUCCUGCAAUGGCAGUUUUUGCUUUAGGCCAAGAUUAAGGGUCACUCCUGCAGUUUAAAUACCCCCCCCAACUCGAUCUUGACCUUCAGGAAGUUACGAGGGUCGCUCAUUAAAGAUUUCUCCUGACCUACUUCCUGUUAUCGUAGGGGGAUGAAAUUGCACAUGUAUAAUGAUACAUCUCUCCAUAGGUAACGUGGUAAUUUGUAGCUCUGAACUCCUAACAGUUUCUCUGUUACUGGUGCUAACGUGGAGUAAUGUCUGAUAAUGGAACCAGUUGAAGCAGAGUGGUCAUCAGGUUCCUGUACUUGAAAGGGCACACACCACGGGAGACGUUCAGUGAGAUGAAAGGGACUUAUCGGGAAGAUGCCCCAUUGUAUGACGUAGUCAAGCACUGGCAUCGUCAGUUCAAGUGUGGUCAGACUUCGGUGGAACGGCUCCCAUUCCUGGGCAACCACAGUUGGUCAUUGAUGAAUGACACCAUCUGGCAAGUUGAGGCCGCCAUUUUGGAGGAUCGCCAUGUAACCAUUCGCCAACUAGCUGCAGAUGUCAAGAUCAGUGUGGGCACUGUAGUAAAAAUCACCCAUGACCAUUCACACAUGGGAAAGGUGUCUGCACGGUGGGUUCCUCGAUGCUGAUGCCUUUCCAGAAGCAGGAACAAGUCACAUGCCCACAGGCUCUUUUGGUCAUGCGUCACGAAAACCAUGAUGACUUCUUCGCCAGACUAAUUACUCAGGACGAAACAUGGGUCCAUCAUUAUGACCCAGAGACUAAAUCCCAGUCCAAACAAUGGAAGCACUCUGCCUCACCACUUCCAAAGAAGGCAUGUGUCCAACCGUUAGCGGGCAAGGUCAUGCUCACGGUCUUUUGGGACCAGCGUGGAGUAGUGGUGAUGGAUUUCCUGGCAAAGGGUACCACAAUUACUGGGCCGUACUACGCUUCACUGCUCUAGAAAUUGCAGAAGGCCAUCAAAAUCGAGAGGUGUGGUAUGCUGACCAAAGGUGUCUGCCUCCUGCAGGAUAAUGCCUUGAUUCACAACUCACACGUUGCUCCAAUGGAAGCACGGUCCUGUGACUAUGAAAUCCUUCCUCAUCCUCCUUAUUCUCCUGACCUCACACCACUGGACUUCCACCUCUUUCCAACCAAGAAGUUUUAUUGAAGUGCAAGCUUUUUCCAGACAAUGAAAUGCUGAUUUCUGAGGUCAAGUUGUGGCUUCUUAGGCAACCUGCCGACUUCUACAGAUGAGGUCUCCACAGCUGCAUAAAGCGAUGGGAGAAGUGUGUGACUCUUGCUGGUAGCUAUGUAAAGGUAAAGGUAAAAGGACCCUUGACCAUUAGGUCCAGUCGUGACCAGCUCUGGGGUUGCUCAUCUCGCUUUAUUGGCCGAGGGAGCCGGCGUACAGCUUCCAGGUCAUGUGGCCAGCAUGACUAAGUCGCUUCUGGCGAACAAGAGCAGCGGACAGAAACGCUGUUUACCUUCCCGCUGGAGCGGUACCUAUUUAUCUACUUGCACUUUGAUGUGCUUUCAAACUGCUAGGUUGGCAGGAGCUGGGACCAAGCAAUGGGAGCUCACCCCGUUGCGGGGAUUUGAACUGCCGACCUUCUGAUCAGCAAGUCUUGGCUCUGUGGUAUAACCCACAGCGCCACCUGCGUCCCUAUGGACGCAGAGAUGUAAAAAUGGACUAGUAACUGCCCAGUUUCGUUUGUCUCAGUCCAUGGGGAAGUAUGUCAGGGGGAAUCUUUCAUCAAUGCUCCUCGUAUCUAUAGCUAGCCAUUCUUCCCUAAAGUCUUUUCUGAACUGCCACAGUCGUUCAAACAUUUGCGCCAUGUCUUCCUUGGGAAUAUGGGCUGACACGUGCCACGACGAGCCCAUCUUAGUAUUCCUUCAGGCCUAGAUUUGUGGUGUUGUGUCCCUAUGGCACAAAAUAGGCUGUUAACCAUUUCCCCUUACCUCAAGUGAGGUUUUGAAUCUUUGCCUUUCCAGGUGUUCUGAGGUUGAGUGCUAUUUCCCCUCUUUUGGGAGGUGAUAUUCAGGAAUUUUUUGGCAAUGGAGAGCUGGACACUCCUGACAAGGGUUUACACUUUGAUUUGGUGUUCUCUUUUGCAUUAAAAGUUGUAUAUAUGACGUUGUGGGGAAGGAUUUCAUUUUAUGUACGCCAGCAGCACCGUUCAAAUUGGGUUUGUUUUUGGAGGUUGCUGGAGUGGGGAGCGCAAACGAUUGCAGAGUUCACACUUGCGGUGCGAACAUGUCCUGCUUUCUUGGCUCAUGUGCCUGUUGAGGCCCCUUCUGCUGUUGGCUCUCAAUCCAAUCAGUGUCUGGAUUAAGUCUUCAUGGUAUUAGCAGUGCAAGGAGAAGGGUUUUUCAGGGUGAUGGGGGGGGCAGCAAUGAAGAAUAUUGGCAGAAAUCCCCGUAUUUGUUUGGACACAGCUAAUAAAUCCCGCUCUGCUGGGGUGGCGACAUAUGUGCUGCUUGUAGCUUUUAUGCAAAAUAUCAAAUGAGGCUUCAAUUAGUGCACAGUUUCUGCAAAAAGGAGUGCUGGAACUUAAGCCUUCCUUUGAAAGCCGUACGCUUUGGCCUGGUAACUUUGCUCCCCCUAAAGUGCUCACUAAGUGUUGAUGGUGGACACUCUGCACAUGUUCAGGAGACUCUCUCCCCUGCUGUGUUCCAGACCUUGAAAAAGAAGCUCUGGGCUGGCACUCAGGAGCCUGCCCCCAGAAAAAAAACUAAAAAAGCCUACUUUGGAGGGGGGCAGGUGUUGCUGUGAGAGGAACCCCCCACAUUUUAAAAGCAAGGUGUGCAUUGCGAGCCCUAAGUUAAAUAAAGGUUUUCCAUUCUAUAUAGAAUCUGACUGCCUGUGAAAUCAAAAUCCCUAUUUUUUAUUAUUUGUUUUAACAAACGAAAGAAUUCUAGUCCUCAUUGUUGUUGGGUGGGGAGGAGUCCUUUUUAUUGUUGUUGAAAAAACACAGGCAGUGUACAGGUCCAUAGCUGGAGUCCUUAAGAGUAUAAGCUCCCUUUGGCAGUCCAAAGCUAAGAAUAAACUAGUCAAUUGGCCCACGUAAUCUGCGGAUUAGCCACUCUGAUGCUCCUAGGUUUGGUGUUGGGAUGGUUCUGAUAGCCAGGGCACAAUAGCAGCUGGUAUCGGGAAAUCUCAUUUCUUAUUGCCAGAGGUGUGGAAGGUUACAUUAAUGUUUUCCUCCCCCCUCCCCCCUCCCAAUAAGGCAGCUAGCUAAACCUGAAAUCCAGGGAAGGCAUCACAAGCCAAUUGCUUUGUGGUAAUUCUGGAAAGAGUAAUUGUUGAUCAGGUAAUAUAAGCAAAGAAAUUGGUAUUUAAACUUUUGAACACAUUUGCUGAUUUCCUGUCUCCGCUUCUCCCACUCUGAAUUUUCCUCCCCAAAUCCUCAGUGUAAAAUGCAAAAUUGGAUGCUUUGACUGUUGGCUAGCUUUCUCUCUUGCCCUCUGAAGGUUUCUUUUUUUUUGCGGGGUGGAUGGGGAGCAGUCAAACUGGACCUGCAGUCGGAGUCUAGAGGGCGGGAACAGUUUGGAAAAGGGAAGUCCUUGCCUCCUUUUUUAAAGCCCUUAGCGAUAAAAUCUCAUUGUGAACAUGCUAAAAAUGUACCGGAACACUUUUUUAAAAAAUAAAUAAAAAGCAUUUAUUUAUUUAUUUAAAAAAUCUACUUUGUGAAUUAGCUGGAACAUGUGAAGUGGGAAGGAGGAAAUCAGAUUUGUGCAUGUGUGUUUAGGUAAUGGAUCAUGGACUUAAUCCUUAAACUGAAAAGCCUGCCUAAGCGUGUUGUCAGAAGCAGGCUGCUCCUGAACUAAAAAAUGUGUGCUGAGGGAAGGGACUGCUUGGGGUUGAGGGGGGUGGAGGAAAGGAAUUCUGCACAUGCUCAGAGGUAGCUUUCUUAUUUAUUUAUUUUUUUUAAAAAAAUAUUUUUAAACUGCCCUUCAUCAAUACAGUUCCUAAGAUGUUAUUCACACUCCAGGAUUUAGCCUAGCUACUGAUAACAAGACUCCAGGGACUUGGACCCUGGUUGAGGCCUUGGAACAAAUGGAUUUUUAAAAUGUGGCGUAUUUGAGUCUGGGUUAUCAGCUGCACUGUUUUAAGAUUUCUAAUAAGUCAGCUCAUUGGUCUUUCUUGCUCAGCAUCUCCCUAGAGCUUGAGGCGAAGGGCUGUAGCCAAUGAUAAUUCUAUUUGACUAAUUUAGGCCUAUUGAUUUCAGUGGGUCUGCUCUGAGUAGAACUUAGUUGGCCACAACCCCAGGUGGUUUCUUCCUCUGCCCUACCUGGAGAUACCAGGGAUAGAACCUGGGGUCAUCUUUCAGGCAAAGAGCUUACUUUUAGGCACCCUUGAACCCUAAACAUCAUCCUGUUUUUGCAGGAUAGUUUUGACCGUCACUGUGUCUUAGGGGAGGGAAUGUUGCAGUUUAAACUCUGUGUGUGAAGAACUACCGUAUUUUUCACUCUAUAAGACGCACCAGACCAUAAGGCGCACCUAGUUCUUGGAGGAGGAAAACAAGAAAAAAAAUAUUCUGAAUCUCAGAAGCCAGAACAACAAGAGGGAUCGCUGCGCAGCGAAAGCAGCGAUCCCUCUUGCUGUUCUGGCUUCUGGGAUAGCUGCGCAGCCUGCAUUCACUCCAUAAGAUGCAUACACAUUUCCCCUUACUUUUUAGGAGGGAAAAAGUGAGUCUUAUAGACCAAAAACACGGUACCUUCUGUUGUCCCGAAUCUUUCGCUAUUUAGCUUCAUGGGAUGUCGCCAAAUUCUAGUAUUGCAAUAAAUUCAGUAAAUGUUCUCUGCAACAGGGCAGGGUUCUGUCUACAUGCAAAAUGGGAAGAUAGCAAAUGGUUUUGUAAAUACUUGUGGGCAUGUCUGCGUUUUCGUACCAGGUCUUUGUGCAAAGGCUGCAUUUUCAUCGCAGCUUAAAACUUUCCUCCGGACUCCCUGGCGGCAGUUUCGGGCCUCAGCUGUACAUUUGCCGCCUGUCACUUUUCCAAAAGGCUGCAUCUGCCGUCUGUUCUGUGUCUGUUCUGUUUCUUUCUUGCCUGGAGCAGAGGUGGCGGGCACAUGAGCCCCCAGAAGAUAAGAAGGCAGGGCAAGCCAAGUGACCUGGUUUGGCUGCUUGACCCGGAUUUGGCACCACAACUGCCACAGGGAGUCUGAGUCAUCAGGGCUGUGACCCAGAUCUCCAUUUUCCGGAGGGGUGGACACUGCUUGUUGGUUUGCUGACUGGCAGCCCCAGUGUAUCCUUUGCAGCCAAACCUUCCAAUUGUCAGCUAUUUCUGGGGAAGGAAGGUGCUGGCUCUGUUGGUGUGGCAAUGGGUGUUUUGUUUUUUAGGCAACAUGGUUAUUUCAUUAGGCAGUUGCAAAGGAUGUAUGCAAGGUUUUGAUUAAUUGGAACUCAUCUUCAAGUUGGUUGGUUGGUUGAGCAAUGAAACCAAACCUGGAAGAGGCAGCAGGAGAAUGAAAAAAUUAUGGGGCUGAUGGAAACCCUGGUCUGCAGUUUGUAGUAGCUAUAAGAAGGAAGGAAGAGUGGUUGGUAGAUCUUGGGACUCAAAUAAAAAGAUCUGAUAAAUCCAUGCCCUCUACCCUGCCCUGCCCUCUGGGUAUUUUAUUCCUAUCUACAUUUUAUUGUUUUUUGGGAGAUUAAGAUUGAGAUUAAGAGUCUCGUGCUUUACCAACCGAGUUAUCCCAGGUCUAUUGCUGAGCUUUGCCAAAGCAGAUUUGAGUCAGGGUUUGGGGUAAGGGUAAAGAUCUGUUGGCAUUUUAAAUGCAGAAGAUACCAAACAGAAUCAAAUUUAUCGUGGCAGAGCCAGCCGUGUACAACCGUACUGUGCCGUGUUGGUUUCUCUGAUAUCAAGCCAUGUCCUGCCACCUCUCUGUGGAGAGACCACCUGCAAUUUCCUAUUGGGAUGCUCUCUCCCUCCGAGCAGCAGCAACAACAGCAUCAGUUAUUAGCACUGCCGGAUUAUCUGUGAUACUUCAAAUAGCGAAAGCAGAAUCAGGGGAAUCUAUUUGUCUUGUGAUUGCUUCCCAGAAGCAGCUUCCCAGAACAGCUGAACCCAGAUCAGACUCUGGGCUCACUCAAACUUCCAUUUGCCCAGCCACUUUCUCCUGGGGAAACCUGCAGUUUAAUGCUGGGUUUUCCAUGGACUGCUGUUUGUUCCAAUUUAUCACGAAAGAGCGGGUUUUCUGGGGGGGAAACAGCAGGUCAAAGGGAAGAACUGCUCAGACCCUUGCCUAGAAAGCAGAAAAUCGUUCUGACUGUGCUUUCUAGGCAUGGGACAACUGGAAGUGUACCUGAGCCCUCCUCCCAUCAUUUAUGUAAAAAGGCACCCUGCCCUGUUAAGUCUUGCUUGCAGCCUUGCUUACCAUCGCCUGUGGGCCCUGCCCAGCUGCAGGGAGGAAGCUACUCCUCAUACAAUGCAAGAUAUGAUGCUGCUUAAUCUACUUGUAAUAUUUUAAUGGCUCUCUUCCUCUUACAUGCCUCUUGUGUACCGGUAUAUAACGGCUGCCUUCCUGGUAUGUGUGCACAGACUCUUUGUUUUCUCUGCUCCCAGUGUGCUUCCACUGCUGGUUUGGGAAGCAGCGGACCCAGGGUGUUAGCGACAAUCCAUAUUUAUCCUGCUGUUUUUUAAUGGAAUACUUGCAGUUUGAUGCAUUUCCACCCCAAAUGAGAUUAGAUCCAAACUGAGAAAAGGAACCUAGCUGCGUUUAAGCUCACAGUGUCUACACAGCCUAUUUGUCUCUGUUUAUAAUCAAUAUAUUCUGCAAAUCUGCAGCUAAAUAUUUGGUUGGAUCAGUUCAGGACGGGUGAAUUUUAGAGCAGGAAGGGCCCUGUUUGCUCCACCAUUUGUGUGACAGCCCUUCAGAUAUUUGAUGACAUCUAUCGCCUACCCCUAGGCCUAAUCUUCUCUUCCCCAGGCUAAACGUACCAAUACAUUUUAACUAUUAGGGCCAUAUUUUCAGACUACUUGCCAUACAUGUCAUCAUCCUCUGGACACACUCUUGUUUGUGGUGGUCCUCCUUCAGAUGUGCUAACAAGAACUGGACACAGUACUCCAAUAUGAAAUUUACUUUCUUACACAGCAACGUUAUCUCCUUGGUUUCCUGACCUCCAUUCUCUUAAGCUCUAAGGCUGCAGUCCUAUACACACUUACAUGGGAGUAAGUUCUAUUGAACUCAGUAGGACUUACUUCUGAGUAGACAGACCUGACUUCUCUUUUCCUGCCCCCAAAACAAAUCCUUUCACUUGGCCACACAGAAGCAAUGCUGUUUGUUAACAUUCUUUUGCUGACAUCUUCCCCAUGAAGACUUACAAUGUUUGUGGAUGUUCUGUGACAUCCACCAUUCAGCGAGUGAAGGAAGGGGCUUGCAGACAACAACUGUUGUGAAGCAAACGAUUUUGGGCAUUGUACAUAAUGUGUUUAAAGUGCGUUGUUGCCUACUUCCGGGCCUUGAGAAUGGUGCGGGUUAAUAAUCAAGUAAAGAGGCUACACAUUUCUCCUCUCGUGUGUUUGUGUGUUACAGGUCCUUGUCUAAAGAACAAGCUCUUGAGCAGACACGCAGCCGUGGGGAGCUGAAUACUCGGACAGCGUGGCAUUCAGAUUGGCAGAACCAGGCUGACUUUCUGUGUAAGUGGGGUCUGGCAGCUGUGCCUUAGACUUGGAUGAGGUGGAUACGAAACAAUGCUUUCCUUUUAUUAAAGAAUUAUUACAACAGCCCUGCAGGGUGGGGCAGGCCAGGAGCGAAAAUGGCUCACUCAUCAUUGCUGCGUGUGUGGCUGGGCAGGGUCAUAGCACAAUGCUAGAGUACAGUGGUACAAACUUAAUUCAUUCCAGAGAUCCGUUCUUAACCUGAAACCGUUCUUUUCCUGAGGCGCGCUUUCACUACUGGGACCUCCCGCUGCCGCUGCGCAAUUUCUGUUCUCAUCCUGGGGCAAAGUUUGCAACCCGGAGCAACUACUUCCGGGUUGGCAGAGUUUGUAACCUGAAGUGUUUGUAACCCGAGGUACCACUGUACAUGUUAUGCAUGGAUUUGUCCUGUUAGUUCAAGAUUCCCCCCCUUCUGUCCUGAAACUCAUGGGAGGAGCUGCUUUGCAUUCAGAGGGGUUCAAUCCCUACCAGUCAGUGUAGAGUCAAAUGAACAGUGCUGGCUCCAGGUGGUGGGGGGGUUUGUUGGCGGGGGAGAGGGUUUUUGCAAGAAGUGGAAGGGCCAAAGCAUGGUGGUAGACGCCUUGCUUGUCAUGCAGAAGUUCCCUGGUUCAAUUCCUGCCAUCUCUUGGCAGGAGUGGGAAGUAGUCCAUUCUAAAUCUGCAUUGCCAGGCAGUGUAGACUACAUUCCCUUCUGGACAACUUUCUGGGGCUCACAUGCCAGUGGUGGGAGGGGAUAGAGGCAGUGUUAUUUUUUUCUUGGUUCCAUUGGCUAGUUUCUACACACUCUUCUUCUUCUUCUUCUUUCUACACACUCUUCUUCUUCUUCUUCUUCUUCUUCUUCUUCUUCUUCUUUGAAAUUAUAUACCCACCUAUAAAUCAAGAUAUAAAACCACAAAAUCAAGUUAUAAGACCACAAAAUACCUAACAAAAAUAAAAACAACAACCCAAUAGCCCCUCCCCCCCAAAAAAACACAUUUCAAAAGGGCAUAGGAGGUAAUUCGGAUCAACCAAAGGCCUGAUGACAGAGGAACUUUUUGCCUGGCGCCUAAAGGUGUAUAAGGGAGGCGCCAGGUGAACUUCCCUGAGGAGGAGCCACUGCAGAGAAGGCCCGUUCUCGUGUUGCCACGCUCUGAACCUCUUGAGGAGGGGGCACACAAAGAAGGGCCUCAGAAGAUGAUCCCAGGAUCCGGGUAGGUUCAUAUGGAAAGUGGCGGUCCUUGAGGUAUUGCGGUUCUGAGCCAUUUAAGGCUUUAUAGGUCAAAACCAGCACUUUGAAUUGUAUGCCCCUCUGUCCUCCAUUCAGACAAGCAAGAAGCCUUAUCAGAGUCCCAGGGUGCAUCCCAGCCAGGUCAAAACACUAAAGGAAGAUGCAAAACAGGACCACUUGAGAGUUUAACCUGUAGAGCCUUGGAAUGCUUGUAGAUAUUCUGUGGGUGAAAGAAGUAUGACUGAGGAGGGAGCAUCCCGGGGGCCAGAUAGAAAGGCUUUGAGGUCCGGGACGUCCGGGGUGGCGCCAUCGGCAGUGGCGGAUUCCCUCUGAACUGGAGGGACCAGCUCCACGGGAAUCGGGUCUUUUCCGCUACGGCGAAGCGGGGACCCAUUCAAAAAUCACAGGCGGAUGAAGCCUGUGACCAUGGGACUCAGCGGGCACCUUUAGCGCCCCCCCAACCCACAAAGGAACCCACUAACGGGCUCCGGAGUGAAGAGGGGGAAGUGGCACGGUGCUGAGAGUCAACUGCUUCUUCCGUGGAGCGAAGCCGCACAGCCGUUGCUGGAGAGCGCUGCCUUUUUCCUGGGACAAUUUGGCUUUUAAAACAACCACCCGUGAGUACUUAAGUUUCGGACAAUUGGACUCUAAACAAGGAUUUGCGAGCAGAAAGGAAAACUGGACUUAAAAGUUUAAUUUAAUUUGGCACUGAAACGGGAAGGUCUAAACAGGAAGUCAGCCUUCCGUUUCUUUGUAGAUAGAUUAAAGCAAAGACACAGCAAACUAAAGUUCUGAAAAUCGCUUCUAAAGGAUUAACUUUCAUCAUUUAAAAUUGUGGAACCCCCUCGGAAGCAGGAGAAGAGGGGGGAUUUUUUCUGGACUGUUUAAACCUGCAGAAGUGAGUGUAAAGUAAAGUAACUUUCCACCGUCUUGAUCCUGGAGCGGGGUGUCAGGACUGACGUUCUUUGAAGCUCAUUGACCAGAGACAAACGUUUUUGACAGAUAGCUAAAGGAAGAGAUACAUAGUGAUUCCAUUGUUCCCCUUCGCAUUUUAAAGGAACAAAUAUUGACAAAAUAUCUGAAAAAGGAAACUUUGUUGUUAGAUUUGUUUUUAAAAGAAAAGAACAAGCAGAAGUUUUUCCCCUAGAGGGAGCCUGUGAAACUGUAACCAAUUUUGAAUCGGGAAGCUCGCAGCUGUCACAGAUUACGAUCGUGGGAAUAGACUUCUGACCUUGCAGGACAAUGUAUUCAGAAGCUCUGUUGAGUGCUUUCUGUAAAACAAGUGCCCUACUGGAACAGCUACAUGAGAAGACGGAUUUUAUGACUGAUGCGAUUAGAAAUUUUGGACAGGCAGUGGGAUAUUAUACAGAGCCCACCCAGGAAUUAGACCAGGAGUGUGCCCUGACAGAACAGAUGAGGGAAGAGGAUGUUGCUGAAUUUUGGGUGCCAGGGAUGGAGGGAGCUGCGGCCCAGCAGGAACAUGAAUUCUUGGAUUUGACAAAUGAACUUGGAAAAAGCCAGAUUUGGAAAGAUAAAGUUUGGUUUGGUUUGGAAAUGGGGGGUUGGAUAGACCCCCAUAUGCAGGGAGGUUUGGACUUUUUGAGUCUGGCAAUGGGCCGUGAGAUGUUUGGGGUUGUGGGGGCUCUCAAUUUUGGAGGGUCUUUGAAACAUGUUCUUAAAUACCACAUGGAUCUUAGUGGGGACUAUGGAAAAGGGGCUGAUUUGUCGAGAAGGGUCAAAAGCAUUGUCAAGCUGGAGUUCCCAAGAGUGAAAGAAGUAGGAGAUAAAGGAAAAUAUAGCUAUAAAUAUGAAGAAGAGCUGCGGAAGGGACAUGGAAGAGACUUAAGGGCCUCGGACAUAAGGUUACCAGGUUAAUGCGCUAGAUUGAUGGGAUAGAAAGGACUGACAAAACCCGGGUCCAGGAGGAAGAGACGCUGGAUGAAGAUUGGAUUGUUAUUUCUUUUAUUAUGAUAGUUUUAUAAAAUUGAUGAAUGUUAGAAAAAUGUUGGAACGAAAUUAUUUGGCUUUAGCAAAAAUGUUUAAAGAAUUAUGUAAGAAUAUUAUGGUUAUGAGAAAUUGGUAAAAAUAAGAUUUAAGUUUUAGGUUUUAAGGUUUUCAUAGUAAGAUAAGAUUAAAAUAGAUUAAGGUAAAGUAAUGACAGAAUAUUAUGAAAUAUGGAAAGGAUUUGCUGUGACAAUUAAUAAUCAGGAUACAAAAAAAGGGAGGAGGAGGAGGUCAAAGAAAGAAGGUAAUGACAGUUAAAGAUAUGAGAAUAUUGGAUUUGUUUUUAAAUAUUUGGGGUAUAUUUUUGUUUUUUAAUUGUGUCGUGUUAUUUUUUUAUUUUGAUUUUUAUUAAUCUGUAUUGUUUGACUGUGGUUUGUCUUUCUUUGUUUUUUCUUUCUUUGUUUGUUUUUUUUUGUUCUCUUUUGUAAUUUUAAAAUUUUCAAUAAAUUUUUAAUAAAAAAAAAGAAAAAAGAAAGGCUUUGAGGUCCGUAUUUGCCUCCCAGCCCCAAGGUUUCCCUCCCUCCCCAUGGUGUAGACAGUGCUGAGCUUGGUGGACCAGUCAUCUGGCUCUGGGCAAGGCAGCUUCUAUUAUUCCUAAGGUGUCAGAAAAUGUGGUGUAGUGGUUAGAGUAUCUAACCACCACAGUGUUCUGCAGCAGCUUUCAAAAUUCGCCAGGCGCAUUUUGCACCUGGAUAUUGGCCUCUUGCAACCAAGUGAAGAUGCCCAGGCACCAGGAUGGCAUCUAACGUCUCCACCAUCUGGAGGUACAUGCCUGGGGUCUUUGGGUCUUGCCUGUUUUCACACACUAACAACACAUCCUUUGGAAUUCUAUCCGUGAUAUUUUAUCUGCACAAUCGGAAUGAAUUUCAGGAAUCAAAAAGUUGUACUGUACUGGAAAACUUGGUCCUUUGCUUGCAAAUAAAACUGCAAGAUUGUGGUCACACCUUGGAUUAAAAAAUACACUAGUCCCUUUAAUAUCUGCUUUGUGGACAAGAAUUGGCCGGUGAGGGGAUACUGGUUGCCUGUCCCUGAGCUGGAGAGCAAAUGCCACAGCUUUAGAGGUGCUGUUAAAGAAAAGAAAACUUCAGUUGUUUGGUUCAUUCUUUUUUGGGAGGUAAGGAAUGCAGUCUGCAUGAACGUGUGCGAUGCUUUCUUGAUGGUCCUUUGGGAAACUGAUGGACUGCUUUUAGAUUUUUCUCUCCUUGGAAAACCACUUAGCACAGAGAAGAGAAGUAAUUUUCUCCCAGGGUGAGCGGUGUUUGGUGCUGAAGGCCACCUGCCAACUCACACACCACAACCUGAGAUCCGCUCACUUGCUCCUGGUGCCAGCCUUAAUGGGUUCUACCUGUCCUAGGGGAAACAGCUGCCGUUGAUGGAUACAUCUCCUUAGUGCAGGGCUGCAGACUUGUGGGCACCAUCCCAGGGCUCCGUCUUGGCAAGCAGAACAAUAGCCCAAAGACUUGAUGCCAGGUAUAUUUUGUUAAAUUCACACCUUGUCUUUCCAUAAAUGAAAAAACAAACAAACCGGUAACUAUAAGGCAGGAGUGGGGAAUUUCAAGCCCAGGUGGCCUAAUGCUACCCUACAGGUCUCUCAAGAGUCUCCCAGGCCACAUCUUCCGCUAGUGCUUUUGUGACAAUGUCUCUUGCUUCUCUGGAAGGAAGAUGGUUUGUGUUUGUCUAAGUGUGUGUAGAUACCUCUGACUUUCCAUGGUUGGAAUGUAGCCUACUAUUCAAAGGUAAGAGUUCCACCUGUGGCUCCACCCACUUUGGCAUCUGGCCACGCCCUCUGCUGGUAUGCACUCCCCCCCCCCCCAGUUUGUGAUUUAUUUUAUUUACUGGGGAAUGCAACCCCCAGUAAAUAAAAGAUUCCCCACCCCUGAUUUAGUGGGAAUGGUCCCUGGGAACAAAUUAUGUCAGCUGCUCAGGUACAUAAGUGGCUCCUGACCAUUUUACCUUAAGAGUGGGGCACAUUUGACUCUCCAGACGUUGCCAUAUUACAGUUCCCAACAGCCCCAGCAAGCAUUCCCAAUGGCCAGGGAUCAUGGGAGUUGUAGUUCAGCCACAUCAGGAAGACCAAAGGCUCCCCCAUUUGCUGUGCACAUGGUGCUGGCCUCUGCCGUUGCUGUUCCUCCACUUUGCUUGAGUUACUAUGACAGAGGAUCGUAGAAGGGACCACAAAGGUCAUAUAGUCCAAUCCCCUGCAAUGCAGGGAUAUUUUGCCCAAUGUGGGGCUCGAACCCACAACCCUGAGAUUACAAGUCUCAUGCUGUCCUGACGGAGCUAUUCAGAGAAUUUAUAAGAGUUGCAGAGAAAUUCGGCUGUUGAAGCUUCUCUUCCCCACCCUCCCCGCAGCCCCUACACCUCCAUAGAAGGGUUAUCUAUCUGUAAAAAAACCUGGCGGAAGAAUCCUAAGAGUUGAAAGGGACCUGGGAGGUCACCAAGCCCAAUACCCUGCUCAGUGCAGGAUUCAACUGCAGCCAGUGCCAGUGCUAUCCUUAGGUCAGCUAAGCAGCCAUCUCAGAGGGGAACAGUUUUAUGCAGAUUGGUAUAAAAUUAUUCUUCACUAUUAGCAAUACGGAACAAAUGACUUUGAUUGUACGUUAUAUGGAUGUAAUCAAACCAUCAGAUACUGAGAUAUCCGAGCUAGAGGUUAUCAUAAGAGAACCUUUCUUGGGAUUUGUUCCACUAAAGGAAAAGGUGUAUAUUUGAAACCCCCUUAGAAGAGCUUUGCAAACACUCUGUUCUGCCCCCUACCCCACCCCCUUCCACUCCUUCUUGUGACAUUUUUGGGUCACUUCCUGGUUCGGCGCAAUGCGUGUGUUCACAAUUGCGCACAUAUUGAACAUGCGUAAACGGGUGUGCGGUGGGGGUUGCCUGUACAAGAUUUGUAAUGAAGCCCUUCCAUUUCAUGGUAACAAUCUGCAAGACGAGAGUGACCGAAUUCAACUUCUGUGAACUGAUAAUAUUCAUUUAACAAAGAGUGCUGAAAUGGCCCCCCGGAUAAAUCUUAAAUUCCCUGCCAAAAUCUGAGCAGGUUAGUGAGCUUGAAUAGAAGCAAAGCAAAAGUCAUUCUGCUGGAGAAUUUCUGGGUGGACUUGGGAUGCAGCGUCACAAUCCAUCAUUUUGAAGAAGACCAGACAGACAGGAGGCCAGAUGGCCACGGUGUCCUGUCCCCCCACCCCCCGCCACCCUGUGAAAGUGUAAAUAGAAAAGCUGUCUGUUUCAGCAGAGGAGUCGUGACAAACGAGGCCUGUCUGAAGGGAGCGGAUGAGAGCCACAGAUGCAAAGCAGAGCUGGGGAAGGUGGUGAGGUUUAGGAGAGGUUCCUCCAAGGCAGAGGUGAGGAGCCAUUUUCAGCCUGAGCUCUGCAUUCCCUUAAGGCUGGGCAACCUUCCGGAGUCCGUGAGCCCAUGGUGAGUGGGGGCAGGGUGACAAAUGUAGAUUAUUACAUCUGUACAGUAGGCUAGCUCUGAACGAGCAAGGGGUGUUAAUAGAGUUCAAGGGCAGGGUUGGGCAAUACCUGCUUUUCAGCAUCGUAAUGCAUUGCCAGCGAAACUUCGCAAUAUGGUGGUAUAUUAUGAUGUCGGGAAGGAAGAAGGCAGUUGCUGGCCACGGAGACAAUUAGUGUCACUGUGUGCGGCUUCUGCCUCUUCUUGUUAAGACUGGGCGGGUUGCGCUGCCCAGGCAGAGCACAUCAGCUGAUGUGCCACAUGGCGCGACACCACAGAGCUGCCAUCCUCCCCAGAACCGCCAGCAGCAGCUCGCCCCGAUGAUCUGUGGCUGCGCAAGUGGCGGCUACCUGGAGCCAUUGUUCUACUCAGUGUGAGGAAGAAUGGAGGAAGGAAGCAGCCUGCUAACGCUUGUGCGGCCAGAGAAGGAAACUAAGGCUCUGGCUGGCAGGCAGGCAGGCAGGCAAGCCCCACUUCCGAGGCUGGCAGCUGGGCCACAGAGGGAGUGGGCAAGCAUUGGGCAGCCUUAUUGAACUGUGCAAUGCUGGCAGCAAGUGAGCCCGGGGAUUCACAAUACAUUGCCUGAUUUUCUGAAAUUAGUCCCGUGAUUUUAACUCUAAUCUGGUUUCAGGCAAUGUAUCGAUACAUUGCCCAUGGCUAUUCAGGGACAUAUUCCAGCCAGGCAAAAACACUUGAAGAUGGUGCAGGGGAAGACUGGUUGGGUGUAUGGCCUGGGGACAGACAGACAGGACUGCACAGAAGGACUCGCUCCAGCCACAUGGAGUCCAGGUUGCUGCUUGGUUUUCUGAGGAACUCCAGUCAAUGAAUUGGACUGGGCGUUGGCUAGAGCGCAGUCAGUGUGACCGAACAGGUAUGAACACACAGCCGGUCCUGCUACAUGGCGUCCACUGCAUUCUUGGGGAAUUGCCCAGCAAAGCUGUAGUAAACUAGCUGGUUUGGACAAGGAAAGCAGUCUUGUGUGUGAGAUUUGCUUGCCAUUUUGAAGGCGACAUCACUUUUAUUCAUUCUGAAUUGGAUGCCACAAUUGGCCCUGGUCCAUUGGAGGUCGCUGGUGCACCAUCAAAGAAUUUAUUAUGGGAUCAGUUUCAGUUGCUGCAGCUGGAGGAUGUGAGCAGAAUGUUUUUGGCAGUGAGGCUGACAUCAUGCCCUCUUGAUUCCUGCACAUCAUGGCUGAUGAAAUUAGUAGGAGCACACUGGUUGGAUUGGUCCAGGGGGUGGUUAAUAGCUGAUUAAGGGAGCAGCCUGGAGAGAGAGGGAUGUGGCCCGGGGAGGGCCACAGUGGGCUAAGUAGAGUGGCCUGGAGGGAGACAUUUGGCCCCCAGACCAGAGAUUCUCCACCCUGGCUUAAAGAAUUACUGGCAAUGCACUGAGGCCUAUGGAAAGCGUUUUGUAAAGUAAUAAGUGCAGAUAAAAUUGAAGCACAUUUGGAUUUGUGAACGCACACACAGAGAUUAUGUUGCAUUUUGAGAAUUUCCCUUUAAAAGUUUCACUGAGUAUUCUGUGUUUGUGUGUGUCCGUCUGAGAAUAUUCUAACUUUGGGGGCUUGUGGCAGCGCCACAAAAAUCCCUUUGCAUGCUGGCUGUGGCUGCUGUGAGCAGGAUUUAAACAUUUUCCGCAUCACUGCAAGCUCUAUUUUCUCUUUCUCACUCACUCACUCACUCACUCUGUUCACCAAAAGCUGAUUUUACAACUUUUUUAAAAAAAUGUGCACAUUUCUCUGCUGCAGCAAAAGCAACUGAGAACCCCUAGUACCUUGAAGACGAGCAAACAUUUAAAUGGCAGAAUAAGCUUUUGUGGGAUAGAAUUCAUUUCAUCUGAUGCUUCUGAUGAAUGGCGGUGCAUGACGUGAUGAAUCUGUUCAUCUGGAAGGUGUUUCAGGAAACCUUAGUCAUUUUUCCUAAAUGUGGGAGGGUGCGGGAGAGAGAGAGAGAGAUUGGAAACAGUAAGAUCCACCUGGCACCUUCACUGACGCUAUCCCAAGUAGAACCACCGAACAUAUUUAUGCUUAUGUUUUCAAAUGUAAGUUGCUUGGAGACCUUUGAGCAACAAGCAAUUAACAAAUCCAAUUACUAUUAAUAAUAAAACUGCACAAAGGGCCUUUGGAGAGAGCAACUGCAGCUCAUUAGCAGAGCACCUGUUUUGCAUGUUGAAGGUUCUCCAUUCCGUUAGUGAAUCUGGUGGUGGGAAAGAUCUUUGCUGGGACUCUGGAGAGCCGGUGCCAGAAUUGAGCUAGGCGGAUGAAUAGUCUUGACGUGGUGUAAGGCAGGCUUCCUCUGCCCUUUUCCUCCCUACAGUUGGUCACAGAUAAGAUUCCUAUGGAUCUUAACACCUAUGUGCUGUGAUGCCUAUAGGGACCCUUUCAAGGAUCUGGGCCAUAGAAGUAAGGCCCCCCCCCACCAAUAAUGGGCAUUGCCAUUUAUAUGGUGUGUAUGCACCACAUCAUGUAACUGAUUAUAUGGAGCGGGGCUUACUGGACUCCACCUAAUAUUUUAUUCAAGUUCGCACCCUGGACUCUAGGAAUUCUUGUUCUGUGGGGGGAAUGGGGGUCUCCUAACAAUUCUCAGCACCCUUCAUGAACUACACUUCCCAGGAUUCUUUGGGCGAGGCUAUGACUGUUACUCUCCUGCCCGCCUCCCCCCAAAAUCUUAGCAGGCAGCUUUUCAGGCUCGCUUUCCUGUUUCUCUCCUGAAGAAUCAUAGGAUUGUAGAGUUGGAAGGGACCACGGGGGGUCAUCUAGUCCAACCCCCCACAGUGCAGGAAUCCUUUGUCCAAUGUGGGGCUCAAACCCAUGACCCUGAGAUUUGACAGUCUCUACCAACCGAGCUGUCCUCAGGAUAGAGUCGGUGUAGAAAAUACUACGCCAGGGGAAUAAGGGCUGUAGCUUGGUGGUAGAGCAUCUGUGCGGGUGUGGGUGUAAUUGAGCUACAGGAACCAGGUAUAAGGUGACUCCCUAUAAGGCUACGUCCACUCCAUACCUUUAAAGCACAUUCAAAGUACUCCCCACCCCCUGCAAGAGUUCUGAGUUUUGUGAUUUAGUAUAUUUUAUUUUUCAUGAGUAACCAAAGUACAUUCAGUGUCUGUGUUUUCAAAUCUCAGAGUCCUCCUUACAGGUCAAUGGCAUUCAGUUUGUUGAGGGGGAAAGAGAAAGUGGGGAGAAAGAGGGGAGGAAAUGGAAAGAAGGGAGGGGGAAACAGUGAACUUUCAUUCUUUUACAUAGUAUGUGAACAGAGCUUUUGUGUCAGUGACCUGUGGAUAGGUAUCUUAUUGGGCGCUUGGUUGAUCAGGGUUGCUGGGAAUUUUAAAUCUGUGAGGGGUAAACUAAAAUGCCCAGAAUUCUUUGGGAGAAGGAACGUGGUGUACGUCACCUAAGAAAGGUGAGGAUCUGUGGCUCCUAAAUGGUUAGAGAACAACGUACUGUGGUACCUUAGUUUCUGAACGCCUCCUUGUCGAACAUUUCAGUUCUCGAACGCUGAAAACCUGGAAGUAAAUGCUUCUGUUUUCGAAUGUUCCUCAGAACUCAAAUGUCUGAUGCAGCCUCCUCUGAGUGCAAAAAGCUCUUGCAACCAAUCGGAAACUGCGCCUCGGUUGUUGAAUGUUUUGGAAGCCGAACGGUCUUCGAGAAUGGAUUACGUUCGACAACCGAGGUACCACUGUAUAUACAUUUUUUAGAAUGGAUGUAAAAGAAUACUUGGUUAAUUAUGAGUUGGCCUUGUGCCUGAAGGCUCUCACUGUUCCCUCUUUUGCUUCAAGGCGGACGUUGGCCUUGUUGCCGAAAUCGCCAUGAGCAGCACCCUCUCCCCUACCGACUAUGACAGCCUGGAGAUCCAGCAGCAGUACAACGACAUCAACAACCGCUGGGAAGUGGCCGAUGAAGACUGGGACAAUGAGAACAGCUCGGCCCGGCUUUUCGAGCGCUCUCGCAUCAAGGCGCUGGCAGGUAAAGGGGUGCCAGGGGGCUUGUUGUUUUGCCAAGGCUGAGCUUCCCUGGCACUGUUUGCAUUGCGACAGUUUGGCCUUGUGACAAGGGAAGCAAUGAGCAUGUGCGGAGUGUAACUAUUUCUUGCCUAAUCUACAUCACAGGGUGGCUGUGAAAAUAAAAUGGAGGCAAGUGGGUGGGCUUAUUUAUUUUUAUUUUAUUUAUUAAAUUUGUACAUGGUACUUCCCCAAAAUACAUGGGGGACGGGGCUGCUAGUCAUACUGGCUGUGUAUUACUUCUAGGAUUGGAGGCACCAUGACUCUGAAUACCAGUCGCUGGAGUACCCGAUCAGGAGAGUGCUCUUGCAGCAAUUAAGGGAAAAUAAGGGAAUUUUUUGUAAAUACCGUAUUUUUCGCUCUAUAACACGCACCCGACCAUAACACGCACGUAGUUUUUAGAGGAGGAAAACAAGAAAAAAAAUAUUCUAAACGAAACAGUGGAUGUAUGAUUUUUGUGGUUCAUGCUGUGGCCACAGACAUGUGAUCUGACAGUGAGUUUGGAGUAGCCCAAUGCAAAUAUCCUGAGGAUCCAUGUGGAUCCAUGCUUUGUAACCACGUUUUUGCACCACUGCGGCCCCAGGCAACAGUGGGUGCGUGAAUAUAGUGGUGCAAGAUGUAGCCAUGGACAUGCUAUGUGAUCUGAUGGUGAAUUUGGGGUGACCCAGUGCAAAAAUCCUGAGGAUCCAUGUGGAUCCGUGCUUUGUAACCACAUUUUAAGUGGGGAGGGAAGGAAAAGCACUCAAGGGACAAGGAGCACGCGUGGGGUGUGUGGAGAAGGAUGCUGCUAAUAAUGCAGAAGAGGGGUCUAAGGGCAGAAGGAGCACGCGUGGGGUAGGUGGAGAAGGAUGCUGCUAAUAAUGCAGGAGAGGGGUUUAAGGGGAGAAGGAACACGCGUGGGGUGGGUGGAGCAGGAUGCUGCUAAUAAUGAAGAAGAGGGGUAUAAGGGGAGAAGGCUCCUCUCCUCUCCCACUUUGCUCCUUUAAAGCAAGCAGGCUCUGCUUUUCUCCCUCCUCCCCGCUCAUCCCAGGCUUAGCGAGCUGAAAAACUUUGCUGCUAUGUAGCGAGCUGAGUGGGGAGGAGAGAGUGACAGAGAGCAUGCUUGCUUUAAAGGAGCCAACCGGACAGGAGCCGCUUACACUCGUGUAAGCGGCUCCUCUCCUCUCCCGCUUUGCUGUUUCAAAGCGAGCCAUGGAGGAGGGAAGGAAGGGGAACCAUGGAUCCUCUGCUCACGACUGCAGCAGAUCCCCACCACCACCCGUAGGCAUUCCCUCCGUAACACGCACAGACAUUUCCCCUUACUUUCUAGGAGGAAAAAAGUGAGUGUUAUGGUGCAAAAAAUACGGUACAUUUGAAUUGGAGAUGCAGUAAGAAAAAUGCAUUUUUUAAAAAUGGCAGAAAGGAAGGGAGGGAAGUUGAGGGGAAGGUAAAGUAGAUUUGUAAAGAUUAGGUUUUUCUUGUCAAAAUAUUUGUAAAAGCUGAAAAUGAAAAAUAAAAUUAUAUAUAAAAAUGAGAGUCCUCUUGCUCUUAGGUCCUGCUUGCAGGCUUCCUGCAGGCACCUAUUUGGCCACUGUGAGAAACAGGAUGCUGGACUAGAUGAACCCCCUUUGGUCUGACUGAUCCAGCUUCAGGGGUACUCUUAGGUUCUUAUGGAGGGGAAAUCAAGCAAAGUCAGAAACCAUUUUUUAAAGUUGCUUGAGAGUCUCCCCUCAAUACUUUGCAAGUGCAAGCCAGGCUAACAACUCAACUGUGUUCACUCAUUUGAAGGCUGAAAUGUUGAUUGGGGUAGGAGCAGGGUAAGAAUGGAUGAGGAUGAUUUUAUUUACUGAAUUGAUAUCCAUCCUUCCUCCUCAGGUUGCCCAGGGUGGCAAACAGAUACACAAUAUAAAAUCCUGCAACUGAGUUGAGACUUCAUGCUAACCAGGAAAAAUAGGGAAUACUUGCAGGACAACUUUAGAAAAGUAGGUCGAAAAAUCCUAGCAUCUCUGAUAGUCAGGGACACUGAAAAGGGGAGAGGAGGGGGAGAUAUUUCUGUCCAGCUUUUACUGGAAAGUAUCCAAGGAGUAAAAUAAAUUUCGAUCCAUGUGCUCUUGAACUUUCAUGCCACUCUGUCCUCUUCUCUCCAAAACACACAAAUAAAGUUAUUGAGUCAUAGUGGUUGCAGCACAGGAACAGAAUAGUCUUGACAGCUGCUGCAAGGGGAAGCCUUGUAACAAGCACACAGUGCCCCAAAGUAUGAUGGGAGUUGUAGGCAGCCUUUGGAACGGUGAUUUGAAUGUUAAGUCUGCCACGUGUUCCUAGGAAGGAACUCCUUAGACAGAGCUAUGGGUAUAUUCUCCACCUUUGCAGGGGCUUGCAAACUGGUGUUUAGGUAGAGAGUCUUCCUAGGCUUAUACAGUGGUACUUUGGGUUACGAACUUAAUUCGUUCCGGAGGUCCGUUCUUAACCCAAAACUGUUCUUAUCUGAGGAGCGCUUUCGCUAAUGGGGCCUCCCACUGCUGUCGCGCCGCCACCGCGCGAUUUCCGUUCUCAUCCUGGGGCAAAGUUUGCAACCUGGAGCAACUACUUUUGGGUUAGCGGAGUUUGUAACCCGAAGCAUUUGUAACCUGAGGUACCACUGUAUUGUGGAGAAGCACUCAGCUCAUGUUCCAGUGCACCAUUCAGUGGAUCGUGGCUCUCAUAUUUCACAUAGCUUCUUUGGCACUGCUAAAAUGUUUUUGAUCACUUAUAUCAGUGGUGCUUUCCCUUCCUUUUAAUUGAAAAAGUUUUCUAGCACACUUGGCUCUGUUCUUUCACAUAGCACCAGAAAGUCAGGUUUCUCUUCCUCCCAUUUGUCCAAUAGGGAAAGUGAGGCUGGCUUGCCCAAAUUUUAUACCAAGAGUCCGUGGCAGAGACUUUGGAGACGUGGAAGGGAGGUUCUCCAGAUCCAAUCCCAGUGCUCUCUCUGCAGGAUUGUACUGUUCUGUCUUGGGGGAAACUGAAACAUGCAGCAGUUGAAUCCAGAUGGUUUCUGGCUCCAAGAGCUCAAAAGCAGCGUUCCUUCUCUCCCUUCUCUUGUCUGUCACUCUUGGUUGCCUGUUGCACUUUGCUCCCAGUGCAAACGGCCUUGCUUUUCUGUUUACCUGGCUGGGUGGGUGGGUGGCUGCUGUGCUUAGACCAGCUCCAAAGAAUGAGGUGCCUCCUACAUGCAUGAAUCCAGUCAAAAGUUUCAGCUUGGGGAUACUUUCUUCAAGGAAGACAGGGACAUUGGCCCACAGGAAUAUCAGCAGGGCAUUCCAUUUAUUGGUGAUGUUCAGGGAGGAGUGCCACUACAUAGUCAAAACCACGCCACCCACACUGGCAGAAAUGCUAAACAGGAGCAUUCCCCACUGUAGCAUUUUGUUACAGCUUUCCUUAGUUAACUCCUAAUUGCAGUGUGUUUACCCCAGUUCUUCACCUGCUCUUGCUAUUUGGGUGUGGGUGUUCAACCACUAACUUGGGGUGGAACCAUUUCAUACAUCAUGUUUUUGCCAUUAUUGCACUAGCUGCUUAUAAUUAUUUAUCUGUGGUUCCCAGUUAUUAAUCAGUGGUUCCCAAACUCCCCCCCCCCCAUGGACUACUUGCUGAGGGUCUUAGAGGACACUUAAUGUUUUUCUGCCUGUUGUAGUGAUUAUAAUGUGCUGUGCUAGGUGCUGGAUGAUUUUUAAUUGUGUUAUUUAUUAUAUCUUGGAUUAUAGUUUGAAUUCCAUAUAAUGCAAAUUGUAAUACAAUAUUCAAAUUGUAUACAAUAUUCAAAAGCCAUAUGAAUACAGUUAAAAAACAAUAUGAACAUUUAAUGUGAUGGAUGUGCCAACUCUUUAAUCACGAAUCCACAGACACACCGUGGACCUCCUAAAUGGCCUGUGGACCACAGUUUGGAAACCCCUGAUUUAAAUGAUUGAUUGUAAUUGUUGGUAGUGGUUUUGUCUAAUUAAUUCUGAUACUUUGCUUGCUGAUCUGCGUACAGUGGUACCUUGGGAUGCGAACGGGAUCGGUUCUGGAGCCCCGUUCACAUCCAGAAGCAAACGUAACUAGCGACGGCAUAUCUGUGCACGAGUGUGUCGCUUUUCGCCACUUCUGCACGUGACGUCAUUUUGAGCAUCUGCGCAUGCGCGAGCGGCAAAACCUGGAAGUAACCCGCUCCGUUACUUCUAGGUUGCCGCUGAGCACAACUCGAACACGCUCAACAUGAAGCAUAUUCAACCCAAGGCAUGACUGUAUAUUGUUUUGUCCUUUCUAUGAAUUGGUGUACAGUACAACCUCGACUUACCACCACCCCUACUCACGAACAAUCCGACUCGCAACCGCGGCAAACCCGGAAGUAAAUAUUGGGUUUGCUGUGAUUCGUGCACGCACAGAAGCGGCUUCUGCUGACUGAACAUGCACAGAAGCGGCUGCUGCCGUCUGCACAUGCGCAAAACUGGGCUGCCGCUGAAUGCGCAUGUGCAAAACGGUGCUUCUCCCAGUAACCUGGAUCGACUCAUGAACUGGCCUCCGGAACGGAUUCUGUACGUGAGUAAAGGUUCCGCUAUAUGCUCUACCACUGAGCUAAAGCCCUUCCCUAAGGGCAGUAUGCCCCAGGUGGUCCUUUACCUCUUCUCACAAGCCCUACUGAAGUGAACAGAAACUAUGUAAGACCGGCCUGCCUGCCUUUUCAUUUGUAUACUACUUUUCUAGGGCACAUAAACAACAACAUUAUACAAUGGAAAAUCACAUAAAAUAGGGGUUACCAAAUCUUGGGCCCACGGGGACAUUUGCAAACUAUAAAUUGUUGCCAUUCACACAGUGUAUCCUGUUCUGUUGGUUGCAAUGGAAUACUUGUUUCAAGCCAGGUUUUUUUGGGGGGGGGCGUUGUGCCCCGUGGGUACCAGAGAAGGCCUCUAUGGGAGCCACAUUUGUGACCCUGUGGUAUAACAGUUGGAUUCAGUGGGGAAAAUUCAUGAUGAAAAGUACAAUUGCAGAACAGUUAAAAUCAAUUACCAUAAAAUAUAACAAUGCAUUUUUAUCCAGUAUUACAAGAGAAGUUCAACUAGCAAAACAUAGGAAAACAAUGGAACAAAACUGCUCCCAAUGCUUACAAUAAAUUGUUUAUAAUCAUUAUGUGCACCCAAAAUAAUAACAGCAAAGAUGCAAUAUGUAAAAUGUUCCCUGUUGGGGGGGGACUAUGGAGAGGAAACAGGGCAUUUUGGGGCAGAGGUGUCCCCAAAUUUCUGAAUGGGAAGUAAUGGAAGAUUUAAAAUGAAUGCUCCCAUCCUAAAUUGAUUUUCUCUGGAUUAAAUCUCAACCUAAUUCGCUGUCAAGUAAGCAUGCUUAGCAUUACAGCCUGAUUUUGAUGAAAAUCGUAUUUCUGCCUUAGCUUUUAAAAGCAACCCGAAUACUUUGCUGGGGUAGGGGUACUUGCCCCCCCACCCUUUGGUGCUGCCCCUUUCUUAGACCUCCAACUUGUAGUCUUUUGCCCAUGAUGCUGCCUUGUGUAUUUGUAUUUAGACUCUGGGAUUCCCCCACCCCGCCACCCUUUUUUGCGAAGGGUAGAUUGGCUUUAUGAGGGACUGGGAUCAUUAUUUGUCACAACCCGCAAGGGGAAAGUGCCAGCAAACACGAGAUAGCCAAACGGAGGCAGAAGCCAAGGACGCAGCAGGCUGGCCUUGGGCCUGGGCUCCGAUAGCGCGAGCAAGUGUGGCCUUGAGUAAUCCCAAAAUGAGCAUCAGGGGGGAAGGGCCAUAGUUAAGGAAUGGAGCAUCUGCAGAAGAUCCUAGGUUCAAUUCCCAACGGCAUGGCAUCUCCAGGUGGGGCUGUCUCUCCAUCUGAAACACCCCCCCAACCCGAGAGCCUCUGCCAGCCCACAUCUUGAGCUGCUGGGUGAUGGACCAAGAGCCUGAUUUCGUAUCCAGCAGCUUCCUGCAGUUGCUAAACUCUGCCACUACCUCAGCGUCUCCAGCCCUGUUAACGGCUGGGGGAGGAUUGCGAGGGAAAGGCGGCCUGGGAGAGUCAGUAAACAGUCACUUAAUGACAGCCUGGGAUGAUACCAAGCAGGGUGGGGCGGCCAGGCAGGCAGGAAAUACUGGAAGCCAGUGGUGGCGGCGGCGGGUGGGGGGCACCCUGGGUGUGUGUUUUAUGCGUGUGGGGAGUUCCAGUCAUUGCUGAAGAUCAAGGGCAAGGCAGUUGUUUCUCUGUCAAAUUGCUUUGGGUUGCCGGAGGAGGAAUUUAUUGUUGUUUUUGUUCUUAAUCGUUUAACUACAUCCGUAUCUCACUUUCCCCUCCAAAGAGCUCAAGGUGGUUUACAUGGCUGCCGCCCCUCCCCCAUUUUCCCUCAGAACCACCCGGUGAGGUAGGUUAGGCUGAGAGGCAGUGACCGGCUCAAGAUCACCUGGUGGCUGAGCAGAGAUUGAAACCCUGGACCACAUGCACACUGUACACUUAAAGCACUAUGAUUCCCUUUCAUAAACUGUUAUGGCUUUUGGAGGGCCCCACAAAGGAUUCUGGGAAAUGUCGCUUGUUAAGGGUGCUGAGAGUUGUGAGGUGAUCUCUAUUCCCCUCACAGAGCUACAAUGUUCUGCGUGGUUUCACCAACAAUGGCUCUUCACAGGGGAUUCUGGGAAUUGUGGCUCAUAGCACUUAAAAUGUACAGUGUGAAUGUGGCCUGCCGUUCUAACUGCUUUGAGUUCCACAGAGCUCUUUUGCAAGCAGAGAUGUUCAAAGUAGUGGUGGGGAACUACCAUGCAAGAAAACAUAAAACAGAUGAACCAGGGUUGUUGUGGAGAGUUUGGAGAACAUAAUCAAGGGUGGGGGGACUGGCAGGCUUCAACCACUCAUUGCUCUCAGUAGCCUGGUCUGGAAUGUCUGUCCUCCUAAGUCCCUGUAAAAGCUUCCUGUGCUUGCUGGGUGUGGAGAGUAGACAGUCUGCAUUUGUUCAGAGAUGUUCUCUUCUUGCUGAUUAUGUGAAGGGCUCAAAAGCUGGGUCUUGCAUUUGAAAAGCCCAUUCUGGAGUGCAGGGUUGGUUCAGAUGAAUAAGGCCCCAACUAAUGACAGGUGAAGCUCAGCGGAUGGCCAUGCUUUCUAACUGUCGAAUUUCCACAUCUGACCUGAAGAAGAGUCCUGUGUAACUCCAGAAGCUUACACAACAAAACUGUGAAUCCACGUUAGACCUUUUCAGCUUGUCCCUGUUUGGAUGACUGGGAGAAACAGCUUUCUGAGGGGGAAACAGGGAGGCAGGUAUAGGGCCAAAGAGUCACUUUGCUGACCCCACAAGGGUACUGGCAGGCCUGGAGGAUUCACGGCCCAGCCUGACAGCCACACAAAACAGACAAUGGGAUGCAAAUCCUUCAUUGUUUGACCCUGGCGGCUGGCUGAGCUCAUCUGUCCCUGUCCAGCACCCCGCCCCCCUUUUUGGAAUAGCUAGGAAACCAGCUGUCCUGUUCCUUCCCUACCCUGCUUGCUAUCUUCCCCCACUUGUGUGCCCACAAGAUCACCUGCUUCUUGCUAUGAAGGCCAGAAACCCACAGUCCCAGAUCCACAAAUCCUACCUCACGUCUUAGAAGAAAGUAGUUUGCACAUGCUCAAAAGGUUUUGCAUUAUUGUUGUUUCACCUGUGGGUUCUGCAGAUAAAACAGUUCUAGGGACUAAACUAUGGUGGCCAGCUAACCAUCCCCAUUUUACAGAUUGGGGAAGAGGAACAGGCAAAGAGGGAGAGAGGGGCUUCUCUAAGGCCAUGGGAUAGCUCUAGGCGUCUUUAAACCCAGCUCUCCCAAAUAUAGGAGAAUACAGGAGACAAAGACAGGACUAGAGAUUAUUACCUGCUCUUUUACAAAGUACUGCAUGAGAGCCGGUGUGAUAUAGUGGUUAGAGAUGUCAGACUAGGACCUGGGGGGCCCAGGGUUCAAAUCCCCCCCACUCAGCCAACAUACUCACAGGGUAACUUUGCGUCACUACUCCCUGUCUGUCAGCCUAGCCUACCUCACAGGAUUGUUGUGAGGAUCAAAUGUUUGGGGUAGGGUGAGCUCCUUGGAGGAAAAGAGGGAUGUAAAUGUCGUAGUGAUAUCUUAAAAAGAAAAAGAAAAUGCACACCUGAGGCUGGAGGUCAAGGAUAAGUCAAGCAAGAGAAGAAAAGACCUCAGCCCCCCACUAUGGGCUGUUUCCAAUGUUAUUCAUACUCUUAGUAGACCCAUUGACAUGAAUGGGCAUGGCUAAAUUUGGUUUAGUUGGAUACAACCCUGUCUUAUCUUUUUUAUAAAGUUACCUCGGCAAGCUCCAGAAUCAUUAGUCCCCCCUUUGAAGGGUGAGGAGGGGGGAAGAGAGAAAGGAUCCAGUAGUCCUGAGCCCCAGUCCCCUUUUACCCAUCCUGGUCUGGAGCUGAGGGUAGAGCCCUGAGCCCUAUUCAAUAAGAGCUUUGGCUAACCCCCAAUGCUGAGAUUUGCUAGUUUUUCAGACUAUCGAAUUGUAUGUGUGUGGGCAGACUGCCCAACCCGUUCCCCUCCCCUUUCCAUGUCUGCCUGGGCUCAGUGAGUGUACUCUACACACACACACACACACACACACACACCCCAUUCAGAGCAACCCAACCUGUUUUUAUGUAAAUUUCCCAGGGUUGCCGCCCUCGCCUGGAAGGGGGCAGCAAAACUCUCUUGAAACGCUCAACUCACACCAAGGUGCUGGAGCUUCCCUUCCUGCUACCUGGGCCCAACUGCGGUUGGUUUUUUUCCGGGGUGGGUGGGUGGGCAGGGGGCUGCCGUGGUGGUCCAAGUGGAGGUACCCCAGCCGCAAGGAUGUAUGAACCUGAUCCAGAACUGCUGGAGGUGAUCCAGGGUCCUUCUCCCCCUCCUGAGCUCUCCCCGGCCGCAUUUAUCAACGCAGUCCAGUAUGCCAACGUGUUGGAGGGCAGGUUCAAGCAGCUUCAAGGUAGGCACUCUGGAGAAUUGCGGGGAGGGGGGUGAUCAGUAGAGAUUUGGGGGGGCAAGCUCUCAGCCAGGAGUCUUCCCCCCACCACCCCAACCUGCAAGAUCUCUCUGGCCUGACUUAAGCGGUGGCGGCAGGGACCCUAAUCCGCACAGUGAUGCCAGGAAUUAGCUGAACGCACGCUGGAUUUGCAUGGGGCAAACACAGCGACGUGGUUGAGAUUCUUUGGGGCUGUGCCCAGCUGCCCCCUGCCAAAGCUACCCUUCUUCCCCAUUUUCCUGGAAGCUGAGGGCAGGAGACCUUGUCAAGAGAGAGAGGAGCCUUGACAGGCACUGACAGAUACAGCCUCUGUGACUUCAAGGACUUCUCUGGUUUACACCCUGCCCCUCUUUGGUGGGAAGUACUGUUCUAGGAAUGCUCACCUUGACCCCAACUCUCCCUCCCCCUCAACACAGACAGUCACAAUUUCUUUCAUUUACUUAUUUUUAAAAGCUUUGCACCCUGCCUUUCAGUCAAAGGUUCCAAGUCGGCUACCCAUAAUAAAAAAAACAGAAUAAUUCAAAAACUUACGUUGCAUUAAAUUGUAAUUUAAAAAAAUCUCCUAAUAAUGAAACUGCAGUAAAAACAGCAAUAAAUCCUCCUUGGGGGAGCCAUAAAAUGACCUCCUUUUGACACCAAAAAAGCAAGCAAAGUAAGUGCCAGCUGUGUGUCUCCGGGGAGAGUAGUCCACAUAACUGAAAAAGUUAUAGCCCACCGAAUAGGGCUGUUGUCCCACAUUGUGCAGUCCCCCCCCGUCACCCCCAGCCUAUUUACCUUGCCAAGGUUUCACCCCCAAAUUUCUGGGGCAGCAUCCACUACCACCGUAUGAUCUGGGCCCAAACUCUUUUUGGUGUUGGAUUCCCCUGAAAUGUUAUCCACCCUCCUUCAUUCUAUGUGAGCAAAACAGGUCAGUGUUAUUUUCACUCGCUGCUUCGUUAUCGCAGAGUACAAAGAUGUGCUCUUGUGAACUUUGUCGCAAAAUUAGACAAACUUAAGGGUCCUUUUUGCAGCAGCGGUUACUGACAGUAAUACCACGUUACCAGCUAUAUACUGUGCUAAUUCAAUACCUGCGGUAGGAAAGAAAACCGGAGUUCUGAUUAAGCCCAAAUUGAAUAGAAUCAGAUUUGCUGAUCAAUUCUCAUUCAGCACUUUCCCCUGGCAGCCUCCCUUUGGAAGUCUUUUAUGCUGAAGCCUGGUGGCUGACUGAGGUCAUCAGCAGAGUAUCCUGGGAGAGGGAAGUUGUCUUCCACUGGUUUCUGAAUGUUGCCGUUUUCAGUGUCUAAUAUGGGCCCAUAUGAAAGUGGUGGCUUAUAUCAUGUUGGAGGAUGACCUGGUGUACAAGUCCCUGACGGUAUAUGGCUAGUUUUAUUAGAGCCUGCAAUAGUGUUGCCUGAUUGGAAAUGGGGGACAGAACUGGUGUCAAGGAUUGCUGUAGCAUCUAGUGACUGAAUUGCUGGUGGGAAGAUGUUUUAGAUUAAGGGGCUGCCGAAGGUCUCUGGUUCAGUCCCCAGCAUCUUCAAGUAGAGCUGGGAGAGGCUCCCUGCCUGCGAUCCUGGGGAGUUGCUGUCAAAUACAAAACUAGAUGAACUACUGGUCUGACUCAUUAAAAGGCAGCUUCUAAUGUUCCUGUUUAAAUUGGCCAUUUUCCUGAACUUUGACGACUGGAGUCUUGCAUUUGUUUCGUUUUGGGGAAAGGUCAUAGCUUUGCCUGCUCAAUGUCCCAGGUGCAGUCCCCAGCAUCUGCAGGUUAGGCUGAGGGAGAUCACAGCCUGGAAUUUAUUUAUUUGUUGCACUUACAUCCCUCCUUUUUGUCCAAGGAGCUCAAGGUGGCAUGUGUGGUUUUCUCCUCUCCUCAGUCAAUCCCUACAACAACCCUGUGCAGUAGGCUGGGAGCAAGUGACUGGCCCAAGGUCACCCAGUGAGCUUCCUGGCCGAGUGGGAAUGUGACCCUGGUCUCCCAGUGCUCUAACCCACACAUCUCACUGGCUCUCAUUCUUGACUGCUACUCCUAGUCAGUGUAGAAAUCACAGAGCCAGAUGGACCAGUGAUCUGACUUCUGUAAGGAAUGUUCCUACGUCCGCUCCCCACCUUUUGCACUGGGGAGAGACAAGGAUCGUUGUCCAGGAUGCUUAGAUCACAGAAUAUACUUCUGUCUUAGCAGCUGGAGGGGGUCCUUUAUCAGUCUCUAGGGUGAGGGGGGUGAUUGGGAGAGUGUGCAGCAGCUUGCAGACAGCUGAGGCUUCUUGAAAUGCUGUUCGGCUCAGGGUUAGCAAACAAGCCCUGCUCUGACACGUCCCGGUGACUCAGGCAGAAGGGCAGGCUGAGCCCUCCGUUGCCUCUGCAUGCACCGUGCAUGCAUGCAUAAUGUCUGUUGGGUCGAAGCACAGGAGCAGCACCUGCCUGGGCUGCAGGGCAAAUGCCAGCUGCAGAGAAGAUCGUUAAAAACAACAACCCAACAGCACAUGCCCACAACAGCAACAAACCCCAAAUGCAGGACGACUGUGCAGGCCAUGGGACUACAGCUCCCAUCAUCCUGUGCUGAAUGGGAUUGAUAGGACUUUUUGGCCUAGAUGCAUCUUGGCCAAAAGUGCACCUGGUUGGCAAAGGCUGGUGUGGCCCUAAUCUGAGCCAGGAGUCAGGGUACUUCCUUCUGCAGUGGCCAGGAGGUUUUGGCCCUUGAGGAUGUGAGAGAAGAGCGCUGGAGAGAAUGUAUCAGUGGCAGUGUGGUAUAGUGGUUAGAGUGUAGGACUGAGACCCUCAGCCAUGAAGCUCACUAUCACUCAGUCUAACCUACCUCACAGAGUUGUUGUGAGUAUACAGUGGGGAGAAGGAGAGCCGUGUGUGCCACCCUGAGCUCUUUGGAGCAAAGGAGAGAUGUAAAUGUAAUAAAUAAAUUACCCUCUAAAAUAAAGGAUAGGCCAAGGAGGGGUGGAGUGACUGAGGCCUGCCAGUGUCCUUUCCUUUCGGCUUCGCUUUUCUUACCCUGGAGCCAAACACUUGCUGGGGUUGCUUUGCAUUGCAUGCAAACAAGGUGGACGGGCAAGAGGAGCUGGAGGCAGCACUGCUGGCGUCUCUCAGCCCAAGGCUUAGGGUCCAGAAAGGUGAUGUGCAGGCAGAAGCAAAAGCUCUUUCUCCUUUUUAUAGGGUUAAAAAUGCACCUCCUUUUCUAGUUGCUACAGCCCUCUUGCACUUGAGCUUUACAGGUCUGCAUCAGCUGCUACUUCAAGGUGCUCACAUUAGUGUUUAAAGCCCUAAAUGACUUAGGCCCCAAAUACCUGAAAGAGCACCUCUCCUUACGCACCCUCCCAGGUGUCAAGAUCAACAGAGGGGGCCCUCUUGGUAGUUCCUUUUCCCACAUAAGUUUAGGGCAGGCAUCCCCAAACUCGGCCCCCCAGCUGUUUGGGGACUACAACUCCCAUCAUCCCUAGCUAACGGGAUCAGUAGUCAGGGAUGAUGGGAACUGUAGUCCCAAAACAGCUGGAGGGCCGAGUUUGGGGGUGCCUGGAUUAGGGCAUGGCCCGGGACAGGGCCUUCUCUGUGGUAGCCCCUAAGUUUUGGAACUCUCUCCCUGCAGAGGUAUCUCUGGCUUAUCCCCUAUGCAGCUUUCAACAAAUGCAGAAGACAUCUCUUUACCCUGCCAUUUGACACCCAAGAUGUGUGUUUUUCAGAGGCCCUUCCUCUCCCAUUCACGUGAAUGCUAUUUGCUUUAACUGUUUUUAUUCUUAAACUUUAAAUCACUGUAACCUGCCAUGGGACCUUCUGACAAAACACUGGCAGUACAUUUAGUUGGUAUUAUUAUUGUGAAAAAUCAGAAUACUAUAGAGGACCCAGGUGUCCGGGCUACCACUUAAUUUCUCUUCCUAACUAUCUCUCUCCUGUGUACUAGUAUAAUUGCUUGUGAACUUCUACAAAUCUUUUCUGUGUGUAUGUGUGUGUGUGCGCGCGCACACACACACACACUCACUGGGUGGAGUAGAAACAGGCAGGAGCUGCUUGUGUUUUUUGGUAGCAGGGCAAACAUGAUGGGAGGUUUAGCCCAAAAUAUCUGUAGGGAUUCAGCAAAGUAAAUUGAUAUUAUUGAGGGUUGGGGAGAGAAGAGGCUGAGAAAGAGUGUAUUACCUAAGGUUCCCUUCUUAGCUUAAGGCAAGGAGAAAGAUUUGAACCAGUUCUGAACAGCAAAACAAAGUAGAACAGCAGAACGAGGCCUAGCUUGCUCAAAAGAAGUAGGAGGUGGGGAGUAAGAGGAUUGGGGAGGGGGGUUGUCUGGUGUAUAAAGACUUGCAGAAUAUAUCCUUUAGUGGCUCCUAAAAGUUAGCACCAAAGCCCUUCCAGAUAAGUUAGUUAACGAUUACUGGGAACGCUAAGAUUGCAGGCCAAGAGAUGUUAGCAACGUGGGCUGCCAACCAAUUAACUUGUUUUUCUAGUUGAUCUGAUAAUCAAUGAAUUGCUUAAAAGGCAGAUAAAGUAAACCUGUGUAUUACAAAAUCAUCAACAGAUUCCUUAUGGAGAUAUUGAAGGAACUGUGCAAGAAGUUACUUGGUUUAUCAAACUAAAUGGCCACCCUAUGAAUAUGUUCACAUUACUCAUUACUGCCAUAGAGCACAGUGAAGAAGUUGUGUGUGAGAGACACCCCCACCCCCCCGCAUUUCAUACUUCUUCCUUCCCCAGCUGUUCACAUCAGCGCAGACUGGCCUCAAUUCCUUUUCUGUUUGUGUACACAUCAGCGAGUGAGGAUGUAUUUACCUUAUGCAAAGGUGUUCACACCUUGGCUAGAGACAGAACAGUUUACAGACUGUGUGUGAAGCUGGUUUUAGAAACAUCUCCUCAAACAGUAAUAUCUUAUAGUACUGUACAAGAUACAUAUGCAUUUUGGAUAACAUCAUGUGAACCCAGAUUAAAAACCCAGCACUGGAAAUGCUGUGACUUCACAAUCAACAGAAAUGUGUACAUGGCCUCUGCUAGAAGGAAAUAACCACAAUUAACUCCCCCCCCCUUUUUUCUUUGGCUUGUGAUGUACCAGAACCAAAAUAGCUUCAAAAAGUGUACCCUUCUCCAGACACACAGAUUAAAAUUCAUGUAGCAAUUAAACUGCCCCCUCCAUUAAUCAAGAAAAGCUUUUAUAGCUAACCUGCUGGUUUAACCAAUGGAAAAGCCUGCGGUUCUACUUUGUUUUUCAUAGUGCAAUCUUAUAAAUGCCUACUCAGAUGUAAGCUCUAUUUCCAGCACAACUUGCAUCCAGAUAAUGUGCAUAGAAUUGCAGUUCAAAACCUUUUCUUAAAUUCUCAUUGUGUGCAUGUUUGUGUGUCAUUCCUUUUCUUUAUAAAAUAUGUCUUCAAUACCAUGCCUCCCCAAAAAAGUGAUUAUUUUUUAUUCAGAGAAUGAAAUUAAGCUUUUAAAUCCAUGUAAGAGCUGGUUCUUACGAGUUGUGCGUUAUUGAUAGCUUGGCUCUUGUAUUUUGUUAUCACCUGCUUUCUACAACGUUGGGGCUUUCCUCCAGAGCUGGGAUGGAUAACCUCGUGUCCCCCAAGAUGUUGCUGGACUACAGCUCCCAUCAUCCCUGUCUGUUGACCAUGCUGGAUGAGGCUGAUGGGAAUUAUAGCCCAGCAAUGGUCGAGAAGGUACCAGGUUCCCCAUCCCUGCUCUGGAGAAGGCAGCUUCUCUCCUUGAUGAGACAGGCCACCCCCCCCACCCCAUUUUCUUUCUACAGAAAACUUUCCAUAAUGUAGGUUCAUUCUGUGCUAUCGUGAAGAUCCAGGGUAUUUUUAAAAUAUACACAGCGAUGGUCACAUGUGGUUGGUUCAGCAGAAUAAAUCCUUGCAGGACUUUUAUCUCUUGUUCUGGGUCACACUAAGUCCUUGUUCAGAUAGUCUGCAAACAGUAUGGAAAUUACCAGUGCCAGCUCCAGGUUUAUUGGGGGGUGGGGUGGCUUGAAGGGCUCCUUUAGUGGGCCCUCUCCUCCUUCCCGCCACCACUGCUUUCCAUUUGUAUACCCCCCCCUCCUGGGCCCAGUCAUUAGCCACAGGUUGAAUUCAAAGCAGAUAUUCUGUCACUGCUGUAAGUAUCCAAAUACAGGGACCAAGUGAGUGGACUCAAGUGUGUGGUUCUUUCUGAAAUGCCCAUUUCCCCAGGGAUGUCAAUAAGUGGGAGGGAAGGGAAGGGAACAUUUGAUUGGCCCCUGCCCACUUUUAUUUAAAUGUGAACCACACUGUGUGGCCUGGGAGCUUGCUCUAGAGAAACUGCUAUGACACCACGAGCAGUUCAGUGCAAACAGGGCCCAAGGGAGGUCAACAGUGAUCAUGGAAUCUCCUUUUUAAAAAUGGAGGACACAGCUUGAUGUGCAUGCUACUAGGAUUUGACCAUCAAAGGCAGCCUAUACACAAACAGAAAUAAAUACAAGUUGAGGGAUUGCUCUUCUUCUUCCUUGCAUAGGGCAAAAUGAUGUCAAAGGCUUCAAUCAGGUAAACUUAACCCAAGGGUGGGGAACCUGCAGUCCUCCAAAUGUUGCUGUACUAUCACUCCCAUUACCCUGUGUUGGUGGGGGCUGAUUGGAGUUGUAGUUCAACAUCUGGAGGGCUACAGGUUCCCCAUUGCUGUCAUACUUCUUUUUUUUAUUCUAGCAGGCUUACCCAGGCAUAUAGUUUCAUUAUCUAUAUUUGUUCUUAAAAGCUUUACUGAUUUUAUCCGUGUUUUUAUUGAUACUCAUUUCAUGUGUACUUGUUUUUUUUAAACUGUUUUGCACAUUUCAGCUUUGUUUUGAUCAAUAGUUACGUGCACCACUUACAGAGCUUGGGGAUUAAGGGAUUUAUUGGUCUUUCUGAUUACACAUUAUCUGAGUCUAAGAUGCAUUGAACUCCAUGGUUUACUUCAUCUGAAGGGCCACAAGGUCUGCAUCCCUGAUAUUAGCCAACAGAGCACACAGGAAACUGCCACUUGCCAGAUCUGACUUUUUUUUACCAGUAUUGUCCACUCUGACCAGCAGUAUCUGUCCAAGGUCUCAGGCUGAGAAAGGUAUUUCACCUCCAACCCAACUGUUUUAACUGGAGGUGUCAGGGAUUGAAACGCUGACCUUAAGCAUAUGAAGACUACAGUCCCCUCCUGCAGACAGAAUUAGGUACAUCUGUGGGGAGUUUCAGCCCAACAUUGUUAUUUAAAAUAGCAACAUGCAUUCCACUGAUCCUCCACCAUGUAUCCCAGAUUGUUGGUUCUUCCAUUUAAGAUGCUCUCUUGGUUCCAUUUUUCAAUAUUCUGCUGCUGAGAGUUUCCUCUUGGGCCGAUGGAAUGUUUUGCAGACGUUCUGUGACAUCAGAAGCAUCUCAGCCAAUGGCUGCUGGGGGCUUGCAGGCAAAAGGCAGAUUUUGAGAGGGCCACAGAAGUUAUGAGCUUCCUUACUGGGAAGGGGUUUGUAUUGUAGAGAAGGAAGACUCUGGAAGCAGCCUGUUGUGAGGAGCCCUGAGACAGCUGGUUCUCAUGAAGGCUGCAGAGAAGUCUCUCCUACUCUGAGCAUCACAUGCUUUGUCUUGCAGAUGAGCGAGAGGCCGUGCAGAAGAAAACCUUCACCAAAUGGGUCAACUCUCACCUGGCUCGGGUCACGUGCCGGAUCAGUGAUUUGUACAGCGACUUGCGAGAUGGGCGGAUGUUGCUGCGCCUGCUGGAGGUGCUCUCAGGGGAGCAAUUGGUGAGUGGGCAGAGCAGUUCCAUCACAGGCCUGGGGCUGGGGGCCAGCUUCCUAGAACUGGAGCAACACAGUGCACCAAAACCUCAAAUUUGCAGUAAGAAAAAUUAAGUGUCAAUGUAUUCAUUAAAUAUAUAUAUAUAUAUUUGGCAGGGUUCUUUUUAAAGAUGGUGCCUCUCAAGGGCUUAUUAAUAUAUUUUCAAAGAACAAAAAUUAAGCAGUAGUGCAAAGUAGUAACAUGCCAAAUCCAAUACUUUACAUCUGUUCCUCCCCUUCGUUUCCUAAACUUUCUAUCCACUCAUCUGUUUGCUGGCUUCCUCCUAGGAAAGCUGAUGGGCAAUAAAUUCAGUAUUGGUUAAAAAAUAGAAUUAGGGUUGGUUUUUUAUUUUAUUUUAAGGAAAGGCUUCUUCAUGAAACAUUCAUGAAAUUUAAUGACUUAACCAGGAGAAUAUCAACACUUUUGCAAGCACAUUUUAAGUUAGAACAAUAGGCUUGAAAAUGUGUCAUCUCCCCAGGGGAUUGCUUGUCUUUCACUGACAUUGAUUUUUUAUGUGAGUUGGCAGUAAGAAUGCAAAGUGUUGAUGCUCCUCAUUCUCAUAGCAGCCAUUUUGCUGGUAUUAUCAUGUUGUUUGGAUGCCUGAUUUUCAUCUUCCAAAGCAACAACUCUAUUUCGAACUUAAAAAUGGAAAGUAAUGCUUGGUGGUCAACAAAAGAGGUUUAAAGACUCCCUCAAGGCAAAUCUGAAAAAAAAUGUAGUAUAAACAUUGACAAUUGGGAAACACAGGCCUGCGAGCGCUCCAGUUGGAGAAUAGCCUUUACCAAAGGUUCCAUGGGCUUUGAAGAUCCUCAAAAUGAAAGGGAGAAAUAUGCUAAGAAGAAGGCACAUUUGGCAAACUCUCACCAUGAGCAAAUCCUGUCCGGAAACUUAUGUCCCCACUGUGGAAGGAUGGGAGGGGAUGGAAUAGGGUUUUUCUUAACAACUCUCAGCACCCAGAAGCCAUGGCUGUUUAAAGUGGUAUCACAGUGCUUUAAAGGUAUAGUGUGAAUGUGGCCUAACUAAAAUGUUUAUCUUGCAAGAAGGCUAGUGUGGUCUGUACUUUUCCUAAAAUACACCUCACUUGCUACUGAUGAUGUCUGACAUCUUAUGGGCACCCAGCUUAAUGAAAUUUUGAUAUAAAUGAGUUAUUUCUGCACCGAUUCAUCAACACAAUAUGAAAAAUCAUUGUCACCAUUAUUAUUCCUACCAGUAUGAGAACGUCUGUUUUUGAGUCUGUUUUCCCCAUUAUUUUUUUAAUUGUGUAAAACUUGACAUGGGGUCAUCAUUUUGUACUUAGAGGCUCCUCCUAUUCUGAGGCCUCAACUGUAAUUUUGUGUUUGUGUGUACAAAUCUAGCUGAGAGAAGAUUUAUCCUUUAAUAGAAAUGAAUAUAGCAGCCUCCAGCUGUGCUGGUAUGCAUCAAACAAACUGGAUAAAUAAUUUUGCAGAAUGCCUUGGCGUUUUCUCAAAUACAGUUAAUUAUUGGAAAACCCAGUUCAGGUGUAUUAUACAGAUUCAUAGCCCCCAAAAACUUUCAUUUCCUAAAUGCCGAAUCAUGGAAAUGCUUUGCUCAAGACACCCAUUACUGAUGAGGACCUUAAACCAUGUGUCUACAAUGCACACACACAAAGUGGUGAACUACAAUGACAUCACCCAGUGGUUGUGACUGUGCAUGCCCACAGGUGUGGCAAAUUAUUUGUGCUGCACCGUCUCAGAGAAAUGUAUUAUUUGGUUGAAUUAAUAGGGGAUCCUUUGAAAGGCUUGCUGUAUGGGAACAAAUCUCGCCAGACUGUUGGGAUAAAGCCUAGUGAUGACUGGUUCCCAUGUCUCUGCCACGUCUCCUUAAACCUUUCCAGGCUAGGCCAACCUCAGCCCCCACCCACCCCUGAAUAGAGAGCCAAGCACCUGUUCCCAGAAUUCCACGCUUCGCCUCCCUUGCAGCCAAAAGGAAAACAGCCUGUUCGCAGCCUAAGUGAGGCAGUUUUUCCGGUUUCCAAGCAGCCUGGCAGCUAGACUGUCUCUGCUUGGCAGCUUGGCAGGUGCUUCUGUUAUGGCUGCUGAAUUCCCUGGGUAGUAUUAUCAGAGAGACACUGAAGCAUGCUAGAAGAUGCUGGAGAUCUGAGGAAUUAUGGGAACUGAGCAGGUUUAACCAAGGUUUUGAAGGGCCACAGCUCAGUGGUAGAGCACCUGCUUUCCAAGCAAAUAGGCCCUGGUUCAGUUCCCUGGAUCUCCAGGUAUGGCUAGAAAGGACUUGGGGAGUCUGCUGCCAGCACUGGGCCCUCCAAGGAGCUCAAGGUGGUGUUCAUGGUUCUCUUCUUCCCCAUUUUAUCCUCACAACAACCCUGUGAGGUGGGUUAGGCUAAGCCAGUGAGCUUCAUGACAGAGUGGGGAUUUGAACCUUGGUCUCUCCCAGGUCCUAGUCCGGCGCUCUAACCACUACACCACUCUGAAAGGAUAGUGGUGGCACUGAGUAUCCUGAAAGUGAAAUGCUUAGUUUGCUGCAGCGGGCGAGAGGAUGGUGACCUAACGAUACCUGAGAGGCUACAGGAGAGAUGGGAAGGUGUUGGGACUCCCAAUUCCCAUCAGCCCCAGCUGUCGGCACUUUGGCCAGUGGUCAGGGAGUUGUAGUCCAGUAAGUAACCUCCGUAGGGCCCAGUGGGUUCCCCAUCCCUUGGCACCAAUCGUGUUUGGAAAGAUUUCAACAUCAGUAGAAGACCAAUGAAUGCAUUUUAGUCCAUGAAAGGCACAAUCCUGAUCUAAUCAGAAAGAAAUCAGCAGUGCAUUGCAUCCACAAAUGACCCUUGGGGAUGGGAGAAAUAGAAGGGGCGCGAGAUGAAAAGCAAAGUUCUUAAAUGGCAUCAGUGGAUGACUUAAGAGCCUCCCUUUCAUGUCCCAACCUCCGCUCCUCUUCCCAUCCUCAAGGUCUGCGCUGUCAUUUUCUCCCCUCAAACUCCACCCGCCCAAGCAACAGCCUGUUUAAGGGCAGGAGGUUUGCUUUGCAAAAGGAGAGGACAUUCUUCUCAUAGGUAGGGCACUUUCUCUGCCGCUCCUUCAGGGGUUUUGAACCUCAGCGACUCCUCGGGCAACUCUUGUCUGGGAAUGUCGUGUAGGAAGGCAGCUCCGAUGCCAGUCCAACCGGCUCCCUGGCAGGUGCAACCCUGGUGUCUUCGCGCCAGGUAUACUCAGAAGCAGGCGGCAGAGCAUGCUGGGAGGGGUGGUGGUGGAAGCACCUGACUGGGUUGCAAGGAACAAUUAGGACUUUCCAAGAGGAGGCGGCGGCGGUGGGUUGGUACAUGCCAGCAGCAUCCUGGCUAAGGGAGGUGCACCUUCUCUUGCACACACAGUCACUAGCUAACUAUUUUAAAGUAUCCUUUUUGCCCCACCUUCCAUUACAGGUUUGCAAAAUAUGUGCUAAAAAGUAAACUAGAAUGAAAACAAUCAAAUAGAUAAUAGUGGCAGAUCAAAUAAUAAGUGAGCUACUAAAAGCUGGUUGGUUUUUACUUGUUUUUUAAUAAAGCAAUAAGUUAAAAAAACAAACAAACUGGCAUCUGAAACAUCUCACAUGUGAUGCCGAAUGAAUCAUAGGCUGGAAGGGACCCUACGGAUCAUCUAGUCCAGGGGUUGGCAACCUUUUUCAACCGUGGGCCGAUCCACCGUCCCUCAGACCAUAUGGUGGGCCGUUCUAUAUUUUUUUUUUGGGGGGGAGGGAAAUGAACAAAUUCCUAUGCCCCACAAAUAACUCAGAGAGGCAUUUUAAAUAAAAGCACACAUUCUACUCAUGUAAAAACACCAGGCAGGCCCCACAAAUAACCCAGAGAUGCAUUUUAAAUAAAAGGACACAUUCUACUCAUGUAAAAACACGCCGAUUCCCGGAUCGUCCUUGGGCUGGAUUGAGAAGGCGAUUGGGCUGCAUCUGGCCCCCAGGCCUUUGGUUGCCUACCCCUGAUCUAGUCCAACCCCCUGCAAUGUAGGAAUAUGAACCUGUCCUAUACAGGGAUCGAACCUGCAACCUUGACACGAGCUAUCCCAGCUGGUAUGAACAUGAAAGAAAGACAGGUCUCUGUGACUGACUGGGUGGCCCUGGCCUUAUUUAUUUGAUCCGUUGCAUUUAUAUUCCGCCUUUUGCUCCAGGGAGCUCAAGGCAAUGUGUGUGGCUCUCCUCAUUUCAUCCCCACACCAACCCUGAAAGGUAGUUGAGGAUGAGAGGCAAUGGUUGUCACAAGGUCACCAAAUGAGCUCCAUGGCUGAGCAUGGAUUUGUUCCCUACUCUCCUAAACCAUAGCUCAACACUCUAACCUCCGACACCACCACUGGCUGAGCACCUGCUCUGCAUGCAAAAGCUCCUUGGCUCCAUCCCUGGCAUCUCCAGGUAGGGCUGGGAAAGACCUUAGGAACAUAGGAAGCUGCCUUAUACUGAGUCUGACUGGUGAUCUUUCUAGCUCAGCAUUGUCCACACUGACUGGCAGCAGCUCUCCUGGGUUCUCUGGCAGCCCUUCCUCACAGACCUACAAUUGCCAGAGUGGUUUAACAAUCAAUCCCUCGUUCCAGGGAACUUGGGGAAUUGUAGCUCUGUGCAGGGAAUAGGGGCCUCCUGGCAACUCUCUGUACCUUUAACAAACUACAGCUCCCAGAAUCCUGUGGGGGAAGCCACAACUCUUUAAAGUGAUGGUGUGCUGCUUUAAAUGCUUGGUGUGAGUGUGGUCUUGCAUCCUUGGGAUUAGAAACGGUAGGUGUGCUUGGUGGCAGAGGAAAAGCACUCGGCACCAGCUCAUGGGUACUACACUCAUCCCCUGGCAGAGUUACUGGUUAAAAUUAAGGCCUAUCUCUCUCUCUCUCUUUCUCCUCUCACCCUGCUUUUGUUAGCCGAAGCCGACCAAGGGCCGGAUGCGCAUACACUGCCUGGAGAACGUGGACAAGGCCCUCCAGUUCUUAAAGGAGCAGCGCGUCCACCUGGAGAACAUGGGCUCACACGAUAUUGUUGACGGCAACCACCGAUUGACCCUGGGCCUCAUAUGGACCAUCAUUCUCCGCUUCCAGGUACAACCUGAGCCAUGCCUUUUCCCCUUUCCCUCCCCCUUAAGGAACUUGCCUUGAUUUCCCCUUGACUGAGGUGUUUGUAACCCAAGAUAGCACUGUAUACGCAUUCUCCCUCCAAUAGUGAAAGGAGAACUGAGAUAUUGUUAUUCUGGCUUCUUUUGCAGAUUCAGGAUAUCAGUGUGGAGACAGAAGAUAACAAGGAGAAGAAAUCCGCCAAGGAUGCCUUGCUGCUUUGGUGUCAGAUGAAAACAGCUGGGUAAGAGAAUAAGUGGGGGACUGUGAGUCAGGGGUUUCCCCUUCCCUGUUUGGGCUUGAGGUUAGGAGCUGGCUGCCUCUGAGGCUAAAUCCAACUCAGCUAGAUGUGACACAGCCAAGGUUUAAUAUUACUACACUUGGAUGUUUCAAGAAGCCAGAAGGGGAAAUAUGCAUUUCAGUUGUAGUGACCUGUCUCAAACGUUCAAGGGAGGGCUGGGUUCAAGAACGUGAAACAAAGCAAAAUAAAUAAGCCUAUCCCCUGCCCCCCACUGUGUGUUUACAGGUAUCCAAAUGUGAAUGUCCACAACUUCACCACCAGCUGGAGGGACGGCCUGGCUUUCAACGCAAUUGUCCACAAACACAGGUCAGUGAAGGUUGGUUGGGGCCUGUCAUGGCUUCGUAGCAGCUCGCUCCAUCUUGUAUGCUUUGGGGGAGGGUAAGGCUAUCAGUGGCUACCAGCCACAAUGGGCAUGUUCCAGCUCCAUUGUUGGAGGCAAUACGCCUCUGAAUACUAGUCCCUGGGAAUCACAAGUGAGGAGAGUGCUGUUGCGCUCAGGUCUUGCUUGUGGGCCACUGUGAGAACAGGGUCCUGCACUAGAUGGGCCACUGGCCUUGUCAUGAAGUAGUGAUUCUGCGAGCAAAUAUCGCUGAUCUAGCAGGCUGUUCUUAUGCUUACUUUGGUGUCCUCAUCAGGCCAGACCUGAUAGACAUUGACACCCUGAAGAAAUGCAACGCACACUACAACCUCCAGAAUGCCUUCAACAUUGCCGAAAAGGAACUGGGCCUCACCAAGCUUUUAGACCCUGAAGGUGAGCUCAGCAGGGAGGGCACCUGGAUCUCUGUUCCUGUUUUUCUCUGUUGGCUUGGCCACAUGUUUGUUUGUUUGUUUGUUUGUUUGUUUGUUUUAAAAAAUCACACAAAAAAAUCAAACCUCCUAAGUGGUUUGCAAUAAUAAUAAUAAUAAAAGAAUUUACCUUAAAGUUAUCAGUAAAAGUGAAAAUUAAAAGCAGAUUUUAAAACAGUCAAAAUGGAAUUUAAACCAGCAGUUUAAAUAGCUUAAAACACAUAUCAGCUUGUACAUGUCAAUGGGCAGGGAGUUCCAGAGUGUAGGAACUGCCACAGUCUAAAAUUGGUUCCUUACUAGUGCAAAAUGAACUUGUAAAAGUGCUAGCUUUGCAGAGGAAAGUGGAUGAGUGGGUGCGUAUGAGGUAAACUGGUCUGAAGGGCUUUAUAUACUAACAGUUGCACCUUGAACUUGGACCAGCAAAACAUCAGCAGUGAGUACAGAUUUCUGAGCUGGGGUGUUAUAUGCUGACUGGAUAUCAUGCCUGUCAACACUGUAGCAUUCUGCGCUAACUGCAGUUUUCGGCCAAAGCGCAGAGGAGGCCCCACAGAGAAAACAUUGCAGUAAUCCAGUAUCGAAGUUAUCAGUGGCUGCACUACUGCGAUCAAGCUUUCCUGGUCCAGGAAUUAGUCGCAGCUGCCAUGCCAGCCAAGCAUUGUAAAAGGCACUUCUAGCCUCCGAGGCUCCCUGGGCCUCCAGUGACACUGAACAAACUAAAAUGAUGGUGGUGACCAUCUGGAAAAAGAGCCAUUCUUUGUCCUGUUUCUCUUGCUCCUCUUUAUUCUUCCACUUCUCCCUAGAUGUGAACGUGGACCAGCCUGAUGAGAAGUCCAUCAUCACCUAUGUGGCCACUUACUACCACUACUUCUCCAAAAUGAAAGCCUUAGCUGUGGAAGGGAAACGGAUUGGGAAGGUACCAUGAAGAGGGCUGUGGUGGGAGCUGGGGAGCGCUGGGAGCCGAAAUGCACUUGGAUUCCAAUGCCACCGGGGUUGCAGGAAGAAGGGCAGGCAUUUGAGGAGAUGGGUGAUAUAUUUUGCUGGGACAACCUGUGUGCAGGAGGUAGCUCAGUUGGUUAGGGCGUGGUGCUGAUAACCCCAAGGUUGCAGGUUUGACACCUAUAUGGUACAGCUUCAUAUUCCUGCAUUGCAGGGGGUUGAAUUUGAUGGUCCUCAGGUUCCCUUCCAACUCUAAAAUUCUAUUAUUCUUCCAAUUCUAAGAUUCUUAGGUGCAGAAAAAGCUUUCAGUCUUCACCAAACUUGUCCUCAGGGUGGGGUGAGUGGGUGGCAAACAAUGCAGAAUAUUAAAAGGAUAUUUUAGGUGCUUUUAAAAGCACAACUCCAGAUCUUGCACCAGGAAUGUCUAUUCUGUGUCCCUCUAGAUGUUGUUGGACCUGCAGCCAAUGGUCAGGGAUGGUGGAAGUGUAGUCUAGCAACAUCUAGAGGGACACACAGUCCCACAUCUCUGGUCCCCUUCCCUACCCUGCCAUGUGGUUUGCUCUGUCUCAAAACUCAGCUCUGCCAUCUAUCCAGGGCAGGACUGGACCACAGCUGAGCUAUAAGGAGCCGAGUUAUAGACAAGAUUAGAUUGUUUUAUCCAUUUUGGGACUGUUUGGAUCAGCUGGUCUGCAAGAGAGCCUGGUUUAGAUCAGAUUGGAUUAUUUAAUCCCACUUAUCUGGCCCGAAGACUCCCAAAGUGGAUUAUAAAAUUUAAAAAGAAUGAAACAAAUCGGAAAGCCAAACAGCACCAGGUCUGGGCAUGCUCAAACAUUCACCCUUGCCCAUAUUCUCCCUCAAGAAAGGCUGGGUAAGAGAAGGCAGCAUUACUCACUGUUUCCUAAAGGUGCUUGUAGCACCCAGAGGUGACGUAACCAAAAACUGCCGGCACUUCAGAUUGGGCCAGGAUGCAAAUUAGGCAGCCGUUGCAGGUGAGGCAAGUCUAGACCAACAUGCUUCUAGGAAGGGGUGCGGGUCUUUUGUUCACCAGCCCCUUCCCAGGGUGUCUGAGUGAUGCAGGUUCCCGCAACAGGUCCUGGACCAUGCCAUUGAGGCCGACAAGCUGAUAGAGAAGUACGAGACGCUGGCCUCUGACCUUCUGCAAUGGAUUGAGCAGACCAUCUUGACACUGAAUGACCGGAAGCUGGCCAACUGUCUGAGCGGAGUGCAGAAUCAGCUGCAGGCCUUCAACACCUACCGCACUGUGGAGAAACCCCCCAAGUAAGUUCUGGCCUUUGUGGACCUGGCGGUGAGCGAGGAGGAAGAUAUUCAGUGGGGUCAUGGUAAAUCACAGGUAGGGAGCCUCAGGCACAGAGGGACAGAUGUGGUCCUCCAGGCUCUCAGAACUCUUCCCAGGUCACACCCCAGUAGGGGGAAGAUAUAAAAAAAUAAAAAAAUUGCCCAGUAGCACCUUAGAGACCAACUAAGUUUGUUCUUUGUAUAAGCUUAUUAGCUUGGUAUAAGUGUGCAUGCACACAACAGCUUAUACCAAGAACAAACUUAGUUGGUCUCUAAGGUGCUACUGGACAAUUUUUUUAUAUAUUUUGACUGUGUUAGACCAACACGUUUACCUACCCGAAUCUAGAACCCCAGUAGGGGGAGUUGUUGGAUGCUGAAGAGGCAAUGGGAUUUAGUGAGCAAGGAGAGCCUGUGACAAGGUGUAGUUCAGACUCAGAGGCUGAAGUAGAGGAGGGGCGUGAAACAAGGGGCUGCAGAAGAAUCCCAGGAGUCUGUCUCUCUGACUGCAACAAUCUCCCCUCCCUCCCCCCCCCCAUCUCCAAGGACAUGCAGGAUGAUGCAUACAGCAGAACAGAGAUUACAGGUUCCCAGAUGCAGUUUGAGACUGCUUGGGAAACAUCCAGCAGAGGAGGAUUCUUAGAGGGGGUUGAAGGCAGGGGCUGUCAGUCCUGGCAACUACUGUAUAGGGGCAAGAUUUGCUGGGUAGUGUUGCUGAGUUGAAUGCUGUUUCUUUGGAUAAAGAGUUAACUUCUCUGACAAAUUGCUUCUUGCUUGCUGACCUCAAGAGCAUUUUGCCUGGAUAUGUGCUUGAGUUGGGGUAAUAUUACUCGCUUGUCUUAAUGGGGGAAGGAAAAGUGUGUGUGUGUAGAAACCUGUGACUUGUCUGUGGCUUUGCAAACUCUACAAAGGCAGGAGUCGCACCUGCUGCUCCACCCAUGGCCCCACCUUCCACUGGCAUGUGGGCCCUGGAAGCCUGCCAAGGAGGGAAGGUGGCCCUUGGGGCUGCAAAAGGCUCCUGUGGCUAAUGAUUGAAGUGCAAGAGCUCAUCAUGGCAGCCAUGCUAGCCACACCCACAAGAAGAGCCCAAAGUGCAGGCAGACACACACACACACACACACACACACACACACACAAGCACACAAGCUUCCAUCCCGCAAGAGCUGCAAUUUACAGCACAGUGCCCAAUUUGUUAGGAUUAGCUGGCAGUCAUAGAACAGAAUAAGUAAAAAUCAUUAAACAUUAACAAAAGAUUUUUAGCCAGGUGAAAUACUACCUUUAGCUUCUAAUUAGGAAAGCAAACAAUCUUUCAAAAAAGCGUUACCGCCUUUUCAACUGCUAGCCUGAAAUAGCAACCCCAUCAAAGGAGGGGGGGAUAAAAUAUCCUGCCUCUGCUUGAUUAUAUUUCCUCAUUCUCUACCUUUAUCUCUGCCAGGGGUGGGGGACCAGUGGGCCACAUCAGAAGCCAGCCAAUCCUUUGCAUUUCACAGGAGAUAAUUGAUCUCACCCCAAAGCUGCGGGCCUUACAUUUGGUGCCAAAUUUAAAUUAAAUGCAAAGGAACAGGGCACACUCUUAAACCAUGAACUCCCAGUUGCUCCUGGGCAAUCCCAGCUUUACCUGUCUUAUAUCAAGUGCCCUAUGGCAUCAGGUGAGUGACAAGUGGUGUGUGGCUGGCCAAGAAUGGCCUCAUGGGCCACAUGGGGUGAUCUGGUGGGCCUAAAUUGGACCAUGGGUUGGAGGUUCCCUGUUGCUGCUCUGUGCUAUCACAAACAAUCUUGAAAGACCCAUGCACUUGCCUGAAGAAGGAAGUUCCAUCAAUUACUGUGGUGCUCCAGCAGAUGGUGGCAUCACUCCAGCUCUAAAUAAAGUCCCAGAGCUGCUUGCCCUGCAUAGCCCCUCCACUACAGUGCUGGAAAAGCAUGCGCUAUUGUUGUGGGUGCUGGAAGAAUGUGUGUCUGUCUUCUGUAGGAUGUCGGGAGGCAGUGAUUUCCAUCACGUGUUCACCGCAGUCAGUGCUGUUGCUGUUCUGUUGCAGUUCGGCUUCUGUUAAAACCUACACUGUUCAUCUAACUAUUUGCUAAGGCUGAAGCUAACAUAAUUGAUUGCGUGAUUAAUUUCGGGGGAAGGGAAACGUCAAAAACAAUGCAGAAAAUAGUGUAAUGUAACAUUUGAAGGCUAAGAAAACAAUCAUAGCAAAUGCCAUUUGUGUGUGAUUUCCAUAUAAAUUGUUGAAAUUUCUGCUCCAAUUUCCAGUGGAAUUCUCUGACUUACAAAGUCUCCUGAAAGUUCCUGCAUGCUCGUUAACAGUGAGAAAGGGGCCUCAUGCAAAGUAGUUUUGAAAUGUGCAUUCUUGCUCCUAAACCUGGCUUGCUGUUCCCCUUUCUCCCUCUGCCCACCUCCUCUGCAUGCAUUAUCCUACUCCCAGGUUCACAGAGAAAGGGAAUCUUGAAGUUCUGCUUUUCACCAUCCAGAGCAAGAUGAGAGCCAAUAACCAAAAGGUUUACACGCCACGAGAGGGGAGGCUCAUCUCUGACAUCAACAAGGUGAGUGCCAUGGACUGGCUGGACGAAGAGGUGGGAGGCUCCAGCCAGGGAACCCCCAAGGGAAACCCUAGAGGAGGAAGGCUCAGAGCCAAUGGAUUGGUGGUGGAACACUGGGGGUCAGAGAGCCACUGAUACUACUGAACUUGAUGGCCCAACUGGGCUGUUAGGGUACAAGGCAACUUUCUGGGUCCCUGUGCUGACUGGUCGGGGGUUGGGCCUGGGACAUUCUGCAUGCACAGCAUGUGCUCUAAGUUGUGCUCCCACCACUGGAACUUAGGACACUGCCUUAGACUGAGGCCGGCAACUUGUUCAUAUUGCCAGGAUUAUUGACACUGGGCUCCACCGCUGCACUUCCUCUGUAGAACUGUGGGUUGGGAGGGCGGUGUUACUUAGGACCUGUCCAUUUGCCCAAGGAAGCACACUUGAGAGUAUAUUUUGUUGGUGUUCCUGGGUAGCUGAGGCCUAGUGCUUACCAAUCUGCAGGUGUUAAAUAUGUGUGCUGUAUUUGGUGCAUCUGUGUCUGAAUCUACUAGAACCACCUUGAUUUUAAAGAAAUGCAGGCGGGAAACACAUUAUACGAUGAAGCAAACAAAUAGUUAUGCCCAGGUUCAGCUGAUAUUUGUCGAUUCCAAAUAGAAGCCAUCAGCUAACAAUGAUUAAUGAUUAAUAGGCAAGUCCAUUCAUUUGGGCAAUUUCCUGGAAUCUGGAUUUAAUUUUAAUCAAGGAUCAGCUCAUGAACUCAUUUCCAGUUGAGCACUGCAAUAAUAAUUAGAAUAAUAAUGGGGAGCAUUGCCUCUGAGCAUGUGCAGAAUACAUUGAAAAUUCUGCAGCCAAAGCUUCAAAGCAAACUGAAUCCCUUCUCCUUUGAAAGAAAUUAAAACACUUGUUUUGGAAAUGUUUGUCUCCAUGAUUUCCUUCCUCCUCCACAGGGCUGGGAGCGGCUGGAGAAAGCAGAGCAUGAGAGAGAGCUGGCGCUGCGCAAUGAGCUGAUUCGGCAGGAGAAGCUGGAGCAACUGGCAGCACGCUUUGACCGCAAGGCAGCCAUGCGCGAGACCUGGCUGAGUGAGAACCAGCGCCUCGUCUCCCAGGUCAGUGAAAGGAGGAGGAGGAGGAGCAUUUAGGUUGUGUCUAGGGGCAGAUCCACACCAUACAUUUAAAGCACAUCCAGUGCACAUUUAAAGCAUAUGACAUCCCCCAAAGAAUCUUGGGAACUGCAUUCAGCUUCAUUGGGACCUUUGAAGGUGGCUUGGAAACUACAGUUAGUCCGGAAUACGGCUGCCAGACUGGUGACUGGGAGCGGCUUCCCAGACCCAGCUAAAGGAUCUUACAUUGGCUCCCAGUAGAUUCCGAGCACAAUUCAAAGUGUUGGUGUUGACCUUUAAAGCCCUUUGGUUCUGCAUACCUGAAGGAGCGUCUCCACCCCCAUUGUUCAGCCCGGCCUCCAAGGGCCUUCUGGCAGUUCCCUCACUGUGAGAAGUGAAGCUACAGGGAACCAGGCAGAGGUCCUUCUUGGUAGUUGCACCUGCCCUGUAGAAUGCCCUCCCAUCAGAUGUUCAGGAGAUAAACAACUAUCUUCUGACUUUUGGAAGACAUCUGAAGGCAGCCCUGUAUAGGGAAGUUUAAAAUGUCUGAUGUUUUAGUGUGAUAUUAUUAUAUUAUAUUAUAUUAUAUUAUAUUAUAUUAUAUUAUAUUAUUAUAAUGUUUACUACUAAUAAUAAUAAUUAGAGGAAAAACUUACUCUAUUCACUUUCUCCAUGCCAUGCAUUGAGGAGAAUCGCUCCAUUCCUUUGAUCAUUUUGGUGGCACUUUUCUGAACCUGGAGUAUCUUUCUCUCUGUCUGAUCUGGGAGAGCGGGAGGGACGGACAACCUUACCCCAGCAUCCUGAAGAAUGAGAUUCUUUCUCUCCUGCUCUGCAACCUGCAGGAUAACUUUGGCUUGGACAUUUCGGCGGUAGAGGCCGCAGUGCGGAAACAUGAAGCCAUCGAGACGGACAUCGUGGCAUAUAGUGAGCGUGUGGCAGCAGUGAAUGCGGUGGCAGCUGAGCUGGAGGCGGAGGGGUACCAUGACAUCAAGCGGGUGUUGGCGCGCAAGAACAACGUGGCGAGGCUCUGGGACUACUUGCGCGAGCUGGUGGCUGCCCGCCGGGAGCGCCUGAUGCUCCAUUUUGAGCUGCAGAAGAUGUUCCAGGACUUGGCCUACCUCAUGGAUUGGCUGGAAGAGAUGAAGGUAGCUGGCGAGGCUGUGGUGUGCAAGAGGGGUGAUGCUUGAGAGUGCAUUUCCUGCAUUGGAGGGGUGUAUGUGUUGGACUAUGCCACCUUUGAGGUCAUGUCCAGUGCUAUGGAUUGCAUCAGAAUAGGGGAAGAGGCCAUAGCUUCAUGGGAGACCACCUGCCCUGUACACAGAGGAUCCCAGCUUCAACCCCCAGCAUGUCCAGGUAGGGCUAGGAGAGAAGCCUGCCUGAAACCCUGGAGAGUUGCUGCCAGUCAGUGUAUAUAACAUAUAGCUAGAUGGACCAAUGGGUCUGAUUUGGUGUGAAGCAGCUUCCAGGGUUCCUAUCGCUACCAGAUGCAGAAACCUCUGAAGCCAACAGGAGUGUUGCCUUUGGGCCCUGUCCGGGGCAGCGUAGUAAAUUGUCCUGGAGUCAAUGACUGCUGAGGUCCUUUCCAAUUCUGAUAUUAUGAAUUCGCAGAUUAUUAUUUAUUUCUAUUGGCCGAGAAAGAGAAGUGAGGGAGCUUCAUGUUUAGAGACUCACCUGCCCUGGAAGACCCUAGUGGGGAGAGGGAAGGGCAGCUUUGCCUAGGAACCCCCUUCGUCUUUUCUAUUGUAUCCCCGAGCAGGGUGGUUGAGAUGAGGCCAGGCGUCAGGUCUCCCUCAUCCUGUGCUGCCUUUCCUCACAGGGCCGCCUUCAGUCUCAGGACUUCGGGAAACACCUGCAUGGCGUGGAGGACCUGCUGCAGAUCCACUCUCUGGUGGAGGCCGACAUCUCCGUCCAGGCCGAACGGGUGAAAGCCAUCAGUGCCGCUGCCCAGCGCUUUGCCACCCCUGGGGAAGGUGAGAGCCUCAGGAGCUUGAAAAGGAAGUAUGGAUGGAGGGAGGGGGAACAGAGUGGGAGUGCCCUUGGCUCCCCAUUUCAAAACCUUAUCUCCCAACUUUCCCCUCUUUCCUAUCUGUCUUGCUGUUCCAGAGCAGUUGUAGGAUUCUCUGUGCAACAUGGGAUUUGCUAAAAUGAUCAGUGUGACUCCACUGCAAAUUAUCAUUCCUUUAUUGUGGGUAAAGUGGUAGGUGUAGGGAGCAGGUUGAAGCCCAAGUAGGGAGCGUCAAUCUCUGCUGCUGAUUUUGCGAAAGUUGACAGGAAUGCGGCUCCUCACUUCGGUUUUCCUGCCUGCAGCUUACAAGCCCUGUGACCCCCACCUUGUCCAAGAGCGCGUGGCAACACUGGACCGCUGCUAUCGGGAGCUGGUGGCGUUGGCAGCGCAACGGCGUGACAAACUGGAAGAGUCGCGCCGCCUUUGGAAGUUCUUCUGGGACAUGGGCGAGGAGGAGGCCUGGAUCCGGGAGCAGAGCCAGAUCCUGUCGUCGGGCGACUUUGGCAAGGACCUGACGAGUGUGUUGCGCCUGACCAGCAAGCAUAACGCCUUCCGCGAUGAGAUGAGUGGCCGUGCUGGCCCGCUGCAGCAGAGCAUAGCCGAAGGCCGCCAGCUGGUUGCCGAGGGCCACUUUGGGGCUGCCGAGGUGGCUGAACGGAUCCGGGAAAUCGAGGAGCAGUGGGAUCAGCUGGAGGCGCUGUCCCGAGAACGGGAGCAGCGCCUUCUCCAGGCCUCCAAUCUCUACCAGUUCCAGGCGGACGCCAACGACAUGGAGGCCUGGUUGCUGGAUGCGCUGCGCUUGGUGUCCAGCUCUGAGGUGGGCCAUGAUGAGUACUCCACCCAGAGCCUGGUGAAGAAGCACAAGGAUGUGGAGGAGGAGAUCCACAACCACCGCCCUGCCCUCGACGCCCUCCACGAGCAGGCCCGGAGCCUGCCCCCUGCCUUUGCCCAUGCCCCUGAGGUGGACGGGCGGCUCCCUGCACUGGAGCAGCGCUACGAGGAACUGGUUGCGCUCGCCGAGCAUCGCAAGCAAGCCCUGCAGGACGCUCUCAACCUUUACAAGAUGUUCAGCGAGGCAGAUGCGUGUGGGCUCUGGAUUGGGGAGAGGGAGUACUGGAUCGAAACGAUGGAUGUCCCUGAGAAGUUGGAAGACCUUGAAGUGGUUCAGCAAAGGUGAGUAGGUUCAACCAGCAGCUACCUUGUUCCCCCUUCUAGCCCAGGAGUGGAGGGUCGGUGGGUUCUUCAAAGUAAAUACUUCAUACUGUUUGCAGUUAAACUCUGGCAGGCCUAGGGAACAUCCAGCCCGUGGAUUUAAGUAGACCCAGCACGAGUCCUCGUUUGGCCCAUGAGGCCCAUUCCACAAAUCACAGCCAUCUGUGUGACACCUGACAUCAUACAUGACAUCACAGUACUAUAUGACACCACAGCAUUACGUACCGUGUCAUAUGUGACUCCAUUCGUUUUAAGCACUGUUACACCAUUUUAGCAGACACUGAGAAUCCUGAGGACCGUAGUUUGUUAAGGGUGCCGACCUCACAGAGUUCCCAGCAUCCUUAACUGACUACGGUUCCCAGGAUUCCCCCAUGAUGGUUAAAAUGCUAAAAGUAGUGCUUUAAACGUAUUGUGUGGUCGUGAGAGAGUGGAGACCCAUGUUCAGAGCCCUCCUUGUCCCUGAAUCUUUUUGGGUGACCUUGCGCCAGGUUGCUCUUGUCUCUUGGGCUAACCUACCUCAAAGGGUUGUUGUGAGGAUAAAAUGGGUGUGGUCGCCAUGUACUCUGCCUUGACCUUCCUUAGGUGGAACUGGGAGGGGGGAGAAGAUGAAAUGUAAAUGCAGUUAAUUAAUAAAUUAAUUCAAUCUCUCGCCCACUUCUCGUUCGGUCCUUGUUGUCUCAGGUUUGAGACUCUGGAGCCAGAGAUGAAUAACCUGGCCUCCCGCAUUGCAGCAGUGAAUGAGAUUGCGAGCCGGCUUCUGGGAACUGACCACAGGAACAAGGACAGCAUCCAGGCCACUCAGGAACAGCUCAAUGCCAGGUGGGGAAUCUACAAGUGUGUGUGUGUGUGUGUGUGUGCGCGCGCACGCGUGACCAGGAAGAUGGUGCAGUGGUUUGAGUGAUUGACAAGCCUGACCCAAGAAAUCUGAAAGAUCACCUCCUUCCAUACAGACCUUCUCAGGUGUUAAGAUUGGCAGAGAGGGCCCUCAGAAGUGUGGUUUGUGUAUGUGACGGCCCCCAAACUAGAAUUCUUUUACUGCAGAGCUGUAUCUGGCACCUUCAUUGUAUAGUUCUUGUCAUAUGCUCCUUACCUGAGAUUUUAUAGGGACGUGGGUUGCACUGUGGUCUAAACCACUGAGCCUCCUGCACUUGCUGAUUGGAAGGUUGGCAGUUCAAAUCCACCUGACGAGGUGAGAUCCUGUUGCUCUGUCCCAGCUUCUGCCAACCUAGCAGUUGGAAGGCACGCCAGUGCAAGUACUUAAAUAGGUACCAGUGUGGCAGGAAGGUAAAUGACAUUUCCUUGUGCUCUGGUUUCUGUCAUUGUGUUCUGUUGCGCCAGAAGCGGUUUAGUCAUGAUGGCCACAUGACCCGGAAAGCUGUGGACAAAUGCUGGCUCCCUCAGCCUGAAGAGAGAUGAGUGCCCCACCCCAUAAUCGCCUUUGACUGCACCUUUUUACCCCCCCCUUUUUUUUUAAAUCUGAGAUAUGUUUUUAGGACCACCUUAUUCUUUCAUUUGUAAAAAGUUGUAACCUGCCUAUUGAAAGGUGGGUAAGAGAUCUGAAGAACAACAUUGUUGUGUAGAAAGUAGCUGACAUUCGAUUAUUUCAUUUUAUUUUUUUAAAACAAUAAGUAAUUGUCAAUAUAUCAAUAAUUUUAAGUAUUAGAUGCAUAAAGUUCCUAUUGGGAAUAUAAAUUAACAAUUUAUCAUGCAUGAGAAAAUCGGAUAAUAAUAAUAAUAAUAAUAAUAAAAUAAUAAUAAUAAUAAUAUAAGAAAGAAAUAAUAUAAGAAAGAAAUAACAGUGACUAUGAAAUAUACCUAAUGACAUGUGGUUUUUUUUAUUAUCUUGUACUUUCUGGUGGGUUGGGUGGACACCUGAACAAUGUGGUUGGGGCGGCUGCUGGCGGGAAAGGGGAAUCGCCCAACCUCAGCCUUAGAUCCUAAAGUUUAAGGAAGUUUGUCGAAGGAAAGCUUAUCCUCCUCCACCUGCGCCCUAUCAUCUCACAUUGUUCUGGAGGGUCCCUGACCAACCCCCCUCCCGAAAGGCUUUUUGGGGUUGAAGUGGCUGCAGGGGGUAAGAGAGAACGAGAAGCUUUCCUUCCAUUGACUUCUGUAAGCUAACUUAGGUUCCAAACCAGUAGCUAUCCAUUUUCUGCCUUUUCAUGACAUUGUAUUUAGCUCCCUAAGGCCACUGCUCUCUCACUUUGACUAAGGCUGGGGGUGAGGACUAGAUCUGUGGGCCAGAUCCUUACUUUGACCUGCCCACCUGACAAAAGAGGAGGCUGGAUUCCUCACAUGAGCCAGAGGUUCCCCACCACUAGGCCCUGGACCUGAGUGGGAAAUGAAGACGAAAAUGUUAUCUUUCAAUAUAUGAGUUUCACAUUAAAAAUGGAGGUGGUGGCCACGGCAGCGUUGAACUGGAUCUUCCCUCCUUCCCCCUUCUCUCAGGUGGCAGCAGUUCCAAGCCUUGGCCAGCCGCAAGAAGGACGCGUUGACCUCAGCGCUCAGCAUCCAGAAUUACUACUUGGAGUGCAAUGAGACCAAGGCUUGGAUGCGGGAGAAAACCAAAGUGAUCGAGUCCACCCAAGGCUUGGGCAACGACCUGGCAGGGGUCAUGGCCCUGCAGCGCAAGCUGGCGGGCAUGGAGCGGGACCUGGAGGCCAUCCAGGGCAAAGUGCGGGACUUGCGGGAGGAGGCCACCCGCCUGGCGGACCAGCACCCAGAGCAGGCUCCUGCCAUUUUGGACCGCUUGUCCGAAGUCAACGGGACCUGGGAUGAGCUACGGGGGACCAUGCGCCGACGCGAGGAGUCCCUGGGAGAAGCCAGCAAGCUUCAGGGCUUCUUGCGGGACUUGGACGACUUCCAGGCGUGGCUUCUGCGCACCCAGACGGCUAUCGCUUCGGAAGACGUGCCGGCCACCCUGCCGGAGGCGGAGCGCUUGCUGAACCAGCAUGAGACCAUCCGGAACGAGGUGGAGCACUACAGGGGCGACUACCGGCGCUUGCGGGCCAUGGGGGAGGAGGUGACGCAAGGCCACACCGAUGCCCAGCACAUGUUCCUGCAGCAGCGCCUCCAGGCCCUCGACACCGGCUGGAAUGAGCUGGACCAGAUGUGGGAGAACCGGCACCAGCUGCUCUCCCAAGCCUACAGCUUCCAGAUCUUCCUGAGGGACACCAAGCAGGUGGAAGGGGUGCUCAGCAACCAGGUAAGGCACAGUUGGGGCCCACAGCCUCGGGCGCCAGAUGCGGCCCUCCAGAAUCUAUCUAAGCCACCUCCUCUCUCCCCAGGUCACACCCCUCAGUGGCCAGUUUUGUACCCUUUGUGGCUUUUUUGGGUUGACUGGAAACCACUUUGAUUGGCAGAACCAGUGCUAUUCCAGGUGCCGUGUAAUACUUGCUCUGCAUUUGUAAGAAAUUGAUCUUUUAGUGUGGCAGCAGCCACACUUUGCAACUCCCUGCCUAUUGGCAUCAGGCAGGCUCCUUCAGUGUAUCGUUUUUUUAUUUCUGUUGAAGACCUUUUUUAUUUAGACAUGUAGAAUAUUGACACAUGUUUAAAUGAUCUCUGAUUGUUGAUUUUCAUUAUUUUUUGAACGUUUUAAACAACUGUUUUUUACUGAUAUUUUUAAAAUUCUUUUUGUAAACCACUUUGAGGUUUCCCCUUUCCUAUAGUCAAGCAGUAUAUAAAUUUUAUGAAAUAAUGAAAUAAACAAUUAGGCUCACAGCCUAGAAGUUCCCCACUUCGGCUCCAGGGCUUAUGCAGUCUCCAUUUUUCGCCUCUCCUUGUCCAGGGUGUUCUCUGAUGAUGCUUUAUGGGAUGAUCAACACCCCCCUUUCUUUUUCUUUUUUGGACAGGAAUAUGUGCUGACUCACACAAGCAUGCCCAGCUCCCUCCAAGCUGCUGAGGCUGCCAUUAAAAAACAUGAGGAUUUCAUGACCACCAUGGAGGCCAACGGGGAGAAGAUCAAGGGGCUGGUGGACUCUGGCCGGAAGCUUAUCAUGGAGGAUGGGCUCCACUCUGACAAGAUCCAGGAGAAGGUCAAUUCCAUUGACAGCAGGUGAGGGGGAUUACUCUGUGCAGAAAUGCUGGUGACGGUAAUCUGGUUUGGAAAAGGGAGCACGAUCUAGCAACUUGGAGCAGGUAAUGGGCAGAAGGUCGACGAGGAAGAUCUUGGAGUUUCCGAUUCCUGACAGACUGCAGUCCUAUCCAUAAGCUAAGGCUUGAGCCUCAGUGAUCACCAGCUGUAAAAUGGGACUUGGAAGAGUGCUGGCACCGCUUUCUGUUCCUCAAAGUUGCAAGUAAAACAGCAUGUGAGAGAGACCUACAGCAAAAUAUUGCAGUGUUCAGGGUUCCAGCCUGCCAGCCACCCCAUUUUCCAGGAUUCCCCCUUCCAUUUGCUCAUCACCCUUUCUGUCCCUGUCCCCCGUUGAUCAUUUACUUUCUGCUCAUUUUUUUAAAUUCUGUAAUCCUCCAUUUUAUUCUGCAUUGUUCCAUUUGGUUAUAGCUGUUGUUUUGUGGGCCUUUCUAGUAACACUAGUGUUGAAGGGUGGGCUAUAUAAAUCUGUAAAAUAAAUGUGGCACUCUCCUUGCUUCCUCUCCCAGGAAAACGGCUGUGGGCAGUAUUGCCAAGCAGCUCCUUCUGGUUACUUUACGCCUUGUCUUCCCUCUCUCUUCCAGGCAUAGGAAAAACCAGCAGGCAGCUCAGGACCUUCUGGCCCGCCUCCGUGACAAUCGGGAACUGCAGCAUUUUCUGCAAGACUGCCAAGAGGUGAGCAGGAUCGCCUUUUGACAGAUUAUGGAUGCCCAGCCAAUGUGAAUUUGACACAAGUUACAUUUAUUUCUGUGUUGAUUUAUAAACAUAAUAUAUGACAGCCAUGGCAGUUUAAAAUGGUAUCACCGUGCUUCAAAUGUAUGGUGCGUGAUUGUGGCCAUAGUGAGCUUGGGGUCAGCAUGGGUCCCCCAGCCAGAGAGUCAUAUUCCGCCCCCUGCCCCAUUUUAAAAAGGCAGAGCUCAGACAGCCGUGUCCUUUCUCUGGGAUCAGAGGCAGCAAGUCCCUGAAUGCCAGUUGCUGGGGAACAUGAGUGGGAGGGGGCUAAUGGCCUUCAUUUCCUUCUUGUUGACCUCCCAGGGACACCUAGUGGGCCAGUGGUGGGAAACAGGAUGCCAUGCUAGGCACAUCUUCAAUUGCAUCAUCUUAUAGCUGGCUCUCCUGCCCACCUACACUGAGAACUGAGAUCUAUUUAGGGGAAAGUUCUUUAGCAUUAGGUGUUCUUAGGGUUGCUGGUUCUCCUUAGGGGACUUUCACCCGAUGAUGCUCUCUUCCUGUCUUUCCUCCAGCUCACCCUGUGGAUCAAUGAGAAGAUGCUGUCAGCUCAGGACAUGUCAUAUGAUGAAGCCCGGAACCUCCACACCAAGUGGCAGAAGCACCAGGCCUUCAUGGCCGAGCUGGCCUCCAACAAGGGCUGGCUGGAGAAGAUCCAGAAGGUGGGUCUUCUUACAAAGCCCUGAGCUGGUGCUGAAACCUCCUUGCAGUGACGUUAUCAGUCCUGGAAGCCCACUAAUUAAUAACAGGUGUGGCUGUGUAGAAAUUCAUGUUUUGCACAUGCUCAGGGGAGCCCUUUGUUUUCAUGCCCCGGCUUCUUUAUUGGAGAGGUGCUGGGGCCUUGAGCCUGCCUUAAAGCUUGGAAGCAAUCUCUAUUAUUCCCGUGGGUGCCUGUGGUUUCUUUGGUGGUAAGUUAAAGGAGCACUCCCUUCUUCACUUAACCAGGCUGAAUCAUAGCAGAUGAUUGCAGGGUGGAGUGUUCCUGCUGCUCAAGGGUCCAGUUAAUCAGCUAUGACCUGUUCCAGGAUACCCCAUUCCACCUCCACUCACACUAUUCCAUUCCGCCCCCUGCAACAUUUCCCUCAGCAUCUGUGUCCUCCUUUCGGCAGGAGGGAGAGCAGCUGGUGGCCGAGAAGCCAGAGCUGGAGCCCGUGGUGAGGGCCAAGCUGGACAGCCUGCAGAAGCUCUGGGAGGAGCUGGAAUCCAGCACCCAGAGCAAAGCUCAGUGCCUCUUUGACGCCAACCGCGCCGAGCUCUUCACUCAGAGCUGUUCCGCCAUGGAGGCCUGGCUGAGUGGCCUUCAGGCCCAGCUGCACUCUGACGACUACGGGAAGGACUUAACCAGCGUCAACAUUUUGCUCAAGAAACAGCAGGUGAGUGUGUGCUGUGCGGCAGGGGUGAAGGGCUUGGCUGUGAUGAAUUUCCACCUGCACCAAAUGUCUCUUCGGAGGAAAGGGCCAAAAUCUGCAGAAGCAGAGGGAGGCUGCUGGGAUGAAGCUGUAAUGAUGUCGCAGGCAUUUGCAGAGCUGCAACACCCCACAAUCCUUCUGCAUUCCCAACACCUUCUUUCUCCACUCCCAGAUGCUGGAAAACCAGAUGGACGUGCGGGAGAAGGAGGUGGAGGGCCUCAAAGCACAAGCGCUGGCCCUCAGCCCGGAGGACUCCAACACCGUGGAGGUGGAUGGCAAACUGCAGGCAGUGGAAGACAGGUUUGCAGAGCUGCGGGCACCACUCAGGGAGCGCUGCGAGAAGCUGCUGGCCUCCAAGGAGGAGCACCAGUUCAACCGCGACCUGGAGGAUGAAAUUGUGAGUCAGGAGAGGGAUCAGAGGAGAGGGAGAGCCGCUUUGCAGGGAGCCAGGGUUUCAGGGAAAUGAGCACUAGUGAGUAGAGAGAAGCAGCCUGUUUCAGGCAGCGCUAUCAGAUAGAUGACUGCACCUGAAUGGCACAGCCAGACUUUUUAAAGGGUUGGACCUAGUGGGAGAGGGGCACCCAUUUGGGCUCCAUUGCAGGCACCGGAAUGUCUUAGGAUGCCAGAGGCUUUAUGCUGCUUUUAUGUAAUUUUUAAAAAGUGUAUAUUUUUAGGAUAUCUGAAUAGUUUAUUGCUCUUUGGCCAACCAGGCCUAAUGCUUAAACACACUCACGCUACAGACAGUGACCAUUUUGUGUGCGUUCAGUUGGUCCAGGAUGGCUGGUGCAUGUGCCAUUUUCUGUUCUGGAAAGGGAUGGACAGGUUUAUUCUCAUGAUGACCUGGAAUGCAACCCCAGUGCAAAUGGGGAGUUGCCUGUAAUAUGCAUUUCACAAAGCCAAAAUAAGCAUCAACAUAAUGCUUAUUUAAACAUAAGUACAUGCAGAAAUCAUUGCCAUUUUUUUUAACUGCUUAUAAGCAUUCCCUCACAAAUGUAGGGUGGUGAAUUUGCAUCUGUGCGAUCUUCAUGUGCAGUCAAUAGUUUUCGCUUCUCCAUAGCCUUUGAAUUGCUCAACAAAUUUUGUGGUUCUAUAUGUAUAUUUUAUGUUGUUGUGACCUUUAUCUUCAUAUAUUGUUUACCACCCUGGAAUAGAUAUUUUUUAAUUUAACUGGUGGGAUAUUGUGUGUGUGUGAUUUUUGUAUUUUAAAUAACAACACCCCCCCCUUCAAAUGAACAGUAAGAUGACUCUUGCCGCACUGAGUUUUUCUGCUAUGGAGCCUCUUGGCAUUUCUUAACCUUUUUCUCGCCUUGUGUCCUGCAGUUGUGGGUGAAGGAGCGGAUGCCCAUGGCAGUCUCCACUGACCAUGGCAAAGAUCUUCCCACUGUCCAACUACUGAUCAAGAAAAAUCAGGUAAGGCUUAGUUGGGUGUGGUGGUUUCUCUGCAGAGGCUCUCCCUUUGUGGAAUGGACUCCCCAGGGCCUGGCGCCUUCACUGUAUAUUUUUAGGCACCAGGCCUUUGGCUGAUGAAUAUUCUACAGCCUUUUAAAAGUGCCUGUGGGAAGUGGGGGUUAUUGUUUUGCUGUUUUGUUUAGCCCAUUUCCUUGUUUUUAUCUUGUGUUUUAUUCUGCGAAACACCUCUCCCCCGAGAUCUUAUGAUAAAGCAUGGUAUGUAAAUCUAAUAAAAUAAAUAAAUAAGUAAAAUAAGAAAGGGAGACAAACAUCUCUUUCCACUUUCUCUGCACAUCACCAUACUGAAUUUUACCUGCCUUUGUCAUGUCACACACACCCUUGCUCAAAAGAACACCAAGAUGAGCCCUGCUGGAUUGGGCCAAACACCCAUCUAGCUCAGCUUCCUGUUCACACAGUGGUCAACCAGAUACCCAUCAUGAGAAGCUUGCAAGCCCAACAACUGGCAUUCAGGGCACACUGCGUCCAGCGGCGGAGGGAGAACCUAGCCAUCGAGGCCAGUGGCCACUGAUAGCCUUCUCUGCUCCAGGAAUUUGACUAAUCCUUUCCUAAAGCUAUCCAAGUCAGUGGCCAUCACUACCUCUUUGGGGGAGCGAAUUCCAGAGUUUUAACCAUGCACUCUUCUUCUUCCCUCUUCCUGACACUUCCAGACCCUGCAGAAGGAGAUCCAGGGCCACCAGCCACGAAUCAAUGACAUCCUGGGGAGGUGGCAGGGGCUGGCAUGCAGCGGCCUGGAAGCAGAGCUGCAGGGGCGUGUGGAGGCUUUGCAGGAGAUGUGGCAGGAGCUGCAGAGCCAGGUGGAGCAGCGGCACGGGCGCCUGGAGCAAGCGCAGAUGGCCCAACAGUUCUACUUCGAUGUUGCGGAGGCUGAGGCCUGGAUGGGCGAACAAGAGCUGCACAUGAUAUUAGAGGAGAAGGCCAAGGUCUGUGGUUUGUUUUUGCCUCUGUUAAUUCAUAAACCCAUUCUGUCCUAUUUCUGCAUUUAAAAAAAACACCAAACCAAAACAUGCAAAAAUACUCGUUCAUUUAAAGGAGCAUUUCUAGAUGUAUUUUAACUAAGAAACUUUUUUUUAAAAAAAAAAUUGGAGCCAAAAACUGUGAUGCAAAAUUCUGGUACACAUAGUAGCUGGGGAAAGUGCAGAUCAUGCUGGUUCAUACUGGAAUUCGCAAAAUACUUAAUUUCUCUAGCAUUCUUUCCUGGGCCUUGCAUUUCAGAAGAGCAGUGCCCUUCUCGCUAAUCCUAGAUGUGUGAGAAUUCAUUUGGUAGCAUUCAAAAAUGCACUCUGCAAAUCUCUUCUUUAUCGCAUCACACAUUCCAAGGUUGCAUGCUGAAAACGUGUGAGUGGGGGAGGGGAAAGCCUGAGAACUGUGCUUAACUCCUCUUCCACUAGAGACAAAUCUGCUCUGGGGUUGUCCUUUAUGAUUAGUAAGAAUAGUUCUAGGACUUGCCAGAAGUCACAUUUCUCUCUGAUUGAAAGUUCUGUCCCCUUUCAACCUCAGAUAUACACAGGCUGCUUGCAGUUGUUCAGCAGUAGGGAGAAAGGCACUCUGCACAGUCCCACAUGAACCCUUCUUUCACAUAAACAUUUUGGAACUGAAUCCUGAUGUGGAAGAACAGGUCUCAAUCCUAGUUCAAAUUUUAAUGUCACCUACCCCAUCCUCUUUACCCCUGCUUCUGUUUCUGAAGGGGUGAGAGGAAGCAAACAAACAGGAACACACUUCUUUCUUUUCACCAGGAUGAACUGAUUGCUCAGGCCAUGGUGAAAAAACAUCUGGUGAUGGAGCAGGCUCUGGAAGACUAUGCCCAGACCAUCCACCAGCUCUCCAUCCAGAGCCGUGAUAUGGUAAACAACGGGCAUCCCGAGAGGUAAGGAAGCCCACCAUUCCCCUACCAAGACAGUUGGGGAGCCUCUCCCCACAUGCCCCAUCAAGUUCCCUGCUGUGGCCCAAGUCCUUUUUAGGAUGUCAUUAUACCCCUCUUUCUCCUGGAGAUCUCAGAGCACGCACCUGUUGUGUGAAUCAGUUCACCAGCUUAUUACACCACUCUUUUGUGGGGGGAGAAGCCAAUCGGGGAUCCUGGGAUUCCAUGCAAAACGAUGACAGCUGUUGGGCCAGCCAGCACUUGCCGGGGCUUUUGAGGCCUGAUCUCCUUGGCCCCAGUCCUGUUGGGAUGUCAUUUCUCUUAGAGGUCUCAGGGCAUGCACCUAUAGUGUGAACAAGUUUACCAGCUUUUUGCACCACUCUUUUUUAGGUGUGGAAGCCAAUCAGGGAGCCUGGGGUUCCAUGCAAAAUGACGACAGCUGGUGGGCCAGCCAGCACUGGUCAGGGCUUUGGAGACCUGAAUUCCUUGGCAUCCGUGGAUGAUGUCUGUCCCUCUCUCUUUCCCUUUCCUGCAGUGAACGGAUCAAUCUCCGGCAGGGCCAAGUGGACAAGCUCUAUGCCAGCCUGAAGGACUUGGCUGAGGAGCGCCGGGCCAAGCUGCAGGAACAGCUCCGCCUCUGCCAGCUGAAGAGGGAGGUGGACGACCUCGAGCAGUGGAUCUCGGAGCGCGAGGUGGUGGCUGCUUCUCAUGAGCUUGGACAGGACUACGAACAUGUCACGGUGGGUCUCGCCCUCCCAAGGGAUCCCUAACAUACCCAGAGGCAGGAAGCACCUCCCCAGAGCUCUAUACCUCCUUCACUGAGGUGGCUGAAGGGUGAACAGGACACCCAAGUGAUCCUAGUUCUGCACCAGGAAACCCCAUCUCAAUGGUGCAUUAUUUGCCCUUUUGCAUGCAUAGCAGGUUCUCUUCCACUGAGCUACACCCCUUCCCAGUAAGAUUCCAGUCAUCGUGGUUCUGAAUAAAGGGCUGAUUUAAAUAGGAACAUAGGGAACUGCCUGCUGUGGAGUCAGAUUAUUUGUCCAACUAUCCACUGUUGUGUCUUCUGAUAGCAACUCUCCAAGGUCUCAGAUAGAGAAAAGUCUCUGAUCCCCUACUUCUUGUGAUCAUUUUAAUUGGACAUAUCUUGAACUGAACCAGGAACCUUCUGUGUGCAAAGCGGGUGCUCUACCUCUGUGCUAUUAUCCCUCUGCCUUUUUUGCCCCUUUGCCCUUCACACUUGUUUGUUUCCCACCAUUGUGCCAGGAGCUGGAGUCAGGAGCAGGUCAGCAAUAAAACACCCUGUGUCAGAGAAUUAAACUCUUUAUUCAAAGAAACCAAAACAGUGCAGGCCUAGUGAUCACAGCAAAUCUUUCUAUCUAGUAGGUCUUGCCCCAGUGAGGCAGUUGCCUUCCUACUGCUCUAAGGCUGCUCCUCCUCUGGGUCCUUCCCUGGCAAUCUGAGGCUCCCUUGUCUUUUCUCUCUUUGCUCCACCCUUUUCAUUCCUCUCUAUGUUCUGAGAGACCAGGCAGGAUCGGAGCUGGUUGCAGCAAGAGGGGGAAACUCCCUGGCAGCCUGCAUCAUCUCUGCCUCUUGGCGCCCUCCUCUCCAGCCUCCACUUCUGCCUCUGAUUCUGGGCUGCUCUUGGCCACAGACUCUUCCUGCUCACCAAACCCAGCUACCUCUUCAGCUUCUGACACCUGCUCCUCCCAGUCUCCCACUUUUCCCUCUGACCACUCAUCAUUGUCCGACCACCAUUCCCUUGGCUCUGAGCCUGGGGUUCCCCAGCUGGUGCCUCCCACUAUUCCUCUGCAGGAAGCCACUCAAUGACAAUUGGGACCUUUGCAGUGCUCUCUUCUUCCCUACAGAUGCUGCGGGACAAGUUCCGGGAAUUCUCACGUGACACCAGCACUAUCGGUCAGGAGCGGGUGGAUGCCGUCAAUCGGCUGGCGGACGAGAUGAUUUCUGCCGGUCACUCCGAAAAUGCUACCAUUGCUGAGUGGAAGGACAGCCUGAACGAGGCCUGGGCCGACCUCCUGGAACUCAUUGACACCCGGAGCCAGAUGCUGGCGGCAUCCUAUGAGCUGCACCGUUUCUACCACGAUGCCCGCGAGACCCUCAGCCAGGUCCAGAACAAGCAGAAGCAGCUGCCCGAUGAAGUGGGCCGGGACCUCAACACGGCGGAGGCCAUGCAGCGGAUGCACAGCGCAUACGAGCACGACAUCCAGGCGCUCAGUACCCAGGUGCAUUUGGGGGACUGGGAAAGGGAAUAAAAUCAGUGCAAGGUCCAGACUCUGCCUACUGAGAGGAGGAGCAUCAGGAGAACAGUGGAGCAGUCUCCAAUCAGCUUUUACGUUUUAAUGUUUGUGUAACUUUUUUAUAUAUACUUGUAAACCACUAUUUCUUUAAAUUAUUUAACAAAAAAAAUCCACAUAUCACUCAAAAAUAUAUUUUUUUUGAACAACAACAACAAAAUUGUUUUUUUGAGUAAUUGCUGAUUAGGAAAUUACACAUUUUAGCCAAAAAUCUGGAGAUCAAUUUGUACUAAGCAUCGCUUUAACCUUGUUUCUACAAGAAAAGUCUCUCCCAACUCCAGUGGUCAAAAUGCAAACAUCAUUCACCCUGCCUUGAUCAAGGGCCUCGGUGGGAGCACCUGGGACACUCUUGAUGGUGAGGGACCCUGACUCACCUGUGGCUUGUUUGGCUUGGCAGGUGAAGCAGGUGCAGGACGAUGCUGCGCGGCUGCAGAAGGCUUAUGCCGGCGAGAAGGCAGAUGACAUCCGGAGGCAUGAGCAGUCUGUUAGUGAAGCUUGGUCUGACCUGCUCAGCAGCAGCAGCGGCCGCCGGCACCUCCUCCUUGACACUGUUGACAAGUUCCGCUUCUUCCGCAUGGUGCGUGACCUCCUACUGUGGAUGGAUGAUGUCAACCUCCAGAUAGAUGCCCAGGAGAAGCCCAGGUAAGGGUCAAUAGGAGCAGGUCUCUGUAGGUGGCAGGUCUAGUCCCUAACUCACCCAGGCCACAUUCACAUCAUUCUUUUAAAGCACUAUGGUGCCACUUUGAGCAGUCAUGGCUUCCCCCCAAAGAAUUCUGGGAAGUGUAGUCCAUUAAGGGUGCUGAGAGGUAUUAGGAGACUCCCGUUUCCCUCUAAGAGGUCCCAGAGAUCCCUGUGAAGACAGAUUCUUUGUUAGAGUGGUUUCUCUAGGAAUUGUAGCUCUGUGAGGGGAAUAGGGGCUUCCUAACAACUCUCAGCACUCCGAACAGCUUCCAGAAUUCUUUGGGGAAAACUGUAAGUGUUUAAAGUAGUGUGAACGUGGCCAUCCUUGGAUAUGUCCUUGUGGAAUGAUGUGCUGGGGCCAGACUGGGCCUUUGGGUGUCUCGUCCUGCCCGCACUCCAGCUCCCCACUUCUUGUCCUGCUCUGCUUAAAUGUGAUUUCUAGGGGAAAGCCUAGUAGCCGGCCUUUCCUACAUUCCCCCACAGGGACGUCUCGGCAGCAGACUUGGUCAUCAAGAACCACCAAGGGAUCAAGGCCGAAGUUGAGGCCCGGACAGACAGCUUCAAUGCCUGCAUCGCCAUUGGCAACGAGUUGUUGGCCAAAGGACACUAUGCCUCUGACAAGGUGAGAAGGCCUCCCCUGAACUGAUGCAGCUAUUGCUUGUUUUGCAGGAAAGGUGUACUGAUUUUGGAAUUAUGCACUUUUUAAAGCUCAGGUAUGGUUGUUGUUUUUCCCCAGUUUAAGAUAGGCAAGGUAAGUCCCUCUUGCCUUUAAAUGAAACAAAAAGAGCCUUAUGAAGAGAUGCAGCAAGAGACCCAGGCUCAGUUUUGGCUGAGCCUUGCACCACAGCUAGAUGAUAAGCUUUCCCCUCCUGAGAUGUUCUGCAGCCACACAAUCGUUAAAGAUCAGGGACAUUUUUCCUCUAUUGGCAGCUGCCUAUGUCAAGCUAUUUGUCCAUCUAGCCCACCACUGUCUACCUCAGGCAUAGGCAAACUCGGCCCUCCAGAUGUUUUGGGACUACAACUCCCAUCAUCCCUGACCACUGGUCCUGUUAGCUAGGGAUGAUAGGAGUUGCAGUCCCAAAACAUAUGGAGGGCCAAGUUUGCCUAUGCCUGGUCUACCUGGAGAUGCCGCAAAUUAACAAACCUUUGCAUGCAAAACAGGUGCUCCACCAAUAAGCUCUAACCCUUCCCCUAGAAAUAAAGUAAGAUACUAGUCCUCAUGGUAGACAGUUACACAGGUAAACCUAUGUACAGCUUGAUGUAGACUGCCCCAACGUUCAGAUUGAUUGGGACGACUCUGGAUUACUAUUUCCCCCCAGCUAAGCUCCCUCUGCAUCUCUCUGCUUUUGUUUUGCUCAGAUUGCAGAGAAGUUGACCCAGCUGCAGGACCGACGCAAGGAGAUCAAUGACAAAUGGCGGGAGAAAAUGGACUGGUUACAAAUUGGUAAGUGGGUGAGGGUGUGUGGGCCUGAGGACUCAGGGAGUGUCGCUUCAGAGGGCUAGAGUUCAUUUUGGGGCAGGCCCAAGGAACUCGGGGAUGGCAUGUGUGGAUGCAGCGCACAUUAUCCCCACAACAACUUUUUCUGAGUAGGGCACCAGCAGAACGUCAAGGGCACCAGCAGAACUUCAUGGCUAAGCUCAGGCCUCCGUGGUCCCAAGAGGGAGGUUCUGCUUUAGGCACCAUUGCCAUUCUAAGAGAACGAGGGAGAUGUCCUUGGUCAGUUCUCGCACCUCUUUUUCUAGAAAAAUAGCACUGCUCACGAGGGAACGUGGCCCUCAGGCUGAAGAAGGUUCACCAUCCCUGAACUAACAGCAAGAACUUGAGACUCAGGAUUUGGGGUCCUCACCACUGACUACUCUCUCUCUCUCUCUCCCUUCACCCCUCCCUCUGCCCACAGUCAUGGAGGUGCUAAUGUUUGGGCGGGAUGCUAGCAUGGCGGAGGCCUGGCUCUCCAGCCAAGAGCCGAUUGUGCGUUCUGCAGAGCUGGGUGGCAACGUGGACGAAGUGGAGAACCUCAUCAAGCGCCACGAGGGCUUCCAGAAAUCAGUUGCUGCCUGGGAGGAGCGCUUCCUGGCACUGGAGAAGCUCACGACGGUCAGUGGGUGAGAUCAGGGAGGGCGGGGGGUCACGCAAAUCCUUGGGAGGCUUGUGGGAAGUGCCCGAGUCAGCUGUUAGCCACUGCCCCUUGGCACCACAUUACAGCAGCCUGGUUCUCAGACGUACGUUUCCUCAGCAUGAAGAUUCUGCUUCCAGCAAACAGCUCUUCCUAGGCCAAUCCUCCGUGAAUUUGUCCGGUCCUUUUUGUUGUCCCAAAGGCCCAUCUCACAAUGAGGGCAAUAAGGCGAAGGCAAUUGCUUCCUGAAUUCCUCAGCUCCAGACCCAGGGGUCAAAUGCAGCCCUCCAGGCCUCUGUUUCUGGCUCUCACAACUUUUCCCAGGCCACAUCCCCUCUCCAGCCCUACUGCACGCCCGAAUGUUUCUGCCUGGCUGGAACACGUCCUUGAACACCUCUUGUAGAAACUAGACUAUUGUACAGAGGUAACAUUUACAUUCAAUGCUCCACGCAACCUUUGCCUCUGGCCCUGCUGACCCCUGGUGUAUGGCCCUCAAAAAGUUGCCCAUAAGGGAAGGUUCCUCACCUCUGAUGUGUGGACCUGCAGUAGGGUCUGCUGCUAUGGACAGACACCAUGAUCCAAAGGCAACCUCUGCUUUGGUCCUCUUUCUCUUCAAGGAAAGUACCUCUAGCCAGGACUUGUGCCAGGCCUCCCCUUACGCAGGGAGAUGUGGUUGCCUCAGGCGGCUGACUUCGUGUAUUAAAAGUGCACCACCAUGGCAGGCAGGACUUUUUUUUCCAGCCAGAACUCUCUAAGCUGGCAUCCUAGCUCCCCUUCCAAAGUGGCUGAAGCUGAAGCACACCAGGCAGAGCACUUCCCCUUUGGCAUGUGUUCUCACAAAUCACAAUCCCCCACUUCCUUUCUCCUCCAUCUGUGUUGGGGCCUGCCAGCCCAAGCCUGAUCCUGACAUGGAGCCCAUGAUUUCUCUUCAUUUUUUCUUAAAACUUCUGUCAUGGCCAAACUAGACAUCUCAUAGAACAGAAUCAGAGAAUCGUGGAACUGUAGAGUUGGAAAGGAUCCCAAGGGUCAUCCAGUCCAACCCCCUGCAAUGCAGAAAUCUCACUAAAUAAGUCAUUAGAAAACAUGUCCACACCCCCUUGUUUAAACUGGCAUGCCUUCUAAAAUGGUCUCCUUACCUAAACUGAAAGGGGGGGGGGAAGGACCCAAGAUUAGCUUAUUUUGGACAACCUUGUUCCAUCAGUUUUUUCUUCUUUUCCGCCAGCUGGAAGAGAAUGAACGUCGCCGACGUGAGCAGGAGGAAGCGAGGAAAAAGAGGCCCCUGACUCCGCCUGUGCCAGAACCCACAGCCACGAUGCCACAGAACCAGCAUCUGGAAAUGCCACAUGCUCCCAGUGACGCCCGGUGAGAGUUUUUUCAGGGGAAGAAGAAGGGCAUUUGGAGUGGCAAAGCAGGCAGAAUGCUGUGACUGAUUCAGUACAGAAGAAAAGUAGAAUGCAAAAUUAAAUCCACUCCACAACCAUUGUUCUAACACCUAAUACUAUUUUUAAGAAUUAGGAGAAAAGUGUGUUUGUAUGUGUUUAUCGUGAAAAUUACAUUUGCAGGAACUGGGGAUAGCGGAGAGAAGAAAAGGCUGUUAAAGGAAAUGGUUGAUUACCCACCUGAAUAUUCAAUGGAAAGAUAAAUUGGGUGGGUGGGGAAAGAUUUAUUUUAUUUUAUUUAACCAGCCUCCCUUGAGAACUUUCUGGUGGUAAGAGCUAUUUGACAGUGGAACAGACUGCCUUGGAAUGUGGUGGACUCUCCUCCCUUGGAGGAUUUUAAGCAGAGGUUGGAUAGCCAUCUUCCUGGGAAUUCUUCAGCUGUGAUUCCUGUGUCAUUAGGGGGUUGGACUUGAUGACCCUUGGGGUCCCUUCCAAUUCCCCUGCAAUUCUGUGAUGAGAGAUUCAGGUUAGCGUGCAUAGGUUUGAAUAAAAUUGCACACAGUAUGAAAGGACGAUAACAGUAUUGUAGAGCAGGAAUCAGAAAUGAAACUUCGUCAAACUAUUGUGCCUUCGCUGUAGAGGCACGGACUCCCUCUGAGCCCCCCAAAAGACAAGCAUUUGCAAAAUGCUGGCAGCAAGCAUAGAGUUGUAGCAGCAAAAUGCAACACGGGAGAUAAAGAGGUGAGAGUCUCUCCACAGAUGUACUGUGACCUGGUGUUCUUGAACUUCAGCACAGACUCACACACCUGUCUUCCCCAGGAGCCCUGGAGAGCGAGGCUUGUCGCUGGAGUUACCAUCUCUGAACGGGAUUGACCCUGAUUCCGAGUCUCCACAGGUGAGGCAUGGAUACUAAGGAGUGAUGACUGGGGGAGGGAUUGGGAGACACAGAGGUGAUUGGUUGGCGAGUAAGGCCUGAGGAGGUGUCCUAGAACCAUAGAGUGGCAAGGGAUGGAUAGUCAACCCUGAGUUAAAAAAGAAAAUUCCACUUAUUUUUCCCAAGAGAAAAAAUUGCAUUAGGUUCUAAACCAUUAAUCAGCCAUUGUGUAGUUUUGGAAGCCCCCAGUGGCUCAGAGGAAGGAGAAAGAGAACACAGGAUCUCUUAGCGGUGUGGCACUUUGGUUAGAAUGUCAGACUAGGACUUGAGAGAUCCCAGGGCAAAGUCAGGAAGUUUAAUGGGUGAAUUGGGCCAGUCAUCAAUGUAACCUACUUCAUAGAGUUGUUCUGAAGAUAAAACUGGGGAAGGUGGAGAAAAGCUUGGUGGGAUAUAAAUUGAAUAAAUAAAUACCAAUAAAUUGUCCAAGUCCCAAGCUGCCCCUUAGACCUGCUACUAUCCCCCCUUCCCGCCAAACACCUGUGCCAAUGCAGAUGUGUUUCCUUUCAAAAUCCAGCUUUUGGAAAAGUUUCUGGCUUCACUCUUUCCCAGCUAUAACCAAACUUAAAUGGCUUCGUGUCCCGGUUUGUUCAGUAGAGAAGCACAGGAGAGCUGUGGUGGUGGGAUGUUGUGAUCUGUGGCUCUUGAUGCCAUUUCUAUGCUGGAUGUGCAGGAAGUAGCUUCAAUUCCUGCACAUUUGCUAUAGAAGUACAAUAGGCUGGCAGAAGAGGAAUGGAUGGAAUUUCCUGUCUUCACUGGUGUGGAAUUCCUGGUCCCCUCUGCUGAUCAGGGAGUACAAGGCUAAUUUUCUUAAUUUUACAUGAUUUUUCCAAACUACUUUUUGUUAGCAUACAGUAUAAAUGUUGUAAAUAAUAAUGAUGAUGUAUUCUAUUCAUGCCCCACCUUCCUCCCAUUAAGGAACUUGUGCAGUAUUUGCAUUUUCCCCAUGCCACUUAUGCCUCUCCCUCAAUUGUUUCCUCCCACUAACAGCAUUUAUAGUGUAAGCUCCUUGGGACUGAGACUUGUCAUUUAUAUAUCUAAGCUUAUAUUACUCUGCAAAGCACCAAAUAAAGCUAUAACAGCUCUGCAGAAAUAGAUGAGGAGAAAGAUAUCCUUACUUCCACUCCUCUCUUCCUGUGAGCCACAGCUGAAGCCCUGUAUUGCUUUGUAGGCCAAUGGGCAUGUUCAGAAAAUUGUUUACUAACUAAGGUUAGUGGCUAACUCGCCAGGAUCUGGAAGCCAGCUUAAAACUCUGGCUUCAUAUUCUUACUGGACUAUCGUUUCCCAGUUCAAAUGCAAUAGGAAACUAUGGUUAACUGUGGCUUUCUAGUUUCUUCACUUGCAUGAAGGAAGAAUUGAAGCAGCUGCAUGAAGCUUGUUUGUAUCUUGGUGGGAAAGUGGUCAGUAGCAAGGAUACAACAACUAAAAAGGGUGUGUGUGUUUUUAGAACCCCAUAACUCAGCGCCUCCUGUCUUUUGCAGAUUUCAGAGACAUCUGGUACGGUAAACGGGUCACGAAUGGAUUCCUUGUCCAAGGGGAAGGAGCCCAGCCCAACCCCAUCACCUCAGCUCCAUUCCAAACCGCCUGCCCACAGCGAUCCCACUCAGUUGGCCACACUGGCCCCACGCACACCAGACCCCUCGGCCUCAGAGCAGAUGGAAGGGAUGUUGUGUCGGAAGCAGGAAAUGGAGUCACACGGCAAAAAGGCAGCCAACAGGUGAGCUCUGCAUGUUUGUGUGUGUGAACCUGGGGUGCUGGAUAGGCUUGUCAUACGUCAGGAAAAUUCUGUACAUGUCCUGGUUUUCGAGUGUCAAAAUGGCGUUGGGGGAAUUUUGUCGAAUUGGCAAAAUGUCAGGGAAACGUAUGACAAUAUGAUGGGAAAAGCUCAACAAUUUUUGGGUCUUUCUAAAAUAAAGCUCAACAACUUUGCGGGUGUCCGGAAUUUUACUUUUUGAAAGUAAACCCUAGUGUUGGAGAAUGAUUCUACUUGUGGGCAUAAGGCCAUUGAAACCUUGAGUAAAAUCUAUCUAUCUGCCUAUUUCAGCGGCAGAGCAUCUGCCUUGCAUGUAGAAGGUCCCAAGUUCAGUCCCCAACAUCUCCAGGUUAGGCUGGGAAGGACCCUGGAGAGUUGCUGCCAGUCAGUGUAGACAAUACAGAGCUUGGAUGGACCAAAAGGCAGCUUCCUGUGCCCCUAGCUAAUGAUUUCCUAUGUGAAACAGUGCCAUAUCAUCAUUUUGUUUAUUCAUUUCAACGUUAGUCUCUAAGUCAGUGUACAGUAAUGUUAAAAAGAUACGAUAAACAUAACAUCAGUUACAACCAACCAUAAAGUCCAAAAACUUUCUUGAAACACUUGCUGAAGUAAAAUAAAAAGACUUGAAUUCAAAGAAGUUGCCACAGUGAUUUAAGUCCCUAAAAUAAAAACUCAUACACAGGAAUAAAGUUUGCAAAUCAUUCCGGACUUAAACAGAUGCAACUUCUGCUGCUUCUAGCCCACUGUGGGGAGAGGGAAGUGCAGCUUUGGGUGGCUUGGGAGUGAAGGGGGUCAUUGAGAGAUGCUCACAGCUCCUUUCUUUCCCCACCUUGCCAGGUCCUGGCAGAACAUCUACUGCAUUGUCCGGAAGGGCAGCCUGGGCUUCUACAAGGACAGCAAGAGUGCCAGUCACGGCAUCCCUUACCAUGGCGAAGUGCCCAUCAGCUUGCAAGGGGUGCAAUGCAACGUCGCUCUGGACUACAAGAAGCGCAAGCAUGUUUUUAAGCUUGGGUAGGUCAGCAAGGUUCUUUCAGCCAAGUGGCAUUGACCACACUUACUGAUUUUAUGUUCUCCUUGUUUCUGAAUGUCCCACUGGAUGCUCUCUGCUCAUGCAGCUUAACUGCCGUGACUCACAGCUGUGGAUGAGAGGAUCUGUCCAUUUUGGUUCCCUCCAUUUCUCAUCUUUCCAAUCUCAGACUCGCUUCUCCACGUUUCCACAGCGAUUCUUAUUUAAAAUCUUUGUGAAGAUUCUUCAGCGUUUUUGUGAGCAUUUCUUCUGUACACAGCUUUGACCAAAGCACACAUAUACACAAGCAGUUUCUCCUAAUAUAAUGCAUGCUUUGUAUGUUAUUUUCGUUAAAAAUAAUUUGCUUUUAUGCACCCUUUCCUCUAAUACAUGCAUUCUUGUGUAAACAUUCUUUGGUGGGAGAACUGCAUAUGAAAUUUUGGAUGAGUGCAGUUUUUGAAGGAUGGCUGUGCUUUGGUUUUCGUGUUUCAGAAAGUGCAAAUUUGAAAAAUUCAACAUUAAAUUUGAACUGAAUGGAAUGUCUCUCACAGCCCUGGGGGUGAGCUGUGGGGGAAUCUUGUUGUAGCUCUCAGCCUUAGGAAUCUUCAGAACUGUAGCGAAAGCAGUUGCAGAUCAGUCCACAGAAUUUUCAGUACCUACCACAGUGCAAAAGUACUGUUCUAACAGCACAGUCCCAUGCAUGCAUUCAGAAGGUGUUAAUGUCAGGUCAGCUUGUCUACAGGUGAUGAGGGGGCAACAGAAAAGAGAUCCAUUUUAGGCCAUUUGGUUUCCCUUUAUUGAAUAAAUGAACAUAGAGGAGCAUUGCAGGAUGGUCCAAACAGUAUAUACAGAAAUAUACAGGGAUAUCUUUAUUUUUUAGCCAUUCAUUCAUUUGUAUUUUCCAGUGAGAAAUUUAGUAACAUGUAAAAAGGUAACAGUGGGGGAAGAUGACACCUAAAUAUUCAAACUCUGCUUUUGAGAGCUUAAGUUUAUAUUGUAUUGUAUUGUAUUGUAUUGUAUUGUCUUAUAUUGCACCUUGAAUUGCAGUGACAGGGGUCCUGUUUCCUGUAAAGAAGGCGGGUGGGUGGUGUUUUUGGUAGUUUCUUUGUAGUAAUAUCUUACGAUUGUGUACUGGCUUUUUCUCAAUAUAUAUGUUUUUUAAAAAGAAAAGGCAAGCAUGUUUAGGACUUUGUGUUUUGCACAAAGUAAUGUGACUUUUUUUUAGUCAGAUUCCUAGCUCCUGUUAGCAGAGGGAUUGGAGUUUGGAUUUGAUCCACAGACAGGCACCAGAGCAAUCUUACCUUCCUUCUCUCUCUCCUUGCAGGUUAGCGGACGGCAAAGAAUUUUUAUUCCAGGCCAAGGAUGAGGUGAGUAGAGGUCCAAUUCUGCAAAUCCUGCUUCUAGAGGACAGGCGGCUCCAAGGCCUCCGACUCCCUCCCCCACCAUGAAGCCAAAUUGCGGCCCUCAUUUCAGCUCCAACUCUUCCUCCUACAAUAGCAUCGGGUACAGCCUGGUUUGGGAGCUGCUGAAUCAGACUGAUGGUCCAUCUACCACAUCAAGUGGCAGUAGCUCUCUGGGGUAUCCGAUGGGUCUUUUCCCCAGCCAAACCUUGAGAUGGUGGGGAUUGAACCUGGGAUGUUCUGCAGCACUUGGCUAUGGGGCCCCUCCCCACUUUCAUCUGAAUCGCUAGAAUUUUUCUGAAAGUCUGUAUGAAAAAAAAGGAUACGUUUAAGGUGUGUGGCUUCUCCCCAAGGAAUCCUAGGAACUGUAGUUUAUAAGGGUGCUGGGAAUUGUAGCUCUGUGGGGCAUGAACUGCUGUUCCUAGGAUUCUUUGCGGGGAGACAGGUGCUUUGAAUGUGUGCCAAAUGUGCUUUAAAUGUACAGUGCGGAUGUGCUGCUCAAAAGCCACACCCUUUGACCUGGGUGCCCCUCCUCCUCCUGAUCUCAGGAUUGGGACAGGCUCUAGAUGUUUCUUGCCCUCACUCAAUGCUCUUUUUUACCCGUGCCUCCAAUGCUAAGAGUCGAGUGCCACAGAUUAAGUAGCCAGAAGAAAGAUUAAGUAGCCAUGUACAAGAAAGGUGGUCAUAGUAGGAUUGGGGUGGGGUGGGGAUUCCCAUCAACUCAGGCCAUUGGCUGUGCUGGGUGAGGCUCAUGGGAGUUGGAGUCUAUAAAAUGAAAGGAGCCGCCCAUCCAUCCAUGCCAGCCCAGCCUCUGACUCCAAAGCCCUUAACAUCCACCCUCCCUUAUAUACCCCUUAGAGGGGGAAUGGUGCCAUUUCUCAGGGGCAUGCUGGGGGUAAACACUCCGCCCAUGCUCAGAAGGACUAUCGGCUCAUGCUUUGCCCCCUCUCCCACUUCUUCCCCCAUCCAGGCUGAGAUGAGCAGCUGGAUGAGAGUCAUCAACGCUGCAGCUGCCUGCGCCCCAACACCACAAGGCCCUGCAGAGGACCAGCCGCCGCUCAUCAGCAAAGGAAUGACCCGGGCCUUGACCAUGCCUCCCGUCUCGCCUAACAGCGCCCCGGAAGGGACUGUCACUCUGCGUAGCAAAGAGUCCAAGGAAAAAGAUCGCGAGAAACGCUUUAGCUUUUUCAAGAAGAACAAAUAAGGGGCCACACCCGGAGAAGUGGGGCAGGGUGGGGGCUGCAGCUGCCGAAUCUGUACAGAACUGAUCAUCAGAGCGGGCAUGGCGGGGGCUUUGGACUGGGGGGGGGGAGGGAGGGAGGGGCCGGGGCAUGACACAGCUGAUGGAGACCACAGUUGUUUUUCUUUUUUUAGUACUGCAGAUUGCAUGAAGCAUCUUCAAACUUUAUGAGGAAUGCCUCUCCUCCUGCCUCCCCGCCCUCCAACAAAAGAAAAAAAACUAAACAAGCCAUGCUGCCUCUAUC